GCCAGCUGCGUGCGGAGCGCGCGCGAGCGGCAAGAGCGGGCAGGCAAGUGCGCGGCUCCGCCUGGGAGCCCUCGGCCGAGAUGGGCCUGCGAGCUGCUGAGGCGAGCGGGGAGGGCGGGCUUGGUUACGCAUUGCGGCUGCAGAAAACCUGAAGCUGCCGCCGCCGCCCGGGCACAGCCAGAGACAGACAGACAGACAGCCACGCCGCGCGCCUGGCGCAGAGCGAGGCGACUGCUGGUCGGGGAGGCGGGCUGAGAAGGGGCAGCGGCCCGGAGCCAGGAGGGAGGGCACGAGGGCUGGCUAAACCCAGCGCCGCUCCGCCUCGAGGGGCCGGGAGCGCAACGAGCCGCGGUGGGCGGAGUGUCAACCCUCUCCGCCGCCGCCGCUGCUGCUUGGCUGCUACCUAUUCAUUCAGCCAGUCACCUAAAAUGGCUGGAGAGACGAGGAGGUGGAGGAGGCGCCGGAGGUGAGGCGCGCAGCUCCCUCGGGCCGCCUCCCCGCCGAACAGCGGCUCCCGCCUCCUCCGCUCGUCCCUUCUCACCUUUGGUUUCCGUGCGCAAUUCGAAUUAAAUGACACGCUCUUUCUCCCGAGCCCGCCGCGCCUCCCAGCUCUGAGCCAUGUCGGCCGGCCAAGACGAGAGCUCCGUCCGGGUUGCUGUCAGGUAAGGCGUCGUGUUGUUGCUUCUUGUUCGAGGACACCCCCCUCCUUCCUUCCUCCUUCCUUCUUUCCUUCCUUUCUCUCUCCCUCUUUUCUUUGUUACCUGCUAUCUCUUGUGGGGGAUAUAGAGCUGGGGAGAUUUGGCUGGGAGAGAGGGGGUGAAGAGUGGCGGGGGUCUGGCUCUGGGACGCAGGCCCGAGGAGGUCCGAGAGGGGGACAUGUUGCUCGCAGCCCGUCGCUCCCUCCUCGCAUUUGGAGCGGGGCUGGCAGGUAGCUGAGGCGGCAGUAGGGAGCCGCCGCCUCGCCAACUAACGGCCUGCUGCGAGGGCCAGCAGUCCGACCGAGGCCGUUGGCCGCCAGGUUAAUUGAAGGAAGGGCUUGGCUGGUCCCGCAGAGGGGCUUCGCCAUAGGUGGAUCUGGGAAACUGCUGCCCGAUCGCCAAGUUAGCGAGGAGGGACUGGGAUGCUGGCGGGAUGAGCCUUCCCUGCAGGAGCUUCAGCUGCUGGCCUGACCCGAGAGCUGGGCUCUCUCUGCUUGCAGCUGUUGCACGGAGGAAUUCGGUUUCCUUCGGAUGCUGCAUGUUUAAUCUCUGGUGUUUAAUGAUGCAUCAGCUGUGUCCGAGAAACUGAUGCGUGUGCAUGGUGUGGACGAGGGGAGGAAGGAGAAUCCAGACUUUUAGGCCUGGUCUGUGGCAAGACUUAAAGAAAGGUGGUUGAUGAAUGUAUUCCUGCCUGGGAUUUGAAACACUAAGCGAUUGCACGGGCAGUGUGUGCAGUGUUUGUUUGUUUUUUAAGCUGUCCCUUUUUUGGCUUGUGCUGAAUUGCAUUCCAGAGACUGCUGUGCUGGGUCUGUGGGGCUUUUGUUGCAGCCAGCCCAGGACUGUAACUGGAUUGGCUAGUUGCAAUUGUAAAGAAGUACCAGCCAGUGAAUUCAUGCGUGCUUUCUGCUCAGGGAUGGAAAAUUGCAACAUCAUCCUCCGGCACUAAAAAAUUAAUGAAGCCUUUACAAUAGAACCUGCGUGUUGGCUAGGCUGCUGCGGAGAACUUGCCACAUCCCCUCCCUCGGAAAUUAUCAAAUAAGUUUUUCCACGUUAAUAGUUUUCUCGUUGGAAAGAUGGGCACAUUUAAUAAUCUAGUAAUAUUCCCAAGAACAUAUAUGAGAGUAGUGUGUCCAGUUUGAUCAAGCAGCACUCUAAGAAUGAAUAAAGGGUUUGGGGUUAGUGCCCCAUAGUGCCAUAGUUAACUGAAGGAGGCAGGGAUUUUGAAGUUGUCUGGUAAGACUCUUACACCUUUGCCAUCUGUGAGGGGCACCAGUAAGCAAACCUUAACUUCACACAGGUACAAGAACUGAGAACUGGACGAUCCAGGCUUAACACAUCCAGUUCAAAGAGGUGUUUCAAAAAUAUCAAGCAGUUUAUAAAUGCCUGGAAAUUAACCUUUCCAAGUAUAUGAAACUUUGGGGGGGGGGGGAUGAAUUCUGAACAUUGUAAGUGUGUUAGUCAUUUACCUGGCUAAAACAUGACAGCAAAAGUUUCUGCCUAAACUUGUACAGCCAUCACUUUGUCCCACCAAUACAAGGGUGAUCCUGCAGUGUGAAACCCAUUCAGAUGCUGCCCCCUGAGUGCUUUCUGUUUCAUAAAAUUCUAAUAGAAGUAACAACGCAUUUACAAAAUACACAGACCCCCCCGCCUUUAUCUGGGUUUCAACUGUAUGAAAUAACGAUAUAGUUCAAAAAACAAUGCGCUGUAUAAAAGAACGAAUGAAAUCAAUUAAUCGCAAUGAUGUCUUUUAGCUGGAACAUCAUGCUGCAAGAAACAUAUUUAGCUUCCACUGUUCUUAUUUCACUUAUUUAGCAUUCAUGAGGCUAAACGACAUCUUGAUAUUGAACAUGCAGAGGUUUUGGUUACUGACGUUUGGUAAUACUUGUAUAGCAAGUGAGUUUGGCAGAGCUUCUCGUGCAUGAAAAGGCAACGCCUAGUGAGCUGGAGGAUGAAACUCAGUGAAUACUGCAAGGAUUCGUUUUCUUCAAAGUGAUGUGGUGAUGUCACAUUAAUGUUGUCACUGAAUUCACGUGCAUUUGCUUUAGGGCUCAUGGUGGGUGUCACCGGCUCUGUAACUGGGCAAUAGUCAUAUCAAGGAAAUGCCUCAUAUUGCUAUAGGUUGAUGGUUUUUGUACUUAAAAUCAGUGAAUUGCAUUGUACUUACAGUAGCCAUACUUACUGUUGAUAGAUGACUACAGUAGGGGGGAGGGAAUUAAUUGGUCAUAGGUGGAAAUGAUUACAGCCCAGUCUUUAAUAUUGAUGUCAAAAUGUUAAUUAUAACAUCCUUCCAACUUCGGCACAGCAUCACCAGCUGUGACAUGGGAUGCCCUUCUGUAACAUUGGUAUAUCAUAUGAUUUGAUCCAGCCACUAGGAUACUACCUAUGCUUUAACCCAUGGGUAGGCAAACUAAGGCCCAUGGGCCGAAUCCAGCCCGAUCGCCUUCUCAAUCUGGCCCACGGACGGUCUGGGAAUCAGUGUGUUUUUACGUGAGUAGAAUGUGUCCUUUUAUUUAAAAUGCAUCUCUGGGUUAUUUGUGGGGCAUAGGAAUUUGUUUGUUUGUUUUUUUCAAAAUAUAGACCGGCCCCCCGCAAGGUCUGAGGGACAGUGGACCGGCCCCCUGCUGAAAAAGUCUGCUGACCCCCACCUCUUAUAUCUGCAUCCUUGGAAUGCACUACUACAGUAGUUUUUUUUAAAUUAUUGUUUAAAAUAGAAUAGAAGGCAAUACAAAGUCAAUUAAAAUUCAAGCAUAAACAACACAAAUAGGUUUAAUCGGGUAUUCUAGCAAUCGAAACAUUUUUCUAAAAAGAGAAGUUUUAGCUGCUCUCUUAAAUUUAAUAAGAAUAGCAGCUAGCAAUGUCUCCCUGUGAGUGGGGUGGAAUAUGGCCAGCUGUGUCUAAAUUCUUGCAAAUAGUGGAAAUUAUUAUCAGCAGAUUUUAGCAUAUGAGUAGGAAAGUCUUGGGAGAAGCUCUCCUUUCAGAUAAGCUCGUUGUUGGGCAGGGAUAUCACAGAGAAUCAUAGAGCUGAGGGUCAUCUGGUGCAACCCCCUGCAAAUUGCAGGAAUAUGCAGCUGUCCCAUACAGGUAUUGAACUUGCAACCUUGGCAUUGCCAGCACCACGCUCUAACCAACUGAGCUACCCAGCUAUCAAACAAGGGGACGCCUGGAGUUUGCACCAAUGUGUUGUGUGUAUGAAGAGAACAAUGUAUGCAUAUAAAAAGUGAAACAUCAUACUGUAACCAGCUCUUUCCUACUUUGAGGUGAUGGCUUGUGUUCUGGAGAAGCAUGAAACUAGCUUGCCUCAUCUCAAAGGGCUUUUGAUUUGUAUCUCUAACAGCAGCUCCUGAUGCCACAUAGCAAAACCGUUUUUGAAUAAUAGAAUGAAUAUAUAUGGCAUAAGAAGAGGCACAGCGAUUCAGAUCAAAUAUCACAGUUAGGCUCAUGCAAGCUUAGAAUCCUUUCCUUGGAAAAAGAAACAAAUUUUAAUUGUGUGACAGGCCUGUUGUGUUAUGCACUUAACUGUUGUGAGAAAUAAGACCAAAGCAGUAUUCCAGCCUUCUCGAUAGAAAUUAACAAGAUACGGCUUUAAUGUGGGAACCGUGCUUGGUCCAUGACAUAGGAUACUUUUAAUGAUAUUUCUGCUGCUGCUGCUAGUAUUGGAACAGUAUAUCUCAGAUACAAUCCAAAGAGCUUCAUUGGUUAUGUCUGAAGUCUUGUAUAUUUCAAUCAGGAACUUUAACUUGGGUUUGGAACAGCCCCUUCCCAUGUUGUAUUGCAACAUAUUUUUGAAACCUGCAAGUUUCAAAAAUGUAUUUCCACACAUAGAAAGGUAUUGCAGGGUUUUGUUUUUGAACUGGGGCAGUGUUUAGAUGAACGAGACCCCAGCAAGAAUACUCAUCGCAAAGUAUUGGAAGACACAAGAGCUACCCACACUGGAGGAAUGGCAGAUGAAAAUGAUGGACUACAUGGAAUUGGUGGAAAUGACUGGCAGAAUCCGUGACCAGGGAGAAGAGUCGGUGGAAGAAGAUUGGAAGAAAUUCAAAGAUUAUUUACAGAAACAUUGCAAAAUUAAUGAAUGUUAGAGUGAUGUUGGAUUGAAGUUAAGUGGCUUCUAGCUGUACAGGUUUUAAAGUUAUAAAUAUAUCAAGAUUAAGGAUUAGGAUUAAAAAGGUUAAAAGAAUGGAAAAAUUGGUUUUAAAUAGGUAAAAAUCUAAUGUUAUAAUAUAUUAAGAUUAAGGAUUGGGAUUAAAAAGGAGGGAAAGAAAUUGCUGGACUAACAAACUGAAUUGGAAUACAAAAGAGGGAGGUAUGAGGAAGUCCGGGAAACAAGUAAAUGUAAAAGAAGUUAUGAAAAGACGGAAUUGUUUUUAACUGUUUUUUUUUCUUUUUAUCUUUUUGUAUUUUGUAUUGUGUAUUUUUCUUUUUUCUUUUUAAAUUUUUCUUGUUUAUUAAUGUGAUUCUAUUUUUUUUUGAAACUUUAAUAAAUAUUAAUUAAAAAAAAAAUAGAUGAACGAGACCCAUUGAGUUGGCAUUCCAUAUUUACAUAGCAGACCUUUAUGGGGCUAUGCUACACGAGGAAACAGUUCCGGAACUGCUGUGGAUACACAUGAAAGAGGCGUUGAUCACAUAGUUCACUGGAUUCCAAGAGACCUUGAGAUAUAAAACUAGAUAUUUGAAUAGCAAGGGACGCGGCUGGCACUGAGGUCUAAACCACUGAGCCUCUUGGGCUUGCUGAUCAGAAGGCUGGUGGUUUGAAUCCCCGCAACAGGGUGAGCUCCCAUUGCUUUGUCCCAGCUCCUGCCAACCUAGCAGUUCGAAAGCACGCCAGUGCGAGUAGAUAAAUAGAUACCACUGUGACAGGAAGGUAAUCGGCAUUUCUGUGCGCUCUGGCACUCAUCACUGUUCUCUGUGCACCAGUAGCAGUUUAGUCAUGCUGGCCACAUGACCCGGAAAACUGUCUGUGGACAAACGCCGGCUCCCUCGGCCUGAAAGCAAGAUGAGCGCCGCAAUCCCAAAGUCACCUUUGACUGGACUUAACCAUCCCGGGGUCCUUUACCUUUACCUUUUUACCUACAGUGGUACCUCGGGUUACAGAUGCUUCAGGUUACAGACUCCGCUAACCCAGAAAUAAUACCUUGGGUUAAGAACUUUUCUUCAGGAUGAGAACAGAAAUCGUGCUCUGGCGGCGUGGCAGCAGCAGGAGGCCCCAUUAGCUAAAGUGGUACCUCAGGUUAAGAACAGUUUCAGGUUAAGAACGGACCUCCCCUCCGGAUGAAUUAAAUACUUAACCCGAGGUACCACUGUAUUUGGUUAGAGCAGUUGAAUUGGAACUGAAAUUGUGUUUCUUUUGGAUUCCUAUGUAUUAUAUACAUAUAGGGGUAGGGGAAUCAAUAUGUGAUUCAGGUCAGCAGGUAUCAAAUGUCUUGUUUUUUAAAUAGGCACCUGAAACUUCUUAAGUAUAAUCAAACAUUGAUUUCUUUUCUGUGUAAUACCCACCAAAGAUACCAUUUAGAUUUUAAAUGCCUGGAUAACGUUGCAAAAGCUUGAUUGUGAUUAACUUGGAACAUACUGCCUGAGAAGUUGUACAUGAUCAAAGACGCAGAGGAAAUGGCAAACCUUUUAGCUGAAUCUGUGGUUCAUCACCAAGUCAUAAUUUGAAGCUACUGUCUUGCAUUAGGGAAUGACAGCAGUGAAUGACUGUUGUUCUGGGAAGUUUGAUAUUAGUUGCUUAGAUUAUUUGCCAGAAGGCUUUUUAGGGCUUUCAGGCUUCACUCAACAGGAAUAUCUGGUACACUGCUCGCUACCCCAUAAUUAUGCAUACUGUUUUGGAAUAGUCUGUGUGCAAGAUGAUAGCUUCAGGGUUGCAAUAAUUGGGAAAGCUGGAACAUUGUCUCUGGCAUUACAUCAUGUUAGCACAGUGAGUGUUGUGUGUCGUGUUUUGUAAAAACAGUUUAUCAGUAUUUCAAUUUUACAUCAAUGGAAGGAUGGUCUUGGGCAAGGUCAUCAUAGUCCCAUCAGUGUUCUUACCAGUUGGGUCUUCCCAUUUAUUUAAUGGACCAAACUUUGGAGCCAGUUAAAGAGCCCAAUUUUCUGGAAAGCAAUAAAAAUGUGAAUCCCGGAAUUGUCUGAGAACUCCCCAGCAGAAAAUACUGAACUUGGUGUCUUGUGGUGAAUUCAAUCAACUUUAUUUAGUGGCUUUCAUUCUUGUCUAACAAAGAGUUCAAGGAUAGCUCAAAAGAAGUAUAUCUGCAUGCUAUAACUUGCAAGACAAAGGAGCUAACUUAAGAGCUGCACACAGUCCUACUUAUCAAAAUAUUUUACUCUUCCAUUUUUUUUAAAAAACCUCUUAUUUUUAAGAUUGGAAAGAUCCAUCUAGCAGUUCUCCAUCUUUCCAACCACUAUUAUUCCUUUAGCAAAGAUAAACUCUUGCAAAUGUUGUCAUGUUCUGAAAUGUAAGAACAUUAAGCCUGUCGUUUGGUGGUGACUAUCGUAAAACAUAGAAAUAAUUUCCCCCAUUUUGUGACUUGUUGCAGCUCUAAGCACAGAUAAAAGGUAAAGGGACCCCUGACUAUUAGGUCCAGACCAACUUGGUUGCGGCGCCAUCUCGCUAUUGGCUGAGGGAGCCGCAUACAGCUCCGGGUCAUGUGGCCAGCAUGUAUCUAAGCUGCUUCUGGCUUUAACCAGAGCAGUGCACAGAAACGCCGUUUACCUUCCCCACAAAGUGGUAACUAUUUAUCUAUCAAUUGACGCUUGAACUGCUAGGUUGGCAGGAGCAGGACUGGAGCAACGGAUCACCCACCGUGGGGAUUCAAUCCGCCACUUCUGAUCAGCAAGUCCUAGGCUCUGUGGUUUAGCCCACAGAGCCACCCGCGUCCCUAAGUACAGAUAGCAAGAGGUAAUAGGAUCAGCAGCAUAGCAUGAUGUGUGCUUCAUGAUUCUGCAGUUAUACUGUGCAAGGUGCAUAAUUUGAUACAGGUACAGACUGUGGCAAUUUUAUUAUUUUAUUAUUUUAAUAUGUGUUUAUGAAUUCCUGUAGAUAGUCUUGAGACUCAUUGUGUUGAGCAAGCUCACAAUUUUCUACAUAUUUAAGGGGUCUCUCCAAACCCUUCCUGACUUGUCCUUUUUCCUGUGCUCCUAGUUCUUCCGCAUUCUGUAUAUUUUACUAGUAGUGAUAGUGAUAAGGGAGCUGGGAAUAAACUGCAGGGAAAUGACAGAUGUUGGAAAUGUUUCUUACUCCCCAAUCAUGAUUACUGAGAAAUAACUACCACUUAGCUCAAUGGGACUCCAUAGUAACUGUGCAAUGGUUUGUGACUUCAGUGCCCCAGUGAUACGGUAAAAGUAAGUAAACAGUCAGCGAUUAGUAGUCAUAAGCACUGCUUGAAAAGAUCACUGAGAUGGGUGAUAAGCUGAUCUGAAUUCACCAUCCAGUAGUUUAUUUAAAAAUAAAGUAACAGGGUCAGCAUGAAAACUGGAGUAUAAAUGUAGAAUUGCUGAUCUUAACCAUGUUUACUUUAUCAGCAAGUUUAGCGGCUAUUAGCACAACUUAAGUUUGUUUAGGAUUGUAGCCUCCGUCUUCUUAAGGAAGCCAGUAAAUGAAAAUACCUCUCUUGUAGGCUUCAACCAAGAGCCUUGUCUCCAUUUACCUGGACUUGAAAUAUCCCAUUAGCUCACAAGAGCACUGCAGAAACACAUAAUGCACAAGCUUACCAAUGCUUUCCUUGAUUCAGACAGAUCACAAGGUAUUAACUUAAUUGACAAGCUAACUCUUCCUCCAUAGAAUAUGGGUGUGCUAAUUUGAAAACCCUUUCUUCCCCAGCAUGUUCCUACGCAAUUGUUCCUAUGCAAUUUCUGCCUGAAAUGAAGUCCUGCCUUGCCUGUAACAUCAUAAUAACAGCAUGAUUUGUUAUAAUGAUCUAGAGUACAUGUUCUAGUGUUUUUUUGUUUUUACCUAAAAUGUUUAUUCCCUUGUGCUGCAUAUAGGGCAUUUUAAUGUGACACUACAGUACAGGCACUGGGACGCGGGUGGCGCUGUGGUCUAAACCACAGAGCCUAGGGCUUGCUGAUCAGAAGGUUGGUAGUUUGAAUCCCCGCGACGGGGUGAGCUCCCGUUGCUCGGUCCCUGCUCCUGCCCACCUACCAGUUCGAAAGCAUGUCAAAGUGCAAGUAGAUAAAUAGGUACCGCUCCGGUGGGAAGGUAAAUGGUGUUUCCAUGCACUGCUCUGGUUCUCCAGAAGCAGCUUAGUCAUACUGGCCACAUGAUCCGGAAGCUGUCUGCAGACAAAACACCGGCUCCCAUGGCCAGUAAAGUGAGAUGAGCGCCGCAACCCUAGAGUUGUCCACGACUGGGCUUAACAGUCAGGGAUCCCUUUACCCUUACAGUACAGGAAACAACCAAUUUGUGUGGGGUUACGUUCUGGACCCCCAUUCGUGUUGGCAGGGCCCAUGUAAGGCUGCCCCAUCCUGCUCCAUCCCCACCCCGUUCCACCCCCUUUUCUGCCAUUUUUGGGUCACUUCUGGGUUCGGUGUUACGCACAAAUGUGUGGUUGCACACAUAUUGCACAGUCACUGCCUGUAUCUUUAGUCUCGCCUAAUACAGUUAUGACUGAGCAGUAUUUUCCAGCAGUAAAAAAACUGGAAGAAAGCCAUUUAAAAAUCAGAUUAAUAUGAAAUGGAAUACUCAGGAUGAAACGGUGAAAUCUGCUAUGAUUAAAUGGGCACAAGAUGUUGGACAUAAUAUUAUGUUUGCUGACUGGGAACAGUUGUGGACCACAGGUAUGAAAUUUACGGCAUGCAAUGCCCUAAGAGAGAAUAUUAUGAAAAUGAUAUACAGGUGGUACAUGACACCAGUCAAGCUUGCAAAAAUCUACCAUUUGCCCGAUAAUAAAUGUUGGAAAUGUAAAGAAAACGAAGGUACAUUCUUUCACCUUUGGUGGACGUGCCCAAAGAUUAAGGCUUUCUGGGAGAUGAUCUAUAAUGAAUUGAAAAAGGUAUUUAACUAUACCUUUCUAAAGAAACCAGAGGCCUUUCUGUUGGGCAUAGUCAGCCAAUUGGUGCUAAAGAAGUAUAGAACUUUCUUUAUGUAUGCAACAACAGCAGCAAGAAUACUUAUUGCAAAGUAUUGGAAGACACAAGACCUACCCACUCUGGAAGAAUGGCAGAUGAAGGUGAUGGACUAUAUGGAAUUGGCGGAAAUGACUGGCAGAAUCUGAGACCAGGGAGAAGAGUCGGUGGAAGAAGAUUGGAAAAAGUUCAAAGAAUAUUUACAGAAAUAUUGUAAAAUUUAUGAAUGUUAGAAUGAUGUUGGAUAGAAAUUAAGUGGUUUUUAGCUGUAAUAUUAUAAGGGAAUAUGAAAAAAUGGACUAUUAAUAGGUAAAAAUUUAAUGUUACAAUACUUUAAGAUUGAAGUCUAGGAUAAACAAAGAGGGGAGGGAUUUGCUAAACUAACAAUUGAAGUGGAAUACAGAAAAGGGAGGCGUGAGGAGGUCUGGGAAACAAGCAAAUGAAAGAUAAGUGAUUGAAAGACUGAAUUGUUUUUAACUAUUUUAUUUUGUAUUUUUCUUUUUUCUUUUUCUAUUUUGUAAUAUUUUGAAAAUCCUAAUAAAUAUCUUAUAAAAAAUAAAAAUAAAAAUCAGAUUAAUAGUCGCUGACGUUUUAUUCAAGAUGGAGAAUUCAAAUGAUGUUUCUUUUCCUGGGCAUUAUUUAUGGAACUUACCCUCUGCAUCAGACUAUUGAUCAUUCAGUGGAGAAGGGAUUUGUAUAUCUAAUCCAUUUGGAGGUCUGAGUACCGCACUUAUUCAAUAGGAAUUAAAUCUCUCUAGGAUUUGGUGCUGAAACAGCAAUCUAAUUAUAUUCUAGACUGUAAGCUUCUUGGUGUGAUGACUUUUAAACGUAUUUGACAUUAACAUCCUGUUUGUCUCCUAAUGAAUUUCCCUGGAGACUUCCAUAAAACUUCCGUGCUCAAAAAGCAGUAAGAAAAUUUUGCUGCUUUCCAGUGCUGCAUACACGCCAAAUGUUUAAAGAACCUCCCCACCCCAAAUAAUCCUGGAAAUCCUCAUGGAGCUGCAAUUCCUCACACCCUUCACAAACUACAGGACUCUUUGGGAGGAAAAAAUGCUCUUUAAAUGUAUGUUGUGUGUGCAGAUUAGCUUACUGUCAGGAACAGUCUCUGUUCAGGGGAGGUAUUGCAAUGCUCCCUAAUACUGUUCUCACCAGUAUUCAUACUCAUCAGUAUUCAUACUAUUUCAUACUACCUGGAGGAAGUACAGGAUAUAUGGUCCUGUCUCAUUACAAAGGUUUUUAGCCUUAUUGUGGAUCUGUGGUAGUGGACUGUGGUCUACUUCCACCAUGCUCUGCUCAUGCCUAUAUAAUCUCAAGAUCUGAGUGUGGCCACGUGUUUUACACCAAGCUGUUUAGUGCUUGCGGCUGUCAAGUAGUGUGGUUGGACAUACACAUGGGUAGCCCAUGACCAAUGAUGCUUAGAUUUAUAACUAGAACCAAUUUUGCUUCCGUCCUAGGUACUGAAUCGAUACGUAAGGCCCACACAGCCAUGCGACUCACCUGUCCUUAUAAUUCACCUGCACACAACUUAUUUAUCCUUAUACCUCACCUGCGGGACAUGCUGUAAUGGUAGCUGUUCACACCACAGGGAAAUGGUUCUCAUGCCAUGAAUGCUACUAAUUCGUAGUAAACUAGAUUUGGUGCCAUCUUUUUUUAUGUGAAGUCAUAGGUUGAACAUUCUUGGUUUUUUAAUGUCUCUAAUUUUGAGGAUAACAGAAUUCUUUAAUACUUGCUCCCAUUUAUUGUAUAAUAGCGGGUAUGGACUCAUGGGUAUUUCAGUGCGUGGGCAUUUUGGUAGGAUGGCUGGGAACCCACAAGCAGUGUGGAACAAGCUUGUGUGCUGACAGCGAAGGGCAAGUCUUCCCAACAUUCCCUGCUACAGUGUCAGAAAGCGAGCCGACAGUAAAUCACACUGUUCAACUCAGUUAACUCUUCAUUAGCAAAAACACGAUCUUCAUAGACUUGUUUGAGUGUCAAGCCUAAUGAGCAAAGCAUCUCAUUCCUAGUGGCCUUACUCCAUGAAAGUCAGUUGCCAAGACUGAAAGUCCAGGCCUCCUCUCAGCCAUCUAAGUCCUCUCCUCUCCAGGACUUUUUCCAAGCAAUUGGAGGCUGCGCCUGUGUGCAGCCGCCCUCUUUGCUGCCCUUUUCAUACCUCUUCUGGUUCUGGGAGACUAGGGGGGAUGGGACCUUGUUGCAGAAGGAGGGGGAAGACACCCAUGACUAGCCUGAUUCAUUUCUGCCUCUUGGGCUCCCUACUCCCACCCUCCUGUUUCAGAUUCUGCCUCUGAUUCUGGACUUCUCUCUCACAGAUUCCCAGCUCAAAUAAGCCCUGUUACCUCUUCAGCUUCCAAUACCUCCACUUCCCAGUCUUCUCCCUUUGACCUCUCAUUGUUGUCUCACUCCCAGGGCUCUGAGCCUUCUUCUUCCCUGGUUGGUUCCCCAGCUGGUUCCUUCCAUCAUUCCUCUGCGUCCAAUCAGUCCAUGAAAGUCCAUAAGUCCAGUGCUCUCCAACCUGAUGUCCUGUAUUAUUACUAUUUUUGCUGCAGUUCUCAUGAACCCCAGUCAGCAAAGCCCAUAUGGCCAGGCAUCUUGGGAAUUUUAGUCCUAAACCUCUGGAGAUUAUUGUGUUGAGGGAAGGCUGCCCUACUCACCUUAAACACAAAUGUAGAUACAAGGGAGGUUGGUUCUGAACAUUAAGUCAGUUGAACACUGGAAAUUUGUUCAUGCAUAAGGAAUCUCUGUGGUCAUUUCCAACAGAGCUUGGAUAAAUGUGUAUAGAUUGUUUUGCUGUAGGCAACUCUGAUUUAGCUGCAGGAAGUUAGGUUCAGUGGUUUUCCGUGUUUCUAUGGCAUAGCUGAUACCUGAUGGGCAAACAUCAUUACGGCAAGAAAAAAAAUAUUCUGUAUCUCAGAAGCCAGAACAGCAAGAGGGAUCACUGCGCAGUGAAAGCAGCAAUCCCUCUUGCUGUUCUGGCUUCUGGGAUAGCUGUGCAGCCUGCAUUCGCUCCAUAAGACGCACACACAUUUCCCCUUACUUUUUAGGAGGGAAAAAGUGAACCUUAUAGAGCAAAAAAUACGGUAUUUAGUGCUAAAGCAUUCUUGACUUUCACAGAAAGAGGCAGAACUACAGAACUUACUUGGACUGUUCUGUAUUUUCCUAACUUAAACAUUCUUUCCCCAUUCACCCUUAACUUUUCCUUACUUUUCCUUCAUUCAGCUUCUUUGAAAAGCCAUGCUAGAUCCUUAGCACCCUGUCUUCUUCCAGGCAUUGAAUGAACCUCUGAGUUGCCACAACAUGAAUGGCUGUGGAAUUAGAUUUCAAGGAUGUCACCAUGGCAAUGACAUUAAACAAGGAAAGCCUGCAUAUAUGGAAGUUAGCAAAGGGAUCCUUAGGCUAUGGAUAUUUGCAAGAGCUUUUGAAAUGUUUCAGUUCUAUGGGGCAGCCCAGAAUUUAGUUUUCUGUGGUGCAACAAUUUUGCCAUUUUUGUGUUCCAAGUUCCUCUUAUUCUGCCCCCAUCUCAGUGCUUGCUAAGAGUAUUCAGUAAUAGUCUCAAGAGUUUCAUUGUUAUAGAUUGAAACCUGUUGGUCUGUCUCUUGCAUAUUUAGAAUAAAUGAUUAAUCAGAAAGGGCAAUCUUAUUUUUUGCUGAAACAGCAGCGAUUGUUGGAAUGUAUAUGAAUCGUGCAGUGACAGAAGGUAUAUAAAUUGACAGGGAAAUUCAUUGUGGUCUGAAAGCAGUAUAGCUAGAAUUGCAUAGAGCUGUUUGUAAAGCAAUUAUUUUGCAUCAAGCCUUUUAUUGGUGCUAAAGUUUGUAACUCAGUAGGGUGGCAAAUCUUGCUUAUUUUUUAUUUGUAUUUUUUGGGGGCGGGGAUAUGGGCUCUGUUUAUAAAUUUUGUAGGUACACAUACAAUACCUUCCCAAAGAUAUAGUGCUGCUAAUACUUAUUACUUAUAUACACUUGAAUUACUUUCAUAUGACAAAACUGAUCUAUGAAUGUAAUUAUUCUAUAUUGUAUGUACUUAAUGUUGAGUUGUCUUCUACAUGACAUUCAACAAAAUUCUUGAGGGUUUAUUGAAAAAAGGGACAAUGAAUUUUAGGGUAUUGAUUCCUAAUCAAGCUUUUGUAGAUCAUCUCUCUAGAAAAACUGGUAUCUAACCCAGGCCUUGUUAGAGAUUAAUUGUAGGCGUGAUUUGGAAGUUAAAAGGGGGAUGAGUUUUCUGUUAAUAUUAGAAUUUGAACUGUAAGGAUAUUGCUCCUCUUCAACAUGACUUCUUUUUGGUAAAUAAACUGCUAAAAAUGAAGUUGCAGGCAUAUAACAUAUUUUUACAGAAUUUUCCUGAAGUUUGGAAAAGAUUUAGUUACUCUCUUGGCUAAAGAUGAUAACAUUAGCUAACUCUGACAUUGUGUGAGGCAAACAAACUUCAACUCUUAAUUUCUGAAUGGUAGCUCCAAAGGUUAGCAGCCCUUUUAUAGAAUCCACCUUCCUGAACUUGAAAAAAUGGUAGUUGAAAACUAACUUCUUGCUUCAAAUACUGCAGUGGUUCCCACACACAUUCGGCUUUUACAGUAAACCAUAGACUUGUUCUUGGCUUAUUUAUCAUGGUUUGUUUGUCUAACCAUAGUCUCAAAUUCACACGCAAUGCUGAACCAGGGAUUGAGGCUAGUUUCUCCUCUGCACUAGCACCUUGGUCAAAUACUUGCUGAUCAGUUGACUUGUUGCGCCAGCCCUAGUUACUCAAUACUUAAAAUUAUAUUGGAAUAUGGAAAUACGUAAAGAAGAUGGGCAAGUAGGCAAAAAAUGAACACCUAUUAUUAGGCAAGCUUGGGUUGGUGUGUUACCAACAGCUUUUGAGUUUCACACGACUUUCUCAGAAGCAUUGACCCAAUGGGAAAUAUCAUUUACAGAAGUUGUGGAAUAAGCUCUGCUUCAUCAGAUGCAUGAAAUGGAUGUUCUAUUAUAAUGUGGCAGUCUCUAGUCUGAUCAUGCAACAAACCUUCCCACGAGGCUCUUCAGUUUCCAAGGUUCUUUGUACCAGGGAUAUUUCAUGACACAGAGCAUUGGGCAUCUGCCACCAACAUAGCACAACCACAUUGACCCCCCCCCAGUUGAUGUGAAGGUAAAUGGAAAUAAAAUUCUACUUUAUUUGUUUUAUGCCUCUUGAACAAUAAGAUCUCAGGGUCUUUCUUGAGGAAAUGUGUUUAACUGGGGUGGGGGUGGGGGCUAAAAAUAAUAUCUGAGAACAAUGGAGGGGGAUUUAUUAUUAUUAUUAUUAUUCAGUUGCUAUAUUUUGGACCAAGAGCACAUUUCAGGAUUCACAGAAAUGUGGUUGGGUUUUCGAAUAACAUGUGUUAAGUGUGAUUAUACCUCAUUUUAUCCAUAGAUUAAGGUGCCCCUGAGGAAUCAUUGUAUGUGGUAUGAACAAAGGAACAGCUGCAACUGCCCCCACCCAGAUUUCCCUUAUUUGGACAUAAAGAAGCUUCUGCACAAAUGUUUCUGUUUGUUCGUCUUAGACAUUGGGCGAUGAGGAAGGGGGUGAGCCACCUGUCUAUUCCAUGCUGGACGGGACGCCAUUUGCAUUUAUGUCUGACUCAAUUAGGAAGCCUAUCCAUCAGGAUCAAUUUUAAUACCUCUGAUGGGUAAGCGUGGUCGAAGCGAAUUUGUGUUCGCUGAACUCUUGCAACUGAUAAGUGAGGGCUAAGUCUUCUUUACCAUCAAUCAAUUACUUUGGAAAUACUGGGCUGGAAAACACAGAGAUGAUUCUUCGGUUAACUCUUUCUUGUCCGUUCCGAAUUAUAAAACUGUAGCUGUAUAAAUGAUAUACAUUGGCAUUCGCGAACAGAUGGUUUCAUUGUUCUUUAUAUGUUAGCAAGUUAUCCUUUCCUUUAGGCCAAUGGAGGAGACUUCUGGUUCUGCUUUGUCCUGGGCCUUGAUUCAAAGUAGUGCAUUAAAAUCAGCACUAGCAGCUGUGGAAGACUACUUACCAUCAAUGCCUCCCCCUGCCCCUGCUUUUUGUGGCUUUCAGACUUGACUGAAGGGAGAGAUGAGGGACCAGACUGUAAAUCACCUCGUCUGGUCAGAAGACCCCACCUCUUCUGAGCUUUAUUUAAGCUGUGGCAGCAGUAGGGCUUGUUUUGGCCUGUUAAUUUUGACUUUGCAUUUUACUUGGUAUGUGUCAAGACUAUAUUUUACUGUAACAUUAAAUGUAGCUCAUGUUUACUGAAUUGUUUUUUUGUUUAAUUUUUUUUUAAAAAAUAUUUAUACUUUUCAGGUUUAUACAUUUCACUGAUUUUACAAUCAGUUUGACAUUUCAAGAUUUGACUUUCUUCCUCCUCUUUCUUAAGGAAAUAAAUUAUUUAAAUUUAUUUUUAAUAUCUUCUGCAUAUCCAAAUUAACUUAAUUUACUCAUUUAUUCAUCUUCUUUAAAUAUAUACACUUAAGAAGUUGCAGUUUAUUACAAUAAUCCUGCCAGUGUUCUUAUCCAUUUACAAUUCAUCUGUAAAUAUUCAAUAAACCAUUUCCAUUCCUUUAUAAAAAGUUGGUUAUCUUGAUUUCUUACUCUUCUGGCAAGUUUUGCCAUUUCUGCAUAUUCCACACGUUUUUGUAUCCAUUCUUCCUUUGCUGGGACUUCUUGUUGACUGAAUUGUUUUUAGUCUUGUGUUGCAGGUUUUGUAACAAAUGUGUCCCACUUCCCCCAAAAAACGUUAAAUUAUGUGAAUAGAUGUUUGUUAGCCACUUUGGGCUCAUUUCACUGUGGAAAAGAAACAUAAAUAAACUAAAUUCAAAAUAAAAGUGAGGCUUUUUCUUCUGCCUCUCAGCUUUAUGAUGAAGAGUGUGGAGAGAGAUGGGGUUUCUAGUGCAGCUGUUUACGGCCACGCCCCUCCCCAUGGCUCCAACAGUGGUCAGCAAGCUUUUUCAGCAGGGGGCCGGUCCACUGUCCCUCAGACCUUGUGGGGGGCCGGACUAUAUUUUGAAAAGAAAAAAUGAACUACCGUAUUUUUUGCUCUAUAAGGCGCACCACACCAUAAGGCGCAACUAGUUUUUGGAGGAGGAAAACAAGAAAAAAAAUAUUCUGUAUCUCAGAAGCCAGAACAACAAGAGGGAUCGCUGCGCAGCGAAAGCAGCGAUCCCUCUUGCUGUUCUGGAUUCUGGGAUAGCUGCGUAGCCUGCAUUCACCCCAUAAGACGCACACACAUUUCCCCUUGCUUUUUCGGAGGGAAAAAGUAAGUCUUAUAGAGCAAAAAAUACGGUAAUUCCUAUGUCAAAUAACCCAGAGAUGCAUUUUAAAUAAACGCACACAUUCUGCUCAUGUAAAAUCACCAGGCAGGCGCCGCAAAUAACCCAGAGAUGCAUUUUAAAUAAAAGGACACAUUCUACUCAUGUAAAAACACACUGAUUCCCGGAUUGUCCGCUGGCCAGAUUGAGAAGGCGAUUGGGUUAGAUCCAGCCCCCGGGCCUUAGUUUGCCUACCCAUGCUCCAAUUCAAGGAGCCUCAGUCAGGCUAACUCACCUUAGACCAUCUUGGGACAACCCAGCCUCCCCUGGAUCCAGUUCCAAAUUAGUUCAGGGGCAGGCUAAUGUCUCAUUAGGUUUUUAAUUUUUUUUAAAAAAAGCCAUGGCUUCUCUGCAAGUGAGCACCCUGCAUUCUGCAGGAUCAGUGCCUCCACUUCAGCUCUUGUGCAGAGACAUAGGUCCUGUGGCGUGGGGUGCUACUCUGCAGGGAAGUUGCUUGCAAAGCAGGACCCCGCAGAAUCAGUGCCUCUGCAGGGCAUCAGGCAUGAAGAAUAGUAGGGGAGCAAUGGGCGCUUACCUUCUCCUGGCAAGAUGCAGCUGACGGUCAGGUAGCUCUUGGUGGUAUUUUUUUUUUUAAAUGCAAAUUUAGUAAAUUCACCUUUAAAUGUAAAGUGAAUAAAAUUACUCUCCCAUCCUUUCCUGCCUCUUUGAUCCCAAAGAGACAGAAGGUUUAUUUCCUUACACACAAUUGACUACAUAAAGUUAGUGCUGUCUGGUCAUGUACUGGAGACUCACGUUGUCACCCUCUCUUUAUUUAUUUUUAUAAACUUCAUUUAUGUGCUUGUGACUCUUCAUGGCUCAUCUUAAGGAAUCGCUCUAAAGUUCACUAAAUGAAUAUUUCAGUCUCCUUUUCUCUUUGUUCUUUCCUUUUUCCUCUCGGCUGCACGGCCUUGUCUGUACAAGUAUCAAAUUAUAGACUUAGGACAUAAGGCUUUUAAGUUUAGGAUGACUGAGUAUUCUUAACAAAUUUGUAGAUGAGACAGAGGAUACAAAAUAAAAACGGGAGUGACUGAGAGAAACUUCAGAUGACAGAUUAGAAUUAUAACAAGCUUGAUAAUUAGGAUGAAAGCAGUUAAGGUGGCAUUCUGUUUCAGAUAAACAUAUUGUAGAGGAAAAGAACAGAGAGUGGAGCUUUAUUAACCAGUGGCAAAGCUCAGAAGGGUUUUGGAUUACGUACGUAUUGUAAGUCGUCAGUGCAAUGCUCUUUUCAAGUAAGAGAAAGGCAUGUGGUGCAGAGAUACAGGCAUCCCUCAGCAGAUAGGUGAGAGUAGAAAGAGUCUACUCAAGUUAGAAAGUUUGAAAGCUAUUGGACUAGUCUAUUUUGAGGGUGGGGGACCUAAAUUGGCCUGGGACAGGUCCUGAUUUGGUCCGCAAGGCAGUUUCCUUCCAAACCUUACUUAUCCGCUGCUCACCUGACAUAUGUGAUGAGGGACAGGUAAGGAUGCACCAGUAAAGGAACUUGUUUGUGUUUAGCCGUUUAGUCGUGUCCGACUCUUCGUGACCCCAUGGACCAGAGCACGCCAGGCACUCCUGUCUUCCACUGCCUCCCGCAGUUUGGUCAGACGGGAGCUUAAAGAGAGCUCCUGGUUGUUCCUUUGCAAAUGGGCUACACUGCCAAGGAGUUUGCCAUUGGGGAAGACCCAGCUUUGUCGAUUUGCAACCCCUGUUAGCUGGCCACUUUGACGUUAUCACCUGAUGUAAUGACAUCAGGUGAUAGGCGAGCACCCCCACCCACAUGUCAAAAUGGGCUACUGGAGUGGGAGAUGUUGGGAUCCACCUACUUGCUGGGAAAGUUUCCCUCCCCCUGGGCUUACAUGAUGGGAGAGAGACUUGAAAGGAAACUCUACAGUGAUGUCUUGCCAGAUGACAUGCUGGGGCUUAACAGUGGAUCACCAAUACUAUGUGAGAGGAUCACUGCUUGCUGUCAAAUAGUUCAUGGAAGGUUGAUAUCAAUUAACAUGAACUAAUAAGGUAAAGGGACCCCUGACCAUUAGGUCAACUUGUGACCGACUCUGGGGUUGCGGCGCUCAUCUCGCUUUAUUGGCCGGGGGAGUUGGUGUACAGCUUCUGGGUCAUGUGGCCAGCAUGACUAAGCCGCUUCUGCUGAACCAGAGCAGCGCACGGAAACGCCAUUUACCUUCCCGCUGGAGCAGUACCUAUUUAUCUAUUUGCACUUUGACGUGCUUUCGAACUGCUAGGUUGGCAGGAGCAGGGACUGAGCAACGGGAGCUCACCCGGUUGCGGGGAUUCGAACUGCCGACCUUCUGAUCAGCAAGCCCUAGGCUCUGUGGUUUAACCCACAGCGCCACCCACGUCCCAACAUGAACUAAUACCAGCACUUUAAUUAUUAUAUGUAUAUCCUCCAUUUUUUGCCUUUGAAAUUUUUCUCCCUCAUCCUCAGAACAACCCUGUGAGGUGCGGAAGGCGAAGAGAAUGAGGUUAAGCCCAAGGUUGCCAGUGAACUUCAUGGCUGAGUGGGGAUUUGAACUCUGGCAUCGCCAUUCCUAAUCUGGCAUUUGAAACCAGUGCUCUUCACCUGGUGCCCUCCAAAUGUUGCCAGGCUCCAAUUCCCAUUAGUUCUAGCCAGCAUUCCAAAAGGUCAGGGGCAACGGGAGAUAGUAGUUCAAAAAUCUGGAGGACAGUGUGUUGUGGAAGACUACUCUAACCACUAUACCACACUUAAAGGUAAAGGGACCCCUGACCAUUAUGUCCAGUCGUGGCCAACUCUGGGGUUGCGGCGCUCAUCUCUCUUUAUUGGCUGAGGGAGCCGGCAUACAGCUUCCGGAUCAUGUGGCCAGCAUGACUAAGCUGCUUCUGGCGAAUCAGAGCAGUGCACAGAAACGCCGUUUACCUUCCCACCGGAGCAGUACCUAUUUAUCUACUUGCAGUUUGAGGUGCUUUCGAACUGCUAGGUUGGCAGGAGCAGGGACCGAGCAAUGGGAGCUCACCCCGUAGCAGGGAUUCGAACCACCGACCUUCUGAUCGGCAAGCCCUAGGCUCUGUGGUUUAACCCACAGCGCCACCUGCGUCCCAUACCACACUUUAUGGCUUUUGACCUCUUGAUCAUCUUUAUGGCUCUCUCUUAGAUUCUUAAAAUUUAGUGGCUAAACUGAACAUUGUUAUAUAAUCUAAUAUUAACUAGGAUCAGGCAGAGAACUAAUAUAACUUCUGCUUUUGAAUCAUAGAAUUGUAGAGUUGGAAGAGACCACAGACUCAUCUAGUCUAAACCCCUGCAAUGCAGGAAUUUUUACCCAAGGUAGGGCUCGAACCCAGGACCCCAUGAGAUUAAGAGUCUCAUGCUCUAUCGACUGAUCUAUCAUGUUGCAUUAGGAGACAAAACAGGAGUAUAAGGUCAUGAGCAGCCCCAUAGACUAGCCUUUCUCAACCUUGGGUCCCUAGAUGUUGUUGGACUACAACUCCCAUCAUCCCUAGGUAGCAGGACCCGUGGUCAGGGAUGAUGGGAGUUGUAGUCCAACAACAUCUGGGGACCCAAGGUUGACCUUGUACUCCUGUUUUGUCUCCUAGUGCAGUCAGUGGGCUACCUUUGAAUAGGAAGGUGUUAACCUAUUGUUGCAGCUCUCUCUGAGUCCUUUCACAGUAGGAAGCACCUUAUAGGUUGACAUCAUAGAAACAUGGCAAUAAAUAGAGAUGCAGGGAUGCAGGAAGCAGGUGGACCACUGGAAAUGGAGAAGUAGAAAAAAGUGGGCGUGUUUUUCAGCAUUCAUGUCAGAUGCUGGGGGCAAGCAGGGAUGCUGUUGAGAGUGGUUUGGUUGGCAGUUGUAACAAAUUGCCUCUCCAGGCCCUAAGUUACAGCAAAUUGCUUUCCUUUUUACUUUAGUCUUCCUAUGUUCAUGUUCUAGAGAAUAGCACCCUCUUCGUUCAUACUGAGAGGAAACAAAAACACGAUCCCUGUUGGAAGAAUACAAACUGCAAUCCCUGGUCCUCCUAUAAUGUUAAGUGAGGGAUUGUGAGAACAGGGACGACAUGAGCAGCCUUGAUUGGUACAUUCACGAAACAACUUUAAUCAUGGUUUACAGUGAUGUUUUGAAUUGUACCAAUAUACAGUGGUACCUCAGGUUAAGAACUUAAUUCGUUCUGGAGGUCCGUUCUUAACCUGAGACACCACUUUAGCUUAUGAGGCCUCCCGCUGCCGCUGCGCGAUUUCUGUUCUCAUCCUGAAGCAAAGUUCUUAACCCGAGGUACUAUUUUUGGGUUAGCGGAGUCUAUAAUCUGAAGCGUCUGUAACCUUAAGUGUCUGCAACCUGAGGUACCACUGUAUUAAGGUAAAAGAGCUGAAUACCCGGGUGUCAACCUCUUUCAGAAUGGCAUAGCUGCCACUGUGCCCAUUGAGCUCUUAUUCUUUAAUUCAGUGCUGAAGGUUUUGGGGAGCUGGGGAGUUGAGGGAAAAGCUUCAAAACUUGUAUUGUUCUCGUGUGUAGUGCAACUUAUUGCAGUAACAAUUUUUAUUGCUUAUUUGAGAACUGAUUUAGGCAGACACAUUAUCUUUGAACAUAAACGCACAGCUGAGGAAGUUAAGCUUGCAUUUUAGAAAGUCUUUCCCCCUUCCUAGUGCUUGUGGGGGCACUCCUGUUAAACAGCCAAGCCAGAAGUAAUUUGCUUUUAAUGGUUUUUAUACAGCAGCUGAGAAAUGCAUGAUUUGGAACUGUUCUCAUUCUUCCUCUGUCCCCCUCCUCCCCCUUAAAUGAGGACUGAUUUAACAGAAGAGUUUUUGACCCUGAGAAAGCUAGACUCUCUCCCACUCCUGCUGCCAAGGAACAGCAGUAAGGCGUUGAACUGAUAGGCGAGACUCCAGGAUCAGGUGUUUACCACUUUGUAUGGGGUGGAAAGAGACUGGCAGAGAAAUGAACUGGCAGCAGCUGUGUGAAUAAGGGGAGAAUUGUUCCACAAAUUAUGCAAAGAAAAAAAAAAUGACUGUAGCAUGCUAUGCAAUAUAACCAGCUAAAUCCUCAGCAGUUGUAUGAAUUUCGUACAACACAACUUGAACAUGCAUGGACAAAAUUAUUUUGUUGUUUACUGCAUUUCUUAGGUGCUUUAUAUGAAAAGGUCUCAAAGCGACUUAACACUGUAAGACGAACAGAUGAAAUUGGUUAGAAAUUAGGAUCCCCCUCAACAUGUCUGGUGUAUGUUUUGACAGACAUAAACGUAUACCCUUUGUAUCUAACUCUGAAGGGCUAAUCUAUGCAUUUAGGUCAUUGCGUGGUGAUGGGUGCUCAAAAUUGCCCUAUGCAUAAUUGUAAAGGAAAGGUAGUGAGAGUGGGUUGGUGUGCUGCUGAGUCCUCAUUUUGAAUGUGCAUAUUAUGAAAUCGGACAAUAUAAUAUUGACUUGAGGGUUCCCCAGUCUUGCUCUAAGCUAUGACCCUCAUACCUCCAAGCCUGAGGUCAAAUGCUGCCCUUGGGACCUUUCCAAGCCAAGCCCCUGUUCCAGACCACACUUCUCCCAAGCCCUGCUCUAUGCCUUAAAAAAGUAAAGGGACCCCUGACCAUUAGGUCCAGUCGUGGCCGACUCUGGGGUUGUGGUGCUCAUCUUGCUUUACUGGCCGAGGGAGCCGGCGUACAGCUUCCGGGUCAUGUGGCCAGCAUGACUAAGCCGCUUCUGGCGAAGCAGAGCAGCGCACAGAAACGCUGUUUACCUUCCCGUCGGAGCGGUACCUAUUUAUCUACUUGCGCUUUGACGUGCUUUUGAACUGCUAGGUUGGCAGGAGCAGGGACUGAGCAACGGGAGCUCACCCCAUCGUGGGGAUUUGAACCGCCAACCUUUUGCUCGGCAAGUCCUAGGCUCUGUGGUUUAACCCACAGCGCCACCCGCGUCCCAUUGCUCUAUGCCUUAUAAUUAUUGAUCUGUGAUAAUGAUGCAUGCUUGCUUACUUGAAUAGAGGUGUGUGUGUGUGUGUGUGUGUGUGUGUGUGUGUAAAGUCUGACAGUUAGGUGCGGCAGGAGUUUGGCCCACUUUUGCCUGUGGCAUUCCCCAGUUUUGAUACUUGGCUCCUGGAAGAUUGCCCAAGAAGGACUGUGGGCCUCAUGUUUCCAAAGGUCCUCUUUACCUUGGCUUAGAGGUAAAGCAAUGCUUUGCAAGCCGAAAAUCCCAGUGUCACUCCCUACAAUCUCCACGUAACACUGGGAAGGACCCCAGGCUGAAACUCAGGAGAGCAGUAGACAAUUGGCGUAGACCAACCUGAUCUGGGUCACUUGAUAGGUUGGUGGAAUUGUCCACCUGUCAGUCGCCUGCUGUCAUAUGAUGCCAGGUAAUUGAAACUUCAAGAGUCUUCCUUUCACAGUCGGAGCUUGAAUUCAGCACUUUCUGAAUUUGGUGGCUUUUUCUCUCGCCAUGCGAGGCAACAGAUCAAAGGAAGCAAGUGGCAUACUCACCUUGAUUCUUCCUUUAUGGCUGUGGCUUGAAAUAUUUUUGAACUUCCAUGGCUGGAACUUUCCUGUGCCUAAUGUCAUGUGACAGCAGAAGCAGGAAAGAUGAGGCUAGUUAUACCAGAAAUGGCCUUGUGGGCCAACCCCAGAGGGACCUGCAGGCUUGAGGUGUCUCACCACUGGUGUAGACAAUACUGAGCUAGAUGGAUUAAUUUUGUAAUACCUGAAGGUGCAUCAAAUUUCCAGAUGGAUCAUUAUACAUGUCGUUUAUAUAUGUCCCCUUUUAAAAGCAACAUCUUAAUCUCUGGAUCAAAGAAGAAAAGAAGCUCAACCUAAAUCUACCCUCUGUUUCCCAAGUAUUCCCUCCUCAUGAAGGUUCAGGACAGCUUUGUACAUUGCAAUGAGAGGGCAGUGCACACAUUAGUUGUGUAAAGUGCAAAAACAAGCCUGCAGGGAUGCCCUGCAAAAGUCAGGGCAGAGGCAUGCAUCACAAGUGUGAUAGCAGUGCAACAUUUGUGUGCAUCUGGUCUACCCACUUUAUUGUAACACGUGAAAUGGCCUUCAGAAUUCAGAAACCUAAGGAAUAUCCUAUAUUUGCUUUGGUGGCAGCCUCUGAAAAAUCGGUGUGAUUGCUGUAGUAUUCCCUAUAUCUGAAAUUCCAGUAUGAGAGUCCCAGUGUUGGUUAUCUUCCUCAAAGCAUGCCUUUCAAUAACUCUCCAGGUAUUUCCAUUUUGUUCAGGUGUAUCUAUGUAAGAAAAUAACACAGCUUUACAAACAUAAACCCAUUCAGCAGAUAUAGGACUUUUAAACAAACAAGCAAACAAGCAAACAAACAAACAAACAAACAAACAAACGUGAUUAAGACCUUAAGAAAAUCCUGGAGUUAAUAUCAAGCCAGUGUAAAUCUCUGUCAAUAGAAACUGCAGAAGUGGAGAGCAAUGUGGUUGUUAUCUCUCCCCCCUUUCCUUUCCCUUGUAGCUGAGUGUGCUUCUCCCAUCUCUUCCAGAGAGUAACAUGUUUAGUGGAGUCACAACCAAGCGUUGCUAUUCAGGAAUGUUCAAAAAUGUAACUCUGCUCCAAGUACAGUAUGAGCAAGCAUGUAAUUUUCAGCCUGGGCUAUUUUGUGAUCCUAACAUUUUUCUGCCUGCUUCAUGGUGAGAUUUCACCAGCUCAUGGCAGCAUUUCAGCCCUUGCGCGAACAGCCUACCUUCUGUUUAAAAACAGAGCAGCUUCUGUUCACUUGAAAUAGUCAACAAUAAACUGUAAAGGAUUUUUUUCUCUCCUGCAGUAUUAAAUAUGUAACAAUUUGUAAAAGCUGAUUGACAGACCCACCAAAUGACAGUCAAAAAGGCAAAAAACAAAUGAAAUGAAAUGUUAGAAAUGGAUUGUGGAUGUUAAAUGGGGGUGACCAAGACAAUUUGGUAUAGGAUAGAGUAAAUGUUUUCUUUACCUUCCCUGUGCUAUUUCCAUUUGUGGGGAGGAAUCCUUAAAAACACACACAACCCAACCACUUUGUAUCUCAAAGCUGAACUAUGAAAGGCAACCCUAAAGUUAUUUGAAAACUUUUGUGAAAAACUGAAGCAUCCUACUUUCAUAUAAGAAACAUGAGAUCCCCAGCCUUUCAUGAGUUCACCUCCCCGACUCUCACAUUGCUUAUUGUGAGUGAAAAAUUUCAAGAGAUAUAAGGGUGGUAGUCUCUAAGUUGCCAUGAGCUUCUUUAUAUUGCUUUGCUGCUACAGUUAUCACACUGUUAUGCAGCCAAACAGUUAUGAUGACAUUGCUAAUGAAACACAUUAAAGUGAGCAAUGCGUUGAAAUGAUAUAGGAAGAAUUUACGUGGAAAUACUGGAUACGUUUUCCAUGUGACAUGUCUGCUGUGUACGGCUUCCAAGAGAAAGUUGGGUACCUGCUUAGAGAAGAUCUAUUUACUUGACAGCCAACACUCAGUCUCUCUCCCCCCUCACCUCCUUGCUUUUUCCUUGGCAAGCAAACAAAAGACCCUGUCAAGCAGCAAGAGGAUGCCGUCUGUACUGAGCUGUCUGGCAGACCAUUACAAAAUGGCCAAAGGAUUAUUUUGGGGGAAAGGGGGAGAAGAACACAGCUUGACAUCCUUCCAGCUAAGGCUAGCAACUGCCCAGUGAUGAAGGCAAGAGGUCCAAGGAAACCAAAUCAACAUAUAUAAAUGGGUUGCCUCUGAAACUAUGGCGCAGUUGAAUAAGCCUGGCUCUUGUGAAUUCACUUAAUGGCUACAGAAGCUUGUUCUGAUGAGAGGUCCAGAAAAGGAUAAUUAAUUUAAGAAAAUAAAUCUUAUUAAGCCAAGCCAAACCGUGACAGCAACAUAUGUGAACUGUCGCCAGACAAAUGCAAUUACUCCGGUGACAGCAAAGGUUGCGAGGUUUUUAGCUGGGGCAAUCAGAAUAAGAUCCACUAUUUGACUAUUGAUUCCAAACCCUAAAAUGUAUUUUAUAUAAUUGACUUUUUAUUUCUAUUCUUUGUAUAUUAUUGUUUUAUUGCUAUGGCCGAUGGCUGACGCAAAUAAUGAUUCAUUCAUUACUCCAGUGCCAUAUUUUGCUUUUAAUUAAAUUAUUACUAUUACUCCUCUUUCUCAUCUGCCAGUGAAAAGUGACAGCUUGUCAGUUUCCGGGUUUUUAAUAUAGCUCCUUUAAAUAGAUAUUCCUAUUUAUUAUUGUUGUUGUUAUUAUUAAUUGAAUUUACAUACCUCCCUAUACCCAGAGGUCUCAGGGCAGUUCACAGAACAAAAAAACAAACUUAGGUCCAUUACAGAAUGUCUAGGAAUUGGUUUAUUUGCCCCUGUAUAACUUGCUGAAAUUAAUGUCUUUGCUAGGAACUAGCCAAUAUAAAUGUUAUUAAAAAUAAAUUGUGUUUUCCCCCCUCUGGCUUGGAAGGGGAGCUCAAAGUAGAUUGCAGUCUUUAAAAGUAUAUGUACAGUGGUACCUUGGGUUAAGUACUUAAUUCGUUCUGGAGGUCUGUUCUUAACCUGAAACUGUUCUUAACCUGAAGCACCACUUUAGCUAAUGGGGCCUCCUGCUGCUGCUGCGCCGCCGGAGCACGAUUUCUGUUCUCAUCCUGAAGCAAAGUUCUUAACCUGAAGCACUAUUUCUGGGUUAGCAGAGUCUGUAACCUGAAGCGUAUGUAACCUGAAGCAUAUGUAACCCGAGGUACCACUGUACUUCUUUUAAAAUUGUGUUUGUAGAGAUGUGAAGACCUGGAAAAGCAACCUGGAAAAAUGAGGGUUUGUGUGUAUAAUUAAAAACAAAAACAACCCCCUCCAUUCCCCCAGGCUUCCUUCAUAUAUCUUGACAUUAGUAUGCCACCCAGUAACAAACAUUCUCUGAGAGGUAACACAAUGUAAAAGCCAUUGAAAAAACAACAAAAAGCAACAAGCAAAACUUAAUCACAAUAAAAGCAGAAGAGAGAGAACCACCAAAGGUCUUUGCAUGAAGUUUUUCACAAGACUUUCAGCCACAUAAGGUGUCACCCAUCGAACUACUGCCCCCUCUGCCUCAUCCCAUCCCAUCUUGGAGGGUCUCCUGCCCCAAAACUGGGAUCAUCUGUGUGUGCAAGGAACAGAAGUGAGAAGAAGAGGCAGAAAAGCCCUGCUGUGAUGCAAAAUGUUUCCUCUACUUUUCAUCCAACCCAAUACAAACAAAGCACAUUUAAGAAAAUAAAUCAAAAUCCACCAACUAGGAAUAUUUUUUUAAAAAGAGAACCUUAAAUUAUUAUUUCCUAACUGUGUUUAAAAAGGAGAGGGGAACCUAAUAUGUGACCUGCUUUAUUUAGGAGAGUUAUACUCCACUGUUCAGACUGCUGCAAUUUCCCAGAGCAGUCAAAACAAUGCCUGAAUAUACGUACAAUGAAAAUAACAAUAAAUAAUGUUAAAAGGAGCAAAAAUAAAACCAUAUUGCAAGAUAAACUUCAGUACUUCGAAGACUCUGCACUCCCACACAAUGCCACCCAAGGGAGGAAUACAACAAAAAAGACCGAAUAUACUAUUAUUAUUAUUAUUAUUAUUACUCCUCCUCCUCCAUAUUUCCUUUAAAUAGGAGCAGUGGGGAUCUUGGCAGGCAUCAAGUGUAUGUGUGUAUGUCUACAUGGAGUUCAUGGGCACCACAUUGGGGACUGAACCCCAAACAGUCAGAUUCAGAACCUAAUUGAUUGUGACCGAAUCACUCCUCCGGUGCCAGUGAGUCAUUCUAAAUGUUCUUCCUAUGGUGUGAGAACUACUAAUAGAUUAUUAGCAAUCAUGAGGAUGGAAGAAUGUCGAAAAGACCACCCUGGGGCUCAUUUAUACAACUGUUAGUUCACAGAUAGCAAGCUGAUAGCAAGCUCCUUCUACAAGUGGACAGAUGACAGAAUAAGGACCUUGGACUUGGUAUUUUUCUAACGACAAAUCUUGAAACAUUUUGCCUCUCCCAAGUUACUACCGGCAUAAAUCACAGGAGAUGUUUUGUAGAGUAGACUUGUAGAAGGGAGAAAUCACUUGCACUAUAAGAUUACAUGAAUGUUUAUAUUGGCACAGUAGACUUCCGUAUUGUAAAUUUGUUUCCCUACUGGACAGGUUGUCGGAGCGUGCUUUGGUUUUUUAAAAAUAAAAACUAUUGUUCCCUUAAGAAUAGUCAUAAAUGGUUCUUCCAGUUUCAUCAUGUACUGCAGGUUUUGCUCAGGACAUGUGCUAACUUUGUCUACUUGGAAAGGGAUUAAAUCGACAAUAGUAUUAUAAAUAAACUAUUGUAUGGGCUGUCAUGAUGUGCGGUAUGAUACCUUGUAGUUGUGAAGCUUUUAUUGUUGGAUCAUCUGCACGCUUUCUGCCAUUUGUGUGUAAAAUUUGGGGGUAAAAUUAAGUGAAAGGGAACUGCAUUAUAUUGUUCUAACUCCCAAUGUAGGAUUGCUCCUAGAUGCUUUCAAAUUUCCAGUUAUUGAUAGAAAAACGUAAUUCAUUACCAGACACAAAGAAGCUGAAUUCACAGUCUGUCAUCAAUCACUGCAGCUGCACAGUCUAUGUUUACAGUUCUGAAGAAGUCCAAGUUCAUAGAACCAUAGAAUUGUAGAGUUGGAAGAGGGACCACGAAUGUCAUCUAGUCUAACCGCCUGCAAUGCAGGAAUCUUUUACCCAACAUAGAGCUCGAACCCGUGACCUUGAUAUUAAGAGUCUUAUGAUCUAGCAACUGAGCUAAAACUUGUGCUUGGUGGGUGAAAUUCAAUCUUAGGUAAAUUCAGAAUAAUUUCUUUGGUGCCCCUUGUGCGAUUGGCAUUUGAUUCAUUAUAUUAUAGAUACAAACCACCUAGCUUGUAUCAGAUUUUGAAAUGGUGGUGGCAAGUUUCAAACCACAUACUGAAGGCAAACGCAUGCAAUGAAGUCACUUCCUUUUUUUAAAAAAAAUCAUUUUUAUUAAGUUUUCCAUUUUAACAAUCCAAUCAAAUCACAUUAAAUAUUCCAGAUUAUACAUAUACAUAUCAAUUAAUCCAAAUAUUCUGCCAAAUUAUAAAUUUUUUGUUGGUACUUUCCAUGCUUCAAGUUCGGGGGGGCUCUGAUCAUCUCAUAUCUCUGCUGCUUUUGAUAGUCAUUUCUAAUAGUUCCUUUAAAUCUUCCUGUUGUUUUCCUUCUUUCACGGCCUCUGAGUUGUUUCCACAAGCGAGCUGAAGUAAAAUGAUGUGUUUCUGUGUGGAUUUUAUGUGUAUGAUACCCCUCUGUCCAGGCAGCAUCCCCUCACACGCUGGUAUUUCUGCCGAAUCAAUCCAAAAAUCUUUUCGCUGCUGGCAGCCGCCAUCUUCUCUCAAUUCCGCAAUGAAGUCACUUUCAAUAGUUUUUCAGAAAAAGGAGCCACUGGGAGCUGAAAUUUUUGAGUGAAAGCAUGGUUACACACACACACACACACACACACACACAGACACACACACACACAAACGUGGUAGUCCUAAGCAGAAUUAUAGCCUACUGAAGUUGUGUCUUAAAUAAAAAACAUACAGUGGUACCUCGGGUUACAUACGCUUCAGGUUACAUACGCUUCAGGUUACAGACUCCGCUAACCCAGAAAUAGUGCUUCAGGUUAAGAACUUUGCUUCAGGAUGAGAACAGAAAUCAUGCUCCGGCGGCGCGGCGGCAGCGGAAGGCCCCAUUAGCUAAAGUGGUGCUUCAGGUUAAGAACAGUUUCAGGUUAAGUACGGACCUCUGGAACGAAUUAAGUACUUAACCCAAGGUACCACUGUACUUGUGUAUGACAAGUUGUUUGCCCAGAAGUUACCAUGAAUUCCAGUUGGGUUCUUGUGGAAACAAGUAACUUUCUAAAUGGUAGCAAAAAGAAAGAAAGAAAGAAAGAAAGAAAGAAAGAAAGAAAGAAAGAAAGAAAAGUCUUAUGCUCAUACUUGGGUUAACGUCUGUUAGGAUUUUCACAAAUAAUGAGAAAACUAGGUUGUCGUUUUUGUGCUGCUUGGGAGAUAAAACAGACCCUUGUUAGCUUAGUCCUGCGCCAUAUAAUCCAAGCUAGAAUAACCUCCUCUUAAACUAUUGAGCAUCUGGGGUCUACUUGUUUUAAAAAACAAACAAAAAUAAUUUGUUUUUACUCCGCCGUGGGGCAAAGGCUUUUAAAAUUAAAUUGAAAUAAUCUCCCUUCUAUUCUUGUUACCAUAGUAGGUCUAUUCAAGUCAAAGUUGUUAUCUUUGGCAGGCUCCUGCGGUUCAAAAAUAAUGUGGAUAUAUUAGGCCUGAUUGUCCUCUGUUCUGCCAUGGUUUUUUUCUUUGGCUGAUUUUUGUAAGUUAUUAAUUACCGGUUAUAUGCCGCUUCACUCAGAAAUCCCACUGAGUUCAACAGGGAUUACUCAUGAGAAAACGUAAAUGGGGCUGUAAUCUUAGAAUACAACCAGGCCAACUUGAGACGGACAAAGUCACCUUGGAGACUUGAGUACCACUGGUACAGCAGAAAGGGUGGUUGUUUUUGUCCUUAAAUAUUAAGUAGAUAGUUCUUUCCAUUGUUGCAGGUGAGCAGUGAGUAUUCUGCGCGACUUCAGUCCCUCUUGGGCAUAUCUGAUUUAAAUUUAUUGGGGGACUCUUGAAAUAAGAAGCGUUAAGUUGUGUUCUGUUCCAGUGAUGUAAUAUUUGGCAUUUUAUUUCUCCUCCUUCUCCAACCCCCGCCCCCCACCCCAGAAUCAGACCUCAACUAGCCAAAGAAAAGAUUGAAGGAUGCCAUAUCUGCACAUCUGUCACACCUGGAGAACCUCAAGUGUUCCUGGGAAAAGAUAAGGCCUUCACCUUUGAUUAUGUAUUUGAUAUUGAAUCCCAGCAAGAAGAAAUCUAUAUACAGUGCAUAGAAAAACUGAUUGAAGGCUGCUUUGAAGGAUACAAUGCUACCGUGUUUGCUUAUGGGCAGGUAAACUUUACGAACGUUUCAAAAUUAAUUGUUUGCUUUUCAGUGACUCUGUCAGAUGGCUGUUGCGGCUGCUCAAGAGUAAGCAGGCAGGACUCCAAACCCGUAUUUUACAGGUUUUAUUUUGGCGCAAACUAUUUACAGUGACGCGGGUGGUGCUGUGGGUUAAACCACAGAGCCUAGGACUUGCUGAUCAGAAGGUUGGCAGUUCGAAACCCCGCGACAGGGUGAGCUCCCAUUGCUCGGUCCCUGCUCCUGCCAACCUAGCAGUUCGAAAGCACGUCAAAGUGCAGGUAGAUAAAUAGGUACCGCUCCGGCGGGAAGGUAAACGGCUUUUCCGCAGCUUAGUCAUGCUGGCCACAUGACCCGGAAGCUGUACGCCGGCUCCCUCGGCCAAUAAAACGAAAUGAGCGCCGCAACCCCAGAGUCGGCCACAACUGGACCUAAUGGUCAGGGGUCCCUUUACCUUUACCUUUAUUUACAGUGAAGAGCCCCGAAGCUCAUGUCUGGCUCAAUCGCUAGCAGAAUCCGGGAGUGGUCUUUUUUUUGGACUUCCCCCAACCUUCCCCUUCCCUCUUUGCACCUUAGGCUACUGCGCAGAAUGGGCGAUGGCAAGGGCGUGUUUCCCUCCUGUCCGCCUUGCCCAGGAGCGGUGUUAAGGCUCCCACAAGCAUCCUCUGGUCCUUGCACCUCUUCCCCACUAGAGGUGGGGCUUUCCUCCUCCCCGGAAGAGGAACUGCUUCGCAAGAUUUUCGGAGGCUCCCUGUAACACAACUGCCCUUCUAUUCCUCGCCUCUAAGCUGAUGGCAGUUCCCUGACAGAAUCCAAACAAUGUUCUGAUUUAAAAAAAAUAAUAAAGCUGCUCAUAAGGAGUAUUUGUAAUAAUUCAAGCAGGUAUGCUUGAAUUUCACCUUUUAGUAGAGGUGAAAACAAGUAGAUUUCAACAUGGGAAAAUUAUCAAGAUUUCAAGGCUCAUUUUUGGGUAUAUUAAAACGGUGGUGUAUUUUUAAACAGGUGCAGAGCAGUACAUUUGAGGCAGAAGGUGCUCAGAAGUGCAAUCCUUCAGCUUGAAUUACAGUGGCCUUGAAUUCUAAUAGGUCUGUUCAAAAGAGGACUUUCCUCUUCACUUUUGUCCCUCCUCUCCCCAUUUGGCAUAAACGCUGUUUCAAUAUAGCCAGGGACUCUGAGAGCAUUUUAGUAUCUGGAGUUGCCACAAGUUAGCCGCUCCUGCUCAAAUGACUUGACUGAUGGUUAUCUCUAUUAUCAAUAUUGGGAUAUCAAGUUGUGUUCUUUUUAUCUUUUCUUCCCGGCAGUCUCCUAUCCAGGCACUGACCAGGCAGAUCCACAUUUGUCAUUAAUUAAAUUUGUAUAGCACCCUUUAUCUGAAGACCACAGGGCGGUUCAGUACAAAACGAGAGCUCAAAAUACAUAAUAAAACAAAAACAAGUUAUGAGUUUUCCUCCCGGGGUUUUAAAUUAGUUCCCAGUGUUUUGGUUCCAGUACUGCUUGGGAACUACUAGUGUCGGGCGGGCAGGCAGCCACAUGUUGCCUAAGCAACUGUGUUGUUCUUUUGUUUGGUCCUGAUGCUUUGACACCUGAUGGACUACUAGAAUGAGGAGAAGGUGAGUUUGGAGUUCCAGUGGGUGGCUGCCUUCUUAGAGCAUUAUUUUCCUGCAGUAUGUUACUUAACACACCCUUUUCUUCAUUUUAAAUUUAGCAUGACAUAAUCUACCUAAUAACCCAGUUUUCCUUUUUCUUUAUAACCACUGCAAAACGUUGGAAAAUGUGUUUUAUGGAUAGGAAGCCAGUCUAAUCCUGCUUCAGCUAGCAGGACUCCUGGAAUAUCACCCCUUGUUUCCUGGGGGGCAGGCGGUGGUGGUUUAGAUCCUCAUCUCCAUUCACUAUGCAUUUCUGCAGUCCAGAUGUUUUUUUAUGCCAUCCAAAUGCUGUACAGAUCUUACUUUUUUCUUGAGACAACCUAUUUAGAAAGUUGUAAAGUGAGCUGCUGGAGUCAGAAGUCUUUUUGAUCAGCAAUAGAGUGUUUUUCGUGUUAUUUGACCAUAGGUUAAGAUGUAUAUAAUAAACAUUAUUUAGUUGCACAUUAAUGCUGUUUGGUCUUUUAAAUUUAGACAGGAGCCGGUAAAACAUAUACCAUGGGGACCGGAUUUGAUGUUAACAUAAUGGAAGAGGAACAGGGCAUUAUACCACGAGCUGUAAAACACCUGUAUAAAUGUAUUGAAGGAAAAACGCAUGCAGCUAUUCAACAAGGGGUUCCACCUCCAGAAUUUAAAGUGAAUGCUCAGUUCUUAGAGGUAAGCUUUCAUAGUAAUAAUUAUUUCCCCCAUGUAGCAAAGAUAUUGGGGCAUCCUAAUCACAACAUAUUCAAUUUUGAUUGGCAAGGAGGUAAAUUUUAAAUCUGUUUUGUCAACAUACAAUUUAAAUAUUGCAGAAAACCCAAUGGAAUGAAUUGUGGCAAUAUGUUUAUUAUUGUUUAUUAUGUAAUUUAGGCAGGAAGAAUGGCAGGGAAGUUGAGAUUUGCUUAUCUUACGUUAGAAAUCUAUGUUUUGGAACAUCGUGUUGCAAACUAUUUAACACCCACACUAGGGUGGAGAGAGAGGACAUUUUGCCCUUUUCACUAAAGCUCAGAUGAUUUAUGACGCCUGAUUCAAAGCUUAGGAAACAUGUUUUAUUAAUUGAGGUCAGUAAGAUGCCCCCUCUCUUGGUGUUGUUGAAUAAGGUCAAUGAACUGUGUUUGCCACUUUUACAUUUGCAAUUCUAAUGGGAGUUAUUUUUCUGAGUUAGGGUUUAGCAACAGCAGGGUAACCAAGUUACAGGUGCUUGAAUUCCGACUCAGGUAAUUAUCGUUGGACUCCUGUUGGCAUUUCUGCCAAAAUAUUAACCAAAUACAUUAUGGAGUUGGACUAGUCUAUACCUGUUGCUCUUGACCUAAGGGCACUGGAUUUAAGCUUUCUGGCUAAUAUUUGUCCAGAGGAACAAAUCGCAAACUGCACAGUAUAAAGGCAGCCCCUUAGUUCCCCUUAAUUUGGACUUUGUUUUCCGAACUCUUUGAUAGUUAAACAGUUGCUUUCCCCCUCCCCCAGGGUCCUGAUAGUUUGUAAGCAAAACAAAGCCAUUUUUAGUGACUUUGGACUUCCAGUGCAUCUUCAGCUGAUAAUUGUAGAAUGUUUAUACUUACUAUUUCCAAAAAUAGAUUCUAUGUAUUUUAACAAAAACGUCUGCCAUAAAGUGUUUCUGUGAUAUAUUUUAAAAUACAGAAACAGAGGUGCAAAUCACUUUGUCCAGAAAAACAAGCCUUGGAGGAAUGCUUAACUUUUUUUUCAUUUAAAAAAGCAUUUACAGUGCUGCCAUUUUUUUAAAAAAAGAGGCACUCUUCAUAGAAAUAUGGGGGGGAAAGGAAGAAGAUGAAGUUGUAUCCCUAUCAGUAGCUAACAGGUCUGGCAAGCUUAAGUGCUAGUUAGAUGAUAUAAUGAGUGAUGCAAUCUCUUUACUUCUAGGAACCAAGUAUGUGUAAAACAAUAUCCUCUUUCACCAUAAAACACUAAAUAUAUCCAAGCUUUCAGUUUUUAGAUACUUUUCAUUGCAUUGACAGAUUAAACUGGUGCCAGCUAAUUAUGCAGUAUAAACCCUGCUGAAUCGUGUUUUCAAUAUUGCCUUAGAACUGCUAAUUGGAAGAAUCCCCAAAUCAAAGUGAUUUCAAGUGUCUCAUUCCGUUGUCUGGAAGGUCCUGGUCUGCAUUUAACAUGCAUGGCCAAUCUGCUUGUUGAAAGUCAGAACAAGAUUGCAUUAAAUGCCUCUCUGAGGGUUAGCGAAUAAACAUUGGCCAGGAACGUUGUUCCGUUAUGCAGUCGGUGUGUGGUUAUGGAAAUUCUCCUCCUGCUUCAUUUCCCAUGCAAAGGCCCAGAAGAGCAUUUGCAUCCUUGCACCGUUCUCUGGGGAACAUGCAUACUGUGUAUAUAGAAAGAUUCAAGAGUGCAAAGGAUCUGAAGAACCUCACUGAAAGCAUUAGUCCUGCUGGCCACAUGACCCGGAAGCUGUACGCCGGCUCCCUCAGCCAGUGAAGCAAGAUGAGCGCGGCAACCCCAGAGUCGUCCGCGACUGGACCUAGUGGUCAGGGGUCCCUUUACCUUUACCGUGCCUCAUGGUGACCACAAUAGUGUUCUGACGUUGUUUCCUCCCUUGCCCUUAAAGAGGGUUUAGCUCUCACGGUCAGAUACUAUCCUGCAUUCAAAUCAAUGUGGGUUCCCAUGUUCAAUUUGGUUAUUUCUCAGGUAAGAGGUAGAGAGAGCAACAUGGAAGCAAACCUCUGCUCCCUCACCCCCAAUACUACUGUGGGUCAAGUGUAAUACAGUGGUACCUCAGGAUACAUAGGCUUCAGGUUACAUACGCUUCAGGUUACAGACUCCGCUAACCCAGAAAUAGUGCUUCAGGUUAAGAACUUUGCUUCAGGAUGAGAACAGAAAUCGUGCUCCGGCGGCGCAGCAGCAGCAGAAGGCCCCAUAGCUAAAGUGGCGCUUCAGGUUAAGAACAGUUUCAGAUUAAGAAUAGAAUUAAGUACUUAACCCGAGGUACCACUGUCUCUUAAUAGGUCCUGUAUUUUUUUGGAAAUUUGGCUCUACCAAACUUUUACCAGUUGUUUCAGAGUGAGUUUGGGAAAACUGGAGAUGGGAGACACUUAUAGAAUAAAAAUGGAGAGAAAUGUGGAAUAGUGCAACUUGCUCCCCGUUCUGCAUUGAGAAGCAACUUUUUGCAGAUAAGCAAAACGCUCAAGAAAUUUGAGGGACAAAUGUGAUGAUACCCCAGACUUGGGCAGGAGCUAUGGCAGCAACACCCUCCCACCCACCCCUUACUUGCUAUGGGUGGUAGUCAAUGCUACUCAGAGUAGACCCACUGAUGUCAAUGGAUGUGAGUAACUUACGUUAAUUGAUUUCAGUUGGUCUAUUCUGUGUAGGAUUUACUUGAAUAUAAGCCUGUGUCAUUUUCCAAGUACUGAUCAGCCUGCUGUAACAUAGCAUAUCCUUCUCCUGCUCACAAUGUCCUGAACUAUUUUCUGUAAUUCCAUUAGCAAGCUUUGUCAUUGUUGGCCAGUCAUGUUUCUGGAGAAUGACUAUACCCAGCAGCCAUGAUAGGGAAAACUGUGUCUUAAUUAUUUUGGUCAAACCACAGUACAUCUUGAAUUUUGUGUUAAUUAUAUUUUCCUUGCUGAUGUUGGCCUCUUUUUUUCUUUCAAAUUAGCUUUACAAUGAAGAAGUCCUUGAUCUCUUCGACACAACGCGUGACAUGGAUUCAAAGAACAAAAAAUCAAACAUAAAAAUCCACGAAGAUUCAGCGGGUGGAAUAUACACGGUGGGGGUCACAACACGGACUGUAAAUUCAGAAUCUGAGGUAAUAUUUUUAUUCUCAAUGAAAAUGAGAUGGCUUUUGUAAAACAUACUACUGUGUGUGUGUGUGUGUGUGUGUGUGUAUGUAUCUAUUUUUCAAUAUAGAUACAGAUAUAGAUAUUCUUCCUUUCCACUCAGGAGCUCAAGACAGCAGGCAUGAUUUCGCCCUCCCUCUUCCCUAUCUGUUAUGUACUGAAGUUCUCACCCUGGGCCAGCAGGGGGAUACUGUAGAUAGUUAUGCAAAUAAGGGAUCAAAAGUGACGUUCAGUGAUUGGAUAGUUUUAGAAAAUUGUUACAGUUACGUUGUACUGGAGCUCUAUAUAAGCAGGCUGACUGAACCCUUCAGUUCAGUUCUGUUCUGGCCUGUGAAUAAACAAGAGCUGUUUGAAGAAUCGCUGUGUCGUCUGAUAUGUUCACCCACAACUUAACACUAUCCUUGCAGCAAUCCUGAGUGGUAGGUUAGGCUGAGAAACAGGGAUUAGUGCAAGAUAACUGGCUGAACUUGGAGCUCCCUGGUUAUAGUUUCAGUCUAACUGCUACACCACAUUGACCCUUGCCCAAGAACAGGCUUAGGAAUACAGUACAGGUGACUCCCCACUUACAGGGGGGUUACAUUCUAGGCCCCCGCACGCAUAAGUGAAAGAGAUAAAAGGCAGGCAUAAUUGCUGCUAUCUUUGAUUUGUAAGAUGGGGGUGGAGACGCUCCUUCAGGUAUACUGGACCGAGGCCGUUUAGGGCUUUAAAGGUCAGCAUCCACACUUUGAACUGUGCUCAGAAAUGUAUUGGGAGCCAAUGUAGCUCUUUCAAGACCAGUGUAUGUGUGUAGGUUUAAUUUCAGCCAUAUAUCCUUUUCCCCACCAUUUUUACAGAUGAUGCAAUGUUUGAAGCUGGGCGCUUUAUCUCGAACCACUGCCAGCACUCAGAUGAAUGUUCAGAGCUCACGUUCACAUGCCAUCUUCACUGUCCACUUGUGUCAAACGAGAGUUUGCCCUCCAAUUGAUGCGGUAUGUAUUAUGCUAUUUUUGUCUUGGAAAAAAUCAAUAACACUGCAGUGUGUGUGUGUACCCUGGAGGAAUAUCUUGUAUUAGAGUAAUAGCCAAAACUGAUUUUCUUGGUCCACCUUCUUAAGUUAUACUGCUUGGUGUGGGAAUUGUUGCAGUGUGAUGUUAGAAUGGUGGCUCAUGCCACCAUUGCCCUUUUCGUAUGGAAGAAGAGUUUGGAUUUGGAUUUGAUAUCCCUCUUUAUCACUACCCUAAGGAGUCUCAAAGCGGCUAACAUUCUCCUUUCCCUUCCUCCCCCACAACAAACACUCUGUGAGGUGAGUGGGGCUUUGAGAUUUCAAAGAAGUGUGAUUAGCCCAAGGUCACCCAUCAGCUGCAUGUGGAGGAGCGGAGACGCGAACCCGGUUCACCAGAUUACAAAUCUACUGCUCUUAACCACUACACCACACUGGCUCUCCUGGAGAUGCAAUAUUGUAUUUUGUAUGCCAUAUUGGCUCUUUCCAUUUAGCCCACGGCCUCUCAAGGAUUCUGGUGGUACAAGAAAGAAACAGCAGUGUUGCAGUAAUAAGAUACGAGGCCUAAGUAAUUCAAAGGUCCACUUACGUUUAAACAGCGUUGCCAUCCUUCCAUUUAUAAUAUUUACCAUAUUUUUUGCUCUAUAAGACUCACUUUUUCCCUCCUAAAAAGUAAGGGGAAAUGUGUGUGCGUCUUAUGGAGCGAAUGCAGGCUGCGCAGCUAUUCCAGAAGCCAGAACAGCAAGUGGGAUUGCUGCUUUCGCUGCGCAGCGAUCCCUCUUGCUGUUCUGGCUUCUGAGAUUCAGAAUAUUCUUUUUCUUGUUUUCCUCCUCCAAAAACUAGGUACGUCUUGUGGUCUGGUGCGUCUUAUAGAGCGAAAAAUACGGUAAAUAACUUACACUUAAAAUCAAAUUGAUUGAGAUGUCCACCUGUUCCCAUAGCAACAGAUCUGCCUUGGUUGCUAAAGGCCUCGACCUUCCUGCACUGUAGGUCUCGGGUCUAAAUAACUCAAAUAUUUGACAGUUACAUUCCCAAAUAUUGUGGGAUUAGAGUUUUGUUUUGUUGGGGAAGUUGAAAGUGGUGGUGUGCGUUUAAAGUUGUGUAUGUUUGUAUAAGCUGUGGGGGAUAUCUCUGUAAGGAAAGUGUUAGGUUGUGGGUGAACAUAUCAGACGACACAGCGAUUCUUCAAACAGCUCUUGUUUAUUCACAGGCCAGGACAGAACUGAACUGAAGGGUUCAGUCAGCCUGCUUAUAUAGAGCUCCAGUACAAUGUAACUGUAACAAUUUUCUAAAACUAUCCAAUCACUGAAUGUCACUUUCGACCUCUUAUUUGCAUAACUAUCUACAGUAUCCCCCUGCUGGCCCAGGGUGAGAACUUCAGUACAUAACAGAAAGUAUAUUGACACUUAAAACUUUCAUAGCCUAAAGCUAAGUGCACUAAGAAAUAAUUGGGCCCUUGUUCUUGAUGUGUCUGGUGUCUUUAUAGGCAUUCUAAAGAUUCUAAAUACUAUAUUAUAAACUGUUAUGUUAGGAAUAGGCAAGUACAGAACGCUUUUGUUUUAAAUUACAAACAUUGUGACCAUGAGCAGUAUAGUCCUUCAGUGUUUCAGCUUCCUUUUUAAAAGCGAUUUAAUUUGAUUUGAAAACAUGCGAAGUAUGCUUAUUAGAAGGAUUUGCUUCGCUUCCAAAAUAUAUUAUCCAUCCAUGCAUGUAGGCAUAUGUUUGAAGAUGUGAACCUUGGUUUUAAUUGGCUUUAAAAUAGAAAGUAUGCAUUUAAAAUGAAAAUGGGGUGGUCACAGGAGCGGAAAGCCUUUGACUUGCUUUCUGCUGAGUUAACAGAAAAGAAAGAAAGCUCUUUGCCAUUAUGAACAUAUUUUUCUCAAGCACUUUUGUUUAUAUACUGGAAAUGUUUCAGCUACGUGAAAACUGUAGUGUGCUUAUGACGACAGAUGUCAGGAUAAUUUAUAUUUUUGUCAUUUAUCCUCUUGAGUUCUGUACAAAAAUCCUUUCACUUACAGAAAAAUAAUUCAUGCUAAUAACAAAUGUUUGCUACAAAUGUCGUUGUCAGUGGCAAGAUUGUAGAUUCUGAAACCUAUUAAUUGUUAUGUAGAAGUGGUUUAUGAGGUUAUACUUUUAUUGCCUGGAGUUUGAUCCUUCUCUUCUGAAACAUUCAUGAACAACUCACAUUUCCCCCCUCUACUGGUAGCUGGAAAUAUUACAGGGUCUCUUUUUCCUAAGGAUGGAAUUUUUUUAAGAGUUGAAGGUGGUUUGGAAGAGUCCCGCUGUCGCUUCAGAUGCAGUAGACAUUAUAGCUUUUUGAAACAAUGCAAAAACUUAUUUACCCAGAGGCAAGAGUGGGUCACAUGUGCAAACUGUAAAAAUUAUUUUAAAUGUAAACCUUCAGCUUAAUAUAUGGCUCUAGCUUAGGACUCUGGUUAAUGAGGAUAAUAGCUUCUUUAUUCUAGUUUAUCAUCUAGUGAAUGCUGUCUGUAAUUCUCUGGGAACAGGCGAAAGCAUAGAGGCAGUUGUAUUCUUUUCCCUGCCUCCAUUUCACUGUCUCUUCUUCUGCAGAGAUUUCUAAAACUUGCUUUCCUAAAGAGGAUUUUGAUGGGCCCACAUUUGCUGUUCUAGUUUUCCUCUCUUUUUGCCCUGCGUUGCUGGGAGCAUGGCUUAAAUAGGGAGAGGCAGUUUGUUGGUCUUUAAAAACACGUCGCUCUCUUUGCAGCCUCACCGGUCUUCUUUCUUCACCACAGGACAACAUGACAGAUAACAGAAUGAUAUCGGAGUCAUCUCAGCUAAAUGAGUUUGAAACCCUUACUGCUAAGUUUCACUUUGUGGAUUUGGCAGGGUCCGAACGAUUGAAGCGCACAGGGGCCACUGGGGAGAGAGCAAAAGAAGGCAUUUCCAUCAAUUGCGGACUAGUAAGUACUACCUUGACAGCAUUUUGAUCCUCCUCGUUUCCUAAAAUCAUUACAUACCACCUUUCAUUACAUAAGAAAUACCAAGGCAGUUCACCAGGCAGUAAGAAGGAGCGUCUCCAUCCCCAUCGUUCUGCCCGGACACUGAGGUCCAGUGCCGAGGGCCUUCUGGUGGUUCCCUCGCUGCGAGAAGCCAAGUUACAGGGAACCAAGCAGAGGGCCUUCUCGGUAGUGGCACCUGUCCUGUGGAACGCCCUCUCAUCAGAUGUCAAGGAAAUAAACAACUACAGUGGUACCUCGGGUUACAUACGCUUCAGGUUACAUACGCUUCAGGUUACAGACUCCACUAACCCAGAAAUAUUACCUCGGGUUAAGAACUUUGCUUCAGGAUGAGAACAGAAAUCGUGCAGCAGCGGUGCACUGGCAGCAGGAGGCCCCAUCAGCUAAAGUGGUGCUUCAGGUUAAGAACAGUUUCAGGUUAAGUACGGACCUCCAGAACGAAUUAAGUACUUAACCCGAGGUACCACUGUAUCUGACUUUUAGAAGACAUCUGAAGGCAGCCCUGUUUAGGGAAGUUUUGAAUGUGUGACAUUUUAAUGUAUUUUUAAUCUUUGUUGGAAGCCACCCAGAGUGGCUGGGGAAACCCAGCUGGAUGGGCAGGGUAGAAAUAAAUUAUUAUUAUUAUUAUUUAUUAUUAUUAUUGUUAAGACAAUGGGGGGGAAUACAACAAUAAAAUCCAUAAUGGCAAAACAGGAGUUAAAAUAGCAAUAUCAUUUACAGUAGGCAGAAAUGCCAGGAACUGAUAUUAAUGGUCAGGAAAUACCCAGGUAAAAUAGGUACAUUUUUCAUGGAAGAGCCCCAGAGUUAGUGCCAACCUGUUUUCCAAAGGGAGCAAAUUCAACAUGGUAGGCACCAGCGUGGAGAAAUUCCUUCUCUGUACCACAGUGAGAUAGAUGUCUGCAAGCCAUGUCAUGUUUAAUAGGGCCUCCCCCAGCUGUUUAUGGCCUCAUAAGCCAAUACUAAAACCUUAGAAGAAUCCCUGAGGCAGAAAUAUACUUAAUGCACAGGACCAAGGAUUGCAGUGCUUGGAUCACAUUCUUGCCAUUUAUUUCAAAGCUAUGUGGGGGAUGUAACUAGUCAACUGUGGCUAGUUUUUAAUGUUUGUCCCACUUUUUAAUGUUUGUCCCACUGUUUGCAUUCUACCACCAUGCCAUUACAAACGAACAGCUCUUUAAAUGUGCCACGGGACUCUUCAUUUAGUUGUUGCAGUUUAGCCCGGCCGUCAUGUCCCUAUAAUUGAGAUAGUUGAUGAAACAGGAAUUGCUUCCCUACGGUAAAAUAGCUGUACUGCAAUAUAGUGGCUAUAAACACUGCAUUGCCAUAAACGUUGACUUUGACUUGCUAUUGGAGCUAGCAACAUUACACUGUCUGACACUGGAGCAAAAAAUGUUGAUAUUAAAUUAUACUUGGUUUUUUGGGGGUUGUUGCUUUUUUACAAAAGUAAGCCUGAAAGAUAUUCCAGAGCCAACUCUGUACUGGGGAAAACGGUUCUGUACAUGAUUACCUUGCCUGGGAUGCAAAGAUGGAUGCAUUCCAUUUGCAGGAGAGAACUGUGUGAAGCUUUCCUGGCAGUUUCCCUUGCAUCAAGUCUUGUGACUAAACGGGCAACUCAUUUCUAAAAUAGAACAAUGGCUUACGUCUUUGACAGUGAAAGCUACCGCAGUGGAAAAGGACAAAGUAUAGUUCUGCUGACUGCACUUUUCUCUCCCUCACAUUUUCUGACUCUGCACAAUGCUGCUGAUUCUGAUUGUGUCAAUACUUAUGUGUGUUGGGUGGUGCUGGUUUUUUGGGGCAGAAUUUUAUUAAAACAAAUGUUGCAUAUUUUAUAGCUGGCGUUGGGCAACGUAAUAAGUGCACUGGGAGAUAAGAGCAAGAGGGUCACUCACGUACCAUACAGAGAUUCAAAAUUAACACGGCUGUUGCAAGACUCCCUUGGAGGAAACAGGUACAAGCAAAUUUUUUUAUUUGAAACCAUGUUUGAAAGAGAUGUCACAAGAAUUUUGAUUAAUUUGCUAUUGAUGGAACUAAAGUGUAUUAGAAUACAAUAAAACAAGAACCACACUGUCUCUCUCUCUCUCUCUCUCUCUCUCUCUCUCUCUCUCUAUUUCGUAUAGCUGAGCUGAAUUAAUAGAAUUGGUUUUUCUGCCUCAGCAGAUAAAACACGGUAGCACAUUUCAUCUUUUUGCUCUGGGUUGCCUGGAAAAUGAUGCAGCCCCAUAAAUAAAAGAGGAAAUUACCACUUACCCCUUUAUAAAAUCCAGUAGCACGGACAGAAAAAAACUCACAAGAGAAAACAAACUAAUGUAGAGCACAAGUAAAUGAUCUGUUUAAUAGGAAUACUUACUCUGAACCCUUUUAGAGAGACGGUAAUGCAGUUAAGCCUCAAUUGGAUGAAAGCUUAAGGGAGUGGUUUUCCAGUAAAGGCUUCAAAAACAAGGCCAUUUAGAAGUCAAGAGUUUCCUUGAAUUUGUUGUGCUGUAGAACUCUAACACUUGCAACUUAAUGAGAGACUGUGCAGUUGAGAAUCCUCAGCUCAGCCAGUUUAUUAAAGAGUUAGUAAGCUUUGCCACGGGACGCGGGUGGUGCUGUGGGUUAAACCACAGAGCCUAGGACUUGCUGAUCAGAAGGUUGGCUGUUCGAAUCCCCGUGACAGGGUGAGCUCCCGUUGCUCGGUCCCUGCUCCUGCCCACCUAGCAGUUCGAAAGCACGUCAAAGUGCAAAUAGAUAAAUAGGUACCACUCCGGUGGGAAGUUAAACGGCAUUUCCGUGAGCUGCUCUGGUUCACCAGAAGCGGCUUAGUCAUGCUGGCCACAUGACCUGGAAGCUGUACGUCAGCUCCCUCGGCCAAUAAAGUGAGAUGAGCGCCGCGACCCCAGAGUCAGCCACGACUGGACCUAAUGGUCAGGGGUCCCUUUACCUUUACCUUAAGCUUUGCCACAGGAAUAGCACUGGGAUUCUUCUGUGGGAAUACCUACUGUAUACUUUUCCCCUUAAUUUUGAUCCCAUCCUCCUGCAACAUCCAGAUUCUUCAUCAUCUUGGUUGCCCUCCUCUGCACAUGUUCCAGCUUGUCAAUGGUCUUCUUCAAUUGUGGUGCCCAGAACUGGACAUAGUAAUCCAGGUGUGGUCUGACCAAGGCAGAAGAGAGCAGGACUCUUCACUUCCCUUAAUAGGGAUGCUAUACUUCUGUGGAUGCAGCCGUGCGCCUACACAGCCAUGCCCCUUCUGAUACUAUACAAUAAUCUUACAGUUGUGCAGUAAUAACAAUUAGGGGUGCAUUGCAACAUUCAGUGCUGAUCCGUGUGUUGCCUUUCAGCUAGAUCUGCUGUUUUCUGUGCACAUACAUGGGCAAAUGAUUUGUAGUAUCUUCUUUCAGAUAGUGUUUUCCAUCAGGUGCCAUUGGACGUAACAGAACUUGCAAACCAUUAUCUUGAAACUGAAGCUCCCUUGUGUUUUCACCGUUCUUAAUUGCUUAGUUUUGGAGCAUAUAGUGGCUUAAAAGCUUCCCUUUCAUGCUCAUUGGGUCACUCUCGGAUUUGCAGACGAGGGGCCCUGCUGCAGAAAUAUUAACAGGUGCCCACUAUCGCUACACACCACCGAUUGUACAAGCAGCCUCCUGCCUGUUCAAUCUUUGGCUCCAACCCAAUGGCUCCAGUGAAGUGAAACUAUGCACAUGCUUCUGAUUUCUUAUUUUUCCACUGUAGCCACUGAAAGAACAGGCUGCUUUUGAAAGAUGGCUGUUCAGUCCAGCAGUGCAAGUGCCUUUGGCGGAAAUGAAAAUAAGUACAUUGCUGUGCUAAACCUUAUUCAUGCAUCUAAUAUCUGCUGAAUAUUGACCACAUUCUAUUGGUAUACACUGCAAAGAAGCCUAAUCUAAAAUAACCCUCAGACGUACUACUGUAUUCAGAAUACAAAUAAGCAUUGACGUUAUAGAAGCCUAUUUGAUUAUUAUUUUUUAAUAUAUAAAUGCAGAGUGAAAGUAUUUAAAGUAAAGGCAAGAAGGCAGUCUCCGUUUCAGAGACUGUAACUUGCAAUAAGACAAAUUCACGGUGUAGUGUAAUAAUACAGAUGGGUAACAAUUUUUCAUUCAUUCCUUAGUUAAGCUAUAGUAUAUUUUUGCUGGAGAGGAGGGUGGAGGAUGUUGGGAAAGGUCACAACUUACUAUUGAGUGAUAGGGACAAAAUGAAUUGCAGUGUAAGCAAAAAAUAAAAAUCGGAGAGCCAUAAUAGCAGGGGCGGGUUGGCGGCAGGGGGACUAGAACAAACAAAAGAUCCUGUGGAAAUGUAUUUGUGACUAUUUCCACAAGGUGGCAUUUCUACACAUAAUUAUGCACUUUCAUUUGGAUGCUUUGUAAUCUGCUACUAAAAUCGGAGAGCAUUUUAAUAGUCAGCACUUCGGAUUAUGGACAAACCGACAUAAUAUUAUGCUUGUGUUUUGUUCUCAGCCCAGUUAACGUUCUAAGAGUUAACCCACUGCUACCCAUAUGGUGUUUUGCUAAGUAUAUUCACUUCAUUGCUUGGAGCUUCUUGCAGAUAUGCCUGUGUAUAUAUAUUUUGAUAGGAUCAGAUAAGUGUGCAGGCCUUCAGAGUAGUGUUACAAGAUACAGCUAUACUUCCAGCAGCUUCUAUAAAGAAACAAAAAUAGGUCAGUUUUGGUCUUCUGCCCGAGAUGAAAUUCAUCAGCUGAUACACUCGUGAUUUUCAUUUUGUUUUGUGCAGCUGUGUUCACCAUUGUGCCUUGUUAAAAUGCUGAGAGCUGCAACUUUCAUUUAUUUAUUCAUUUAGAAAGAACUCCCCCUCCCCCCCCGUAUUAUUAGCAAGGUGCAAAUAAUUUCUGGAUACAUGUUACAUACCUUUGGUUGGGAACAAUACAAACAGUUUUGCUUGGUUUUAAAGUUCUGAUGAAGCAUGUUAGUGCAUUUAUCGUCUUUUGUUUAUAUGUAGCAGUGGCACACAGCGCUGCCCUUGCUUUUCUGCUUCCGUUGAUAAAACCUGCACUGUUUUUAACCUGCAGCCAAACCGUCAUGAUCGCCUGCGUAAGCCCCUCAGACAGAGAUUUCAUGGAAACCUUGAACACUUUGAAGUAUGCAAACCGGGCACGAAAUAUCAAGAACAAGGUGAUGGUUAAUCAGGACAGGGCUAGCCAGCAGAUUAAUGCUCUGCGGAGCGAGAUCACGCGGCUCCAGAUGGAACUCAUGGAGUAUAAAACGGUAAUACUCAUUAUAAUGUUUUCCUCAGUAGUCCUUGGCUGCUACAUUAAACCAUUUUGCAUGUCCAGGUUUGUCCCUCCUCUCCACCUCCCUCCAUGGUAAAGAGAGGCAUGUGUUCCUCAUAUAAUUGAUUUUUUUUAAAUUAAAAAACCCCCCAUAUACUUCAGAGUGGGACAAGUUGGUACUUCGUUUCCAUCAGCAAAGCUUAGUUUACAUUCUGGAAACUCCAAUGUUUCCUAUAAGCCAGAUAAGCUAUUUCAUAUCAGUUUCUGCUAGCUCCAGACAUUUAAGUAGCCAUUUCCUAACAGACAGAGCUUGUGACUCUUUCCAGCUGCGGGUCCACACUGUCCUUUCUGCUGUUGGCAAAAACCUGAUUAAAAAUAUCAGGUUUGCAGGGAUAUGCUUCGCAAACCAGUGAAAUAAGAAUAACACAGGAGAGAGUGAAUCCCGCUGUAUGCUAUUAUUAAUUUGUCUCCGAAAAUCAUAAAUCAGGCACGGCCAAACUUGGCCCUCCAGAUGUUUUGGGACUACAGUUCCCAUCAUCCCUGACCACUGGUCCUGUUAGCUAGGGAUGAUGGGAGUUGUAGUCCCAAAACAUCUGGAGGGCCAAGUUUGGCCAUGCCUGUCACAAAUGAUCUGGCACUCCCACCACAUAUGUAAUAUACAGUGGUACCUUGUGUUACAAACACUUCGGGUUACAGACUCCGCUAACCUGGAAGUAGAACCUCGGGUUAAGAACUUUACCUCAGGAUGAGAACAGAAAUCGCAUGCUGGCACCGUGGCAGCAAUGGGAGACCCCAUUAGCUAAAGCGGUACUUCAGGUUAAGAACGGUUUCAGGUUAAGAACGGACCUCCGGAACGAAUUAAGUACUUAACCUGAGGUACCACUGUAUGUGCAUUUGUGGCACAUUUGAAACCAGUGAACUUCUGGGUAGAUUUUAUGUAACCUGGCCAGAAUUGAGGACCAGAGUAGCAACAGUUUAUACUAAACCUCGCUUGCUGAUAAACGUAUUGGAGACCUUCUCACAGAGCCCCAAAUCUUGACUCAUUUCUUCUCAGAAAUGCUAAAAUCCAGGACUUGUAUCUGAUGUGCUUUAAUCAGUGUAAGGAUUCACGUUUGCGCAGCGGAGUUUACUCUCUCCUUCCCCCACUUCCUUCUAAAUCUGUUCUAGUGGUUCCCCAACCUCUGCAGCAGAAUUGGGGAUGGAGGGCACAAACACAAAUCCUUGCACUAAUGGGUUUCUUUUUCACCCUGCUCUAGCCAUCAAGUCAUUUUACUGAGAUCCAUUAACAAUGUGUAAUUUGUCUUUAUCAUCUGUUAGGGCAAAAGGAUUAUUGAUGAGGAAGGUAUGGAAAGCGUCAAUGACAUGUUUCAUGAAAAUGCCAUGCUGCAAACAGAAAACAACAACCUCCGAGUCAGGAUAAAGGCAAUGCAAGAGACUAUUGAUGCACUGAGAGCCCGAAUCACACAGCUUGUGAGUGAUCAGGCCAACCAGGUCCUGGCCAGGGCAGGUAAUGUGUAUUCUUCUCACUGAAAAAUGUUGUAUGUAUCAAACUUUGUCUACAAAGGCUCUUGGCCAUUGUUCACCUCCUUGUUUCACAAGUAUAGGGGCUUCCUCAAGUUAGUAAUGCACAGAGGCAGAGGGAGUGCAGACCUCAGGUUUGUGAGAUCUACUAGGGGUGUGUGUGUGUGUGUGUGUGUGUGUUACUGGAACCCAAAGGUUUGCCAACUAAAACUAGGUGCGAAAGACAUGCAGCUACAAUUAAAGAACAGGGCAUGCCUGAGCACAAUUUGAACUACGAAAUUUAUUUUCACUACCAGAAUUGAACAAAGAACAAAGCAUACAUAUGCAUAUAUUUCAUUCUCUCUCUCUCUCUCUCUCUCUCUCUCACACACACACACACACACACACACGCACACACACGCACACACACGUAUUCUGUAAUUGAUUUUAUAGCUGCAGACUGCUUAGAAGCUGUUUUGGCAUAUAAACGGCAUAAACAAACAAACAAACAAAAACCUCACACGAAAGUCUUCAUUUCAGCAGCCUAAUUUAGAUGUAAAAUGUUGCUUUGUUUGUUGCUAUUGUUAAUCGAGAGAGAAUUGGAAACCCUUUCCAAUCUACUGCAAAUUGCCCCAGAGAUGCCCAGUGGAUCCCUAUCUACAUUCUGCCCAUUCCCAAACAUAGAUAAUUUGAGUAAACCUGAACUGUUCAGUAAAACUGAAACUGUACAUUCUGCGAACUAACCCUUUCUUGUACACAUUCAGUAAUAAUGUUAAUCAUAAUUUAUUAUUUCUACCCUGCCCAUCUGGCUGGGUUUCCCCAGCCACUCUGGGCGGCUUCCAGCAGAAGGUUAAAAAUACAUUAUUUCUUUGACAUCUGAUGGGAGGGUGUUCCACAGGGUGGGCACCACUACCAAGAAGGCCCUCUGCCUGGUUCCCUGUAACUUACCACUGAUUUGUCUACAUAAAUCCAUAUUUCCUGUGAACCCCUUGGCACAGGGCUGGCCCAAUAUAUUUUGGGAGUGAAGAUCUACAUCAGGCAUAAGGGGAGAGUGCAGCGACAGAAACAGCAAGCAAUGCAUUCCUUGGAAACUGGUUCUGCUGCCCCUGUGGAUUGUGCCACCUGAGGCGUCAUCUCACCUUGCCUCAUGGGUGGGCCAGCCCUCCCUUGCCUCCUUGCCUGUGAACAUUUAAUUUCCCCUUCUGAAUAUUAAAUGCUGGUCCCCAUGCAAUCCUGAUAACAACAUUUUGUGUCUGUCUGCCAUUCUAAUAAACACACUUUAAUAUUGGUUGUUGUCUUUUUAAAGGAGAAGGUAAUGAAGAAAUCAGCAACAUGAUUCAUAACUACAUCAAGGAAAUUGAGGAUCUCAGGUAUUAUUCAUUUGACAUCUUUUGUGAUUUUGUCUCGCUUGUGUUUCCCCCCUAUAAUGUAGAAUCUAUGUGUAACUCUACCAGUCUUUGUGGUUAAAAUGUAUUGUCUAUAUGUGUAACGUGGAAGGACUCUUGUUAGUGGUUCAGCACACACCAUGGCUCUAAAAAGCAUUGUUCUUCAUCCCAAGGUUAUUUCUAAUGACCCUGAACAGCAGUUGUCCAAUAAUUAAAUAGCUGACUUUCUAGAAAGUAUAAUUAGAACAGAACAUUAUCAGUUCCUGUAUUUGAGCUGCCUUAAGUGGAUUCACAUAGCUCUGUGAGCAUUUCCCACCGGAUCUUCGGUUAAUCUGUGUUUGGUAUCAGAGUGGGAUACACCAAAGGACUCCACUUAUUUUUUAUUUUAUUUUUUUGCCUUAUUCUUACCGCUAGUGAGUGUGUGACCUUGCUUGGAAAUGAUAGACCAUGAUUUAGCAGUCUGUGAAUGUAGCUGCUCAUGUGCUCAUACGUCCCCUUUCUUCAUUUAGUAUGGCCUCAAGGAGAAGGACAGAAGCUUUUGAUUCCAUUUUUAGCUAACCACAGUGCUGAGUUCAAACCUAGACAAACUGUGGUUAGUUGACUAUUGGUUUACUGAACUGAGAAAAUUUCAAAUCAAGAUUUAUGACAUUGGCUUGUUUCAGUAGCCUUCAGCUAAGACGGAGAACCAUAUUUGAGCAUUAUAUCUGAAGUAGAUCACAUGCACCCGUAAAUGUAUUCCCUUAUUGCCCACUCUAUGAAUCUAAUGAAAGCUGUUGGUAGAGCAUGAGACUCUUAAUCUCAGGGUUGUAGGUUGGAUCCCCACGUUGGGCAAAAGAUCUCUGCAUUGCAAGGGACUGGAUUAGAUGAUACUUCUGGUCCCUUCCACCUCUACAGUUCUAAGAUUCCAUGAAAUAAGUUUAUUAGUGUGUUGCUGCUGCUAUAAUACAUUAGCAAGACAGUACAUUGGAACAAGGUGCUUAAUCAGCACUUGUGAAAACAUCUGGCAUUAAUAUAAUAUUGCUUACAUAUGGCACCCCAGGAACCCAUUUUAGUACAGUGGUACCUCAGGUUACAUAUGCUUCAGGUUACAUACACUUCAGGUUACAGACUCCGCUAACCCAGAAAUAGUACCUCGGGUUAAGAACUUUGCUUCAGGAUGAGAACAGAAAUUGUGCUUCGGUGGCACGGCUGCAGCGGGAGGCCCCAUUAGCUAAUAUGGUGUCUCAGGUUAAGAACAGUUUCAGGUUAAGAACGGACCUCCGGAACGAAUUAAGUACUUAACCUGAGGUACCACUGUAAUUUUAUUUUUUUAAAAAAAUGUUUGUUUGAAGCAGUUGGCUAGAACCUUGAAUAUUCUUUUAGAAAAAUAUUUAACAAAAACGUAUACUGACAUUUUCCGUUUCCGCUUUCAUUUCUACAAUUUUCUGUGCCCAGGGCAAAACUACUGGAAAGUGAGGCAGUGAAUGAAAAUCUUCGCCGCAACUUGUCGAGGGCCUCAACGAGGUCAACGUACUUUGGUGGCUCCUCUUCAUUUUCUGCUUCGAUGCUUCCCUCUGAUAAAGAGACAAUCGAGAUUAUUGACUUAGCGAAAAAAGACUUGGAAAAACUGAAGAAAAAAGAAAAGAAGAAGAAAAAGAGGUACUAUUUAAAACUACGUUUGCAAAGAAUGCUGUCUGUUUUAACCAGGGAACUGUUAAUUGUGAGAUGAAGAAAAGUCCUCCUUUGCAAUAACUGCCACAUAAAUCCUGCACACACUUAGCCAAGUCUUCAUCUCUACAGUCUGCAGCUAUGGCCUGGUUUGCAUGUAAUGUUGAACCUUGGUUAACACUACAUAACGCAAGCUAAAAUGAGUCUGAGCAUAGCGUUGGGCUUGUUUGCCCCCACCUCACCUUCUUCUCCUAUGCAUCUGGCUUUUCUAGUGUUUAGUUUCACUUCAAAGAAUUCUGGCGUGUUAUGUACAAACCCACGAUGGUUUGAAGCAAACCCUGGUUAACGUCUAAGCAGGAUAACACCAGACCAUGGGUUGUGAAAUUGGCUUGUUAAACUAAGCAGAGUUCAUUUUAAACUACAACCUUUUGUCCAUAUAUUACAGUAAGCUAGGAUUCUUUGAAGUGAAACUAAGUGCAACAAAGUUUUUCUGCCAGCUGAGAAGGGAAUGUGCAAACCUUUUGUCAGGCUCAUUCUAUUUUGUGCAUAUGGUGCCAAAUCAUGGUUUAGUGUUGCACGUGAACUAGCUCAGUGGAUUAUGUACAUAUUCUUACUUGGAAGAGAAUACUGAGCUAUGAAUGUUUUGGAAGCUCCAGUUAAAAAUAAAAGUUCUACUAGUUGCUUAAUUUGAAAGACACAUAUAGCAGCCAUUGAGAUUUACAUUGGUUAUUGUUAAAAUGGCUUGUUUUUCUUUCUUCAUACCCAGCCUAUGCCUGACUUGCAACAUCACUGCAUUUCCAUACUCCAUUUGAUUCCCCCCUUAAGUUCUAAUCCUCCCAAAUUUUCCAUCAACCACUAGAUUAUUUUAGGCUGUGUUAAUAAGUAAAACAAGGAACAAGGAACUACAAGCAGUUCCCCUACAGGUAGACAGUUGUCCUUCAUUUCCUAUUUAAUGACACUUACAUUGUGUUUUAUCUAUGUGCAACAAGCUUACAGUGAAACAAAUACAUCAGUCAGAGCAAACACAUUCAUUUUCUGUUUGAUUAUGAGUGUAUACUGCUUGCUUGCUAACUGGCUGGUUUUUUUGUUGGCUAAAUGUAAAAUAUAACAGCCAGUUGCUGUGGAAGUAGCAGCCUAAGGUGAAGACCUUAUUGAAAGGUCUUCCCUCAAAUAUGGUGAUUAUAUCUCGAAGGUAUCCUAAACUGGGUCAUUAGUUUCUCUCUCUGUGUUGGCCAUUUUCUUCUGUAGCCAGGAAACAGAUCUGAACUCCAGAGCUUCAUUGGAAUGACUUAGUUUUACAUGACUGAAGAUGAGCCAUUUAAACCUGCUUUUUGUCUAAUUCAUAAUCAUUAUCAACUUUUGAUUGAAAAUCCCCAGUGUCUUUAAUGAUAAUAAUGAUAAUAAUGGUAACUGAGGAAAGAAAAGAUAGACUGGUUAGUUUUGAGUUAAAACUAAUUCUCAGGUCAAGUUCACAAGACUUGACAACUCUGCAUAAGUGCAUAAGGAUAACUGAACUAGGAAGUUGUGUCAGAAAAGCACAAUUUACUUGUAGCCCAGUUUUGUAUUUUAGUAUUGUGACCGUGUCUCUGAGAUACAUUGUGCCUGUCACCUUGUUGCUGAACUUUGAUGUAUGGCUGCAGUUUCAGGCUUCCCCUUGAAGAAACAUAGAUGCCCUUGGAAGCUUAUCAGUUUUCCCCCCAGUAAUAAGAUUUGCAUGAUCUGAAAAGGCCUCUUGUUCACCACAAACACUAUGUUCCUAAAACAUGUUGUGGUGCCGGGUUCUGAAGUACUCAUGGGAGACUUCAACUACCCUGAUAUCUGUUGGAACUCUGCCAAGAAUGUAAGGUCCAACAAAUUUCUCAGUUGCCUCGCUCACAAUUUCAUUUCCCAGAAGGUGGAAGAAGCAGCAAGGGGGGUUAUCUGUCUUGGACCUGGUCCUCACCAACAGGGAGAAACUGAUUGGCAAAGUGAAAGUACAGGGAAUCUUGGGUGCAAGUGAUCAUGUUUUCUUGAGUUUCGUUAUACAGAAGCAAGGGAAAAUGGAGCGUAGUCGGACGUGCGCUCUGAACUUUAACAAGGCUGCUUUCAAAAAAUCCAAUGGUGGGAGAAAAAGAGGAGGACAGACAAACCACAAAAGCACUUUGGUCAAGGCUGGGGUGGCGUGCAAGGAAAGGUUUGCAAUGCAGAGGAAAACCAAUUUACUUCCCUAAUGGUUUGGAAUGGGGAACCUUCGGCCUUCAGGCCAGUCUUGGACUGCCAGAGAGUCUUGUUUGGCCCAUGAGGGCAUUUCCCUCAAACCAUAGCCACCUGUCAGUCAGCAGGGAACAGGCGCUCACAGCCAAAGCAGUAAGUGGGGGUGAAAACCUUCUCAGUUUGGCUGUGUCCCAAUUGUGGUCUACAGAAGUGGUCUACAGAAUGCAGGGGUCUUUCUCCAUCAGCUGAUGGGCAGGAAGUGGGGAGAAGGAAGUGCUUUGCUAGUCAUACACUUGGCACUUCUUAAAAGUGAUGAGCGCAGAACUGGCAACGCCGCUUGUGCUACAGUUCCCAACACCCAGCUGCCAGUCAUAAUGAUGUCAUGUGAUUGAUAGGUGAGAUUGAAAAGGUCGCCUACGCUUGCUGUCGUCUGGACGUGCAUUUCUGCAGUACUUGUACUCUUCUUUUUCCUAAGGUCGUUUGUUGUAGUUUCUCAAAAUCACGGUCAUAGUUGUCUAGAGAGCAAUGGAAAUAAUAAAAAUAAAAUAAUAAUUUAUUAUUUAUACCCCGCCCAUCUGGCUGGGUUUCCCCAGCCACUCUGGGCGGCUUCCAACAAAAUAUUAAAAUACAAUAGUCCUUCAGAUAUUAAAAGCUUCCCUAAACAGGGCUGCCUUCAGAUGUCUCCUAAAAGUCUGGUAGUUGUUUUUUCCUUUGACAUCUGGCGGGAGGGUGUUCCACAGAGCGGGCGCCACUCCCGAGAAGGCCCUCUGCCUGGUUCCCUGUAACUUCGCUUCUUGCAGUGAGGGAACCGCCAGAAGGCUCUCAGAGCUGGACCUCAGCAGAACGAUGGGAGUGGAGAGGCUCCUUCAGGUAUACUGGACUGAGGCUGUUUAGGGCUUUAAAGGUCAGCACCAACACUUUGAAUUGUGCUCGGAAAGAGUUUUAGCAACCUGCUUUUAAAAAUAUUUAGCCAGAAAUAAGAGGUAUUUUACACUGCAAGUUCAAAUGAUACUGUAAAUGCUUAGAGCUUAAUGAGGUUUGGAAGAUUCUUCCAAAAUACCUGUAUCUUUCUCAGCUAAGGUAUUAAAAAAUUCUGCAUUGUUAUCAUUCGCUACUGCAUAUUCCAUUAUAUUCUCCAUUUCAAGUUGGUCUAUAAUUUCAGUCCCAUAUUAAGAUUUCAGCAGUCUCAAACUUAAUCAUGCACAUAGAUCUCCACUGCUAGGAUGCCUAUAUCUAAUGCAUAAAAAAUUCACCUUUUCAUUUCUUCUGAGAUGUGUUUUUUGUUUUUCUAACAAGCACUAAUGGUCAUAUAAUGAAUUCUUAAAAAAAAUAUCUCAGCAUUACAACGAUGUAAAGAGUUGGGGGUUUUCAGAAUGCAUGGUGGAGUAAGUUUUUAAAGUGUGUGUGUUUCAAAAUCUUAGAGCUCAAUUCUCAUAAUAUGGUAGUCAUCCAUUCUCACAAUAUGGUUUAAAGACAGCACUUCCUGAAACUGAAAACAUGUGUAACCUGUCCAUUAACUAAGUUUUCCUGCAGAAGGAAAUGUCCAGUUUGCAAACCAUUAUAACCCACCGCCAAAUAUGAUAAAAUUGUCCUUUUUUAAAAAACAACAACCCAAACGAAAACACCAAACAAAAUAGCUAUAUAUAUAUGUCAUUUAGUCUGCUGUUCUUCCAAAGAACUUUGAAAAAAACUCGCAGCUAAAGGACGUAGUUUCACUACUAAAGCUGAUUGUGUGCCUUCAGGAGGCAGUUGUGAUAGGAGCAAACAAGCCAGCUUGUUUGGCAGUAAAUGAUGGCAGUAAAUGGCUUCCUCCUAUUGAAAAUGCAUGGAUAGAUGCAUCACCCCUAGGAAGCCUUUCUGUGCAGCUUACGUUCAUUUCAGUGGGACCUGCACAGGAAACCUUCCCUGUAUGCAGGAUCUGUUCUGUUUUCUAUGAAUUUUCCAACUGUCGUUCCCUCUAUAUCCAAUAUCCAAGCUGUUAAGUUCUGCCUCCACCCACAGACAAGAGAAAGUUAGCAGCAGGCUUGGAAAAACCCGAUUAUUUUCAGGAGUACAAAAUAGGUUUAGGCCACAGAAUGCUGAACGAAUGUUUCCGGAGGGACGGAAAACAGUGGGGGACAGACAAGGUGCAUGGAAUGUAGCGUAUGGAGUCCUGAACAGGGAGGCCUUUGCGCUGCAACAUCUUGUUGCAGGGUCCCGUUUGUGAAGAAUGUAUUGCCUUUUUACAACUUGUGCUCUUUUGACAGUGUAUUUUUCCUUUUAAAAGAAAAAAAAGAAAAUCAUUUGAAAACCACAAGCUCAUGUGUCAUCUUUUCUUAACCUUCUUGUCGCUCUCGCUUUUCACUGUCUGGUUUGUCCUUCAUUGGCUUGGCCCUUCCAAUACUGUACCCUCCUGCUUUUGAAGGCUGCAGAAACUUGAGGAAAGCAGUCAAGAAGAAAGAAGGUUGGAAUGUUUCACAGGUUUUUAAUUAAACUGUCAUUUUUUUAAGCGAGCAAACGAACCACAAACUGUGCCACAUAGAUCUAACCCUAGAAUUUAAUCACAUGAUUGUGGUUUUUAUUUUUUAUUGCAAGACUAAUUCCCCUCCCUGUUAUACACACGCACACACACACACACACACACACACACACACACUGCUAGCACAUAAAACACUGACACAUAUACCUCGGUUUCAAGUUAACCAGAGCAGUUUAAAGGGGCUGGGUGUAAACUAGAACCCAUUUCAAAAUACCCAUUGUUGAGAUCAAUGCAUAAUCUGGAGACAAAUGUCAUUGUUUCUAUAUUCAACUGAUUUUGCUAACAGCGGCCUAAUUCAACUGAAAAGUGGAUCAGUAAACCACAGCAUAUGCAGUAACUCUAGAGUAUAACUAUUUUAACUUCAUGAACAUCAAACAAUUUUCAUUUUGGCUCAGAUUCAGUGAAUUGGGUUAUGCCAAACUUCCUUUACAUAUCUACUUUAAGGCAAAGUAGAGCUUCCUGCACCAUGUAAGGCAAGGACACUGGUUGGCUUAGGUCCAGAGUGGUACUAAUAAUUCCACUGAUAAUUAUAAAUACUUAUCAAGAUUCAAAAGAAAUAUGAACACAAUUAAGAUAUAGCCUAUAACUUUUUUAUUUAAAACAAUUAAUAAAACUACCAACAAAGAGAGAGGAUUCCCAUGGAUAGCACUUUGCCUGUUAUACUUACGUAGAAUCAGAAUUGGAAGGGACCCUGAUUUCUAGCCUAACCCCCUGCAAUGCAGAACGUGCACAUCUUCCGAAAUACUUCACUUCUUUCCUAAACCUAGACCCAAACCUUCUUUCUUAAGCCUAAAUGCUGCAGGUUUUUUUGUUUUUUUACAAGUUCAUAAGCAAAGGUUAAUGGUAAUCUAACCUUAAAAUCUGCUCUGCUAAAAUUGCAAUCUGUGUUCCAUAGGUCUGUGCUUUGCUAGCUGUCAGUGGCUCCUGACCGCGAUGGCUGUGUUAUAUUCCCCCCCCCCCGAAUAUCAGAUGGGGAGAGGGCUGUUCCACUCAAGUCCUGGUUGGUCGCUGUGUGGACAUGAUUCCGGACUUGAUGGGCCUUUGUCCUGAUCUUAUCUGUCCACUGCCAACAGUGGCCUUCAGAGAUUAUUUCCCCUAUUUUGCAAUUUGAAAUAGAUGAAGAAUAGGGUAAGAGGGUAGGAUGAUUGCUAGACAUCCCAGGGCCUUCAGUCCAAAAUGUAAAAAAAAAAAAAAAAUUGAGAAGCUUUGGGGGAAUAAUAUCUUCAGGAUGAGUAGGGUGAUGUCAUUGGUGGAGUAACUGUUUGUCAAGCCAGGAUGAAAUCAGACGAGCACAUCAAUUGUGCAAAACUAACUAAUGGGAUGCGGGUGGCGCUGUGGUCUAAACCACUGAGCCUAGGUCUUGCUGAUCAGAAGGUCGGCGGUUCAAAUCCGCGCAACGGGGUGAGCUCCCAUUGCUCGGUCCCUGCUCCUGCCAACCAAGCAGUUCGAAAGCACGUCAAAGUGCAAGUAGAUAAAUAGGUACCGCUCCAGCAGGAAGGUAAACGGCGUUUCCGUGCGCUGCUCUGGUUCGCCAUAAGUCAUGCUGGCCACAUGACCCAGAAGCUGUCUGCGGACAAACGCCGGCUCUCUCAGCAAGUAAAGCAAGAUGAGCACCGCAACCCCAGAGUCGUCCGUGACUGGACCUAACGGUCAGGGGUCCCUUUACCUUUGCCUAUGCCUACUGAGAAGUAAGUCCUAUUGAAUUCAGGAUUGUGGAGUUAGGAUUAGGUUAGCCACAGUGUGUACAUUGGGAAUAACUAGCUUUGCAGUCAGUUUUGCAAUCUAGCUUCAGGGGCGAAGGGAGUCAUGAUGGGAUUGGGGCUUCCUGGAAAGCCAAUCUGUUCCCAGGAUGCAUUAGGCAUGGGAUUUCUUGUAAAGUAUUAAUGAUCUUGAGUAUAGAGCGUGAGUCAGUUGUGAACUUACAUUUUACAAGAGCAUUGAUGCAAGUUCAAAGAAUUGCAAGGAUGAUCUUAACAUACCAAGAAGCGGGCGGACCAAGAUGACUGUGUGGAUUAUUAAUACACCGUAGAGGGGAGAACAUUGGAAGCAUGUGAAUAGGAGAAGAAAAGGCUAUAAGCCACCUAUUCAUCUGUUUAGGUCUGGGGAAUCUAAAGGAUAACAGCUGUGGCAGCAAAGCAUCUCACUUGCCUUUUAGCACAGAUGGGCUCCAUGGAAACUGUCUGGAAAAAACUUUGUUCGGGAGCUCCAUGCAGCUAGUGUCAGUUUUUAAAAAGCUACUUGCCCCUCUUCCUCUUGUGUCACUAGAAUUAGUCAUAUUGGGAAAGAAGGUAUUAAGAAAGGGUGGCUUUCAGCUGAGACCAAGAAAGGCUCAGUGCUUAGGUUUAGCAUUUGAUUGGCUGGUGACCUUGUUCUAUCUGUUUGUUUUUCUCCAUUGAAUACAUGAGCUUGCUAAAUGUUGUAGACGUGUUUCUCGUCCUAUAGCAGCACCACUGGCUUAUUUGCAUCUUCUUUGCCCUUCGUUUUAUGACCUCUGUUGUUUGCGGAUCACAUUUUUAGCUGGCUUUACAAUUAUUUCCUCUUUACUACCCUAUCGCAAUAGAUAAGUCUGACUAAAAUUUGUAAUGUGUUAGAUGUUAUUUAUUUACAUUUCUUUUCGCCCACUCCUGAAGGCUCAAGAUAGAUAAAAAAUAACGUUAUAUAUGUGUGGAUGAAUCUUCUUCUUCUUCUUCUUCUUCUUCUUCUUCUUCUUCUUCAUUGUUUUCAGUAUUUAAAUACUGUUCAAUGGCCACAGUUCUUGUUAAGUUGUGGGUGAACAUAUCAGACAACACAGCGAUUCUUCAAACAGCUCUUGUUUAUUCACAGGCCAGAACAGAACUGAACUGAAGGGCUCAGCCAGCCUGCUUAUAUAGAGCUCCACUAGAAUGCAACAGUAACAGUAACAGUUAUUUUCUAUAACUAUCCAAUCACUGAACGUCACUUUCGAUCCCUUAUUUGCAUAUGUGGACCUGAACUAUCUACAGUAUCCCCCUGCUGGCCCAGGGUGAGAACUUCAGUACAUAACAGUUCUCAAGAUGGUUUAGAAGGAAAAAUAAAUUAAUACCACACAACAUGAAAAUAAAAUAUAAAACAGAAUACAAAGAGCAACAGAACAAACCCAUACUAAGACCAGUAGUGGAGAAUAUGAUUAAUAUAACAGAUCCAAAAAUAUAUAUUUAAAAUGUUUUAAGAUUAAAAAGCCGGAGAAGAUAACAGGCUUCUCCUUAUUACUUUUAUCAUUAUUGUUUUAAAUUAAAUUUAUAUCAUACCCUUCCUUCUUCCCAAAGGAGCCCAGGGUGGCAAACAAACAAACAAUAAAAAACUUAAAAGAGUAAAAAAAAACACAUUCUGGCACAGAUGCAGACUAGGAAAGGUUUUUACUACAAGGUUUGUUAGCAGAGGAACUUUUUCAAUAGGUGCCUCUCGUUUUAUAGGGGUACUCGUAGAAGGACCUCUUAAGAUAAUCUUAGGGUCCUUGCAUGUGUGAAGAGGCAAUCCUUCAUGUGACCUAGGCUCAGUCUAGCACCGGCACUCUGAAUUGGACCUGUAAACAGACUAUAAGCCAUAGCUUGUGACAAAUGUGUGGCAUAAUAUGCUUGCAUUCACCAGUCAGUGUUAACUCUCUACUUUGUACUAGCUGGAAGUCAAAGGCACACUGCAUAUUAUAUUUUGCAACUUAGAGAUUAUUGUAGUGUGGAUAACUGUAAUCAGGAUACUUCUAUCCAGAGUGUACAGGAGUGGGCAUCCUGUGAGCCACUUGCGUUUUCUUUGGUAGCCCAUAGUUUGCCCCACUGCAGGGGAAUUUGUCACCUGGCAUAGGACUGAUGUUGGGGGAUUGGCUCUGCCCACCUUUUAAACUGGCCAAAAAGGGUUUGGGGGAGCCAUCACACAAGCAGCUCAUCUAAGAUCCAUAUGUGUGGGACAGCUAAUUUUGAAGAAUCCAUAAAUUGUCUGGGGCCCAUUCCUCCAUGAUUAAGGUUGCAAGCCAAAACACACUUGCAAGGGACUGAGUGCCGUUGAACUCAGUGGGACUUAUUUCUGGGUAAAUAUAGCUAGGAUUUUCUUGCAUUUGUUACAAACACACACACACACACACACUUGCUAAACCUGCAUUUCUUGGUAUGCUGUUUUGAUUUUCCUUCUGCUCCUUAAAUGAUCUCCGUGGGUAGUACAUAAUCAUUUUAUGUACAGGCCUGUGAUUUUAGGGAUAUUUUUCUGGCUUCUGUGGUUCCAGCUUAUAUAUUACACCCAGCUUAACUCUAAGCUGCUCUGGCAUGCUGUAGACCAGCCUUUGCCAACCUGGUGGCUCCAGAUAUUUCGGACUACAACUGGCUGGGGCUGAUGGGAGUUGUAGUCCAAAACAUCAGGAGGGCACAAGGUUGGCAAAGGCUGGUUUUAGGCACUCUGCGGUUCUCCAGUGCCUUUCUGGUUGUCUGUCUGCAAUGCUUUCCCUUUUCCCAUUUGAACUUUACCAUCCAUUAACUUUUAGCUCCACUUCUGAAUCUCCAGAAUGCAACUUUAUGCAUGAUGGGGGAAACAGUUGUUGGGAUCUUUAUGGUUCUCCUUGCCAUUUCAAACCAUUUGAUCUUGCAAGAAGCCAUGAAGCUAAAAUGUUGAAUACUGUGAUGCCCCUUGCCUUUCACAUUCUCCUUUCAGUGAAGCACCAGGUUGUGGCUGGUGCUUUAGCCAGGUUGUUGGUUUGAGGAGAGGGGAAAUAACCUCCUUCUUGUAUUUUAUGACCCCUUUUGUAUUUCUUAUCAUAGUACUGUUAAAGAGGAGAGCACAGACAAUGAGCAGGAGAAGAGGGACGAAAAGGGCGCUUCUGAAAGAGAGAAUAAUGAAGUGGAAGCAGUAAGUAUUGUGAUCUUAAUAUAUUCCGUCAAUACUAAUAAAACUCUUGCACUGCCUCCCUGCCUUUUUAUGAUUCAGAAAGGCAAAACUUGAAAUAAUAAUAAUAAUAAUAAUAAUAGUAAUAAUUUAUUAUUUAUAUCCCACCCAUCUGGCUGAGUUUCCCCAGCCACUCUGGGCAGCUCCCAAUCAAGUGUUAAAAACAGUACAGCGUUAAAUAUUAAAAACUUCCCUGAACAGGGUUGCCUUCAGAUGUCUUUUACAGAUAGGAUAGCUGCUUAUUUCCUUCACAUCUGAAGGGAGGGUGUUCCACAGGGCGGGCGCCACUACCGAGAAGGCCCUCUGUCUGGUUCCCUGUAACCUCACUUCUCGCAAUGAGGAAACUGCCAGAAGGCCCUCGGCGCUGGAUCUCAGUGUCCAGGCAGAACGAUGGGGGUGGAGACGCUCCUUCAGGUAUACAGGACUGAGGCCGUUUAGGGCUUUAAAGGUCAGCACCAACACUUUGAAUUGUGCUCGGAAACGUACUGGGAGCCAAUGCAGAUCUCUCAGAACCGGUGUUAUGUGGUCCCGGCGGCCACUCCCAGUCACCAGUCUAGCUGCCGCAUUCUGGAUUAAUUGCAGUUUCCGGGUCACCUUCAAAGGUAGUCCCGCAGUAGUCGAAGCGGGAGAUAACUAGAGCAUGCACCACUCUGGCGAGACAGUCCGCGGGCAGGUAGGGUCUUAGCCUGCAAUCAGAGAAAGGACAUAAGUAAACUUCAUAAGUAAAUAUUAAUUAAAGCAAAGCACAUGCAACUAAUUCUGUCACAGGUAGUCUUAUAAUAGUUGUGUAUUUCAGCAGAAUAUUUAGUCAAUUAUGAACUGGUUAAAGUUAAAAUUGUCUUUGUACUUAAAAUAAGGAAUUUGUGGAGCAAUUCCAUUUUUAUCCUCUUUCUCCUUUUCUUACUUUAGGAAGAAGGUCAGGAGCUUAGUGACCGUGAAGAUGACGAGGAAGAUGACGAGGAAGAUGAAGAUGACAUGGAAGUUGUGGAAAGCUCGGAUGAUUCCGAUUCUGAUUCUGAUGAAAAAGGUGACACCAACUCCAAUAACGUUAGAGAUUUUUGCAGCUGUUUAUGCAGAGAACUCGUGUCAAAUUUUCCAAAGACCUAAAUGGGCAUCUUUGGGUUAGGGGAAGCAGUGUGCAGGCUGCUGUUAACAGCUAUGUCCUGAGUUAAAUUAGGGAUGGGGAACUUCAUGUUAAAGGCUAGUAAUUUGAAUGAUCAUUUCCAGGAAAUACAUGUUGAUGUAAGUAUUUUUGAAUGACUAGUCUAAGUAUGUAAUGGAGACAUUUUGACAUCUGCCAGACCUGGGAUUUUUGCUUCAGAGUUCUAGUACUUACACUAAGCUACUGUAUUUGGAGUGUACCAUUGUUGCAAAAACCAGUGUGUACAAUGUUUGCUUGAAUUAGCAUCCUUUUAUCAGGUGCAUUCCUAGUUUACAUAACUUUUGCAGCUGUAUAGGCUGAUUGGCUACAGUGUUGCUUGUAUUUAUUUGUGUUUUUUUAACGACAGCAAGCUAUCAGGCAGACCUAGCAAACAUCACAUGUGAAAUUGCCAUAAAACAGAAGCUGAUAGAUGAACUGGAAAACAGCCAACGAAGACUUCAGACCUUAAAAAGACAAUAUGAAGAGAAGCUAAUGAUGCUACAACAUAAGAUUCGAGAUACCCAACUUGAAAGAGAUCAGGUGCUUCAAAAUCUGGGUAAGAAGAAUGCCAUUGUGAAGCUGUUGUAUAGGCCACAUUGAGAACUUAGUGAGGACAUGCCAGUGUCAGUCAUACUUAUGACAUGACUUCCAUAUCAUCUCAAAAUGUAAAGUAAAGGGAAAAGACCCCUGACAGUUAAGUCCAGUCGCAGACGACUCUGGGGUUGCAGCGCUCAUCUUGCUUUACUGGCUGAGGGAACCAUCUUGGCCACAGACAGUUUUUCUGGGUCAUGUGGCCAGCAUGACUGAGCCACUUCUGGCGAACCAUAGCAGUGCAUGGAAAUGCUGUUUACCUUCCCACCGGAGUGGUACCUAUUUAUCUACUUGCACUUUGAUGUGCUUUCGAACUGCUAGGUUGGCAGGAGCAGGUACCAAGCAACGGGAGCCCACCCCGUCGAGUGGAUUCAAACCGCCGACCUUCAAAAUGUAGUGGGAUACAAAUUUUAAUAAAAUAAGACAGCCAGUGUAAUCACUCACUAGGAGACCUUGGUUCAAACUCCCACAGAAUCUGUCACUUGCCUUCUCUCAAUCUAAGCUACCUCAUAGUCUUGUUGUCAGCCUAACAUGGGUUAACUGCCCUCUAGCACUGAGCAGCGCUUAGAGCAGAGCUUUCCCGACUUUCCAUGUUGGUGACACAUUUUUUAGACAUGCUCCGGUAGGAGCAUGGGGAGCUUUCACGCGACCCACCUACACACUGCAGCCGACAUACUAACAUGUCAUGACACACAGUUUGGAAAACUCUAAACUUAGAGGACGGAUGGAAUUGAUGUGAUAUUGGAAAUUAUUUUUUGCAUAUCCCUUUUUCGUUCACACUAAAGCCUUGGCAAAAAAAAAAAGAAAAAAGGAUGUGCAAAUGAAAUCUUGGCAUUGCAAGUUAGGCACUGAAUGUAUUGGUUCAUGAUUUAUAAACUGAGAAAUCCAUUGCCAUUUCUUUAGGUUCGGUGGAAUCUUGCUCAGAAGAAAAGGCAAAAAAGGUUAAAACAGAGUAUGAAAAGAAGCUCCAAUCCAUGAAUAAAGAGCUGCAGAGGCUUCAGGCUGCUCAGAAAGAACACGCACGAUUACUUAAAAAUCAAUCUCAGUAUGAAAAACAACUGAAAAAAUUGCAGCAGGAUGUGGCAGAGAUGAAGAAAACAAAGGUACUUUUUUUUUUUAAAAGCACAGAAUCCAAUGCUGCACGUGUCUACCUGAACAAUGAACUAUAUCCCCUGGCAUUAUGGAUUUAUUUUUUCUGCUUAAAAAGGAGUGUUAAAGCUGGUCAGUUCAAGACUGAAAUUAUUCUCCAUUUUGAUCAUCUAGUUAGGAUGACCGCCUACCAAGUAGUAACUUACUGUGGUAUACAGUUUCUUGGAGAAGCAAUUUAUUCUGUAAGCGUUCACCCAAAUGGUGAGGAAAGUUUCUUUUCAAAGCUUCCUUGCUUCCUUGUAUUUCUGGCUGGGUGCAAUUGCAUGACACUCUCACUGCUAGGGCAGAGACUGCAGACAAUUCUGCCUCCCACUUUGCAAACAGUUGCCUGAAUUCCUCUUGCUAACUGUGGAAUUCGAAAAUGUCUCAGAAGACGGUCCUGUUACCUAACUGCUUGUUAGCGUUAAGGUAGCAAAUCACAUUGCAGCAAUACUCGCCAAGAGAGUGAUUACAGUGAAGGAUUAUUAAGUAUGGUAAAAGGGCAUCAGCCUUGUAGCAAAAAGCAAAACAAAAACAGCUUUCUCCCACGUGAUUUGAGUGUGUGAAAAGCAAAGCUGCAUAAUUUUAUUUGAAUAAUAAAAAAUAAAAAAUUUGAAUAAUUUUAUACAGGUUCGUCUUAUGAAGCAAAUGAAAGAAGAGCAAGAGAAAGCCAGGAUGAAUGAAUCUAGAAGAAAUAGAGAGAUUGCUCAGCUGAAAAAGGAGCAGCGAAAACGAGAGGUGAUUAAUAAAUGUAUCUACUGUGGGUUUUUUUAUGUUGUAUGAAUUUCAAAAGCUCCCGAAAGCUUUGUAAAGGUUUUCAGGUGUUGACAUGUGCUAUUUUAUUACUGCUUUAGCAACGAAUAGGUGGAUUGAAUUUGGUUGACUACUCAUUGUACUAAGCCAGCAAUGAAAGUAGAAUAAAGUUUUCAGCUGAUACGUUUCUGCAAGAUAUUUCAUAUGGUAUUGGUAAGCAGUUAAUUCAUGGGGCUGGCUUGCUAACACAUUGUGGAAGAUUUCAAUCCUGUGCAUACUUAUUUGGCAACAAGCCUUUCAAAGAUAGUGGAACGAACUUCUGAGUCCAUAGGACUGUGCUGUUCUUGUAUGUGAAGUGGGAUUACUAUUUAAUGCUUACCCCUAUAAGCAUUAAACCUGGGUUAAACCACAGAGCCUAAGACUUGCCAAUCAGAAGGUCGGCGGUUCGAAUCCCCGCGACGGGGUGAGCUCCCGUUGCUCAGUCCCAGCUCCUGCCCACCUAGCAGUUUGAAAGCACGUCAAAGUGCAAGUAGAUAAAUAGGUACCGCUCUGGCGGGAAGGUAAACAGCGUUUCCAUGCGCUGCUCUGGUUCGCCAGAAGUGGCUUAGUCAUGCUGGCCACAUGACCCGGAAGCUGUACGCCGGCUCCCUUGGCCACUAAAGUGAGAUCAGCGCCGCAACCCCAGAGUCGGCCACGACUGGACCUAAUGGUCAGGGGUCCCUUUACCUUUAUAGAGGAAAUAUCAACAAAUGUCCCCCUUCCUUGGCUGGUUGUACCAAUUAAUUGAAUGAUGGUAUUGAGAGAAUUGUAUCUCAUCAUCAUCAUUUUGUUUGUAUGCUGCUUUCAUAGUUAAAACAAUACUCAAGGCGGCUUACAGCAUGACAAGAUUUACAUAAUUACCAACUUAACAAAAGUCAUAAUAAAUAAAGCACAUCAAAAGGUACAACCAAAUGGAAAUUUCCCCCCACAUAAAUCAUAAAAUCUAAAACAACAUUAAUAUCAAUAAGAAUUUAAAAUGACAUAGAUUUAAAAAAAACAAUUUUAAAAAGUAUCCAAAUCCUUGACUUCUUAUUGGCUUUUCUUUACAGCAUCAGCUAAAACUUCUGGAGGCUCAGAAGAGGAAUCAGGAAGUUGUUCUGCGCCGGAAAACAGAAGAGGUGCCGGAUUAUUUCAGUGUUGCAAUUAAGUGCAACCUAUUAUUUGAAAUUCCUAUAAUUUGUACAUUAAAUAGGUCCUUAUUAGACACUGUUGUCUCACUGCUUUAGGUUACAGCUCUUCGUCGGCAGGCAAGACCUUUGUCUGAUAAGGUGGCUGGGAGGGCAAGCCGGAAGCUGAGUCUGCCUGAGCAGGCUAAUCACGAACCAAGUUCUAGCGUGUCAUCGGUAGACAAUGAAGGAUCGAGAGCAGUGUCACAACAGAAGAUGCGGAUACCCGUAGCAAGGGUCCAAGCAUUGCCAGCAGCCACGACCAAUGGAACCAGGUAAUGAUGGGCAAACCUGUUAUUAUCUUGCUUCUUUUGUAGUCUUGUCUUCCUGUAGACAUAAAAAACUGUCAUUUUCCAACUCCCACGGGAGGAUUUAUGGUGCUGUGUUAUAAUCCUGGAUGUGGAUGGGGUUGGGAUGUGAUGGGGAGCAAAGGAGAAGGCAGGUUGUACAACAACAGUGGUGAUUGCAUGGGAGUGAGAAGAGAGUACAAGUGAUGGUUUAAAGCAGGGGUCAGCAAACUUUUUCAGCAGGAGGCCGGUCCACUGUCCCUCAGACAUUGGGGGGUAGGCGGACUAUAUUUCUAUUCAAAUUCCUAUGCCCCACAAAUAACCCAGAGAUGCAUUUCAAAUAAAAGGACACAUUCUACUCAUGUAAAAACACCAGGCAGGCCCCACAAAUAACCCAGAGAUGCAUUUCAAAUAAAAGGACACAUUCUACUCAUGUAAAAACACGCUGAUUCCCGUACCGUCCAUGGGCCAGAUUUAGAAAACGAUUGGGCCGGAUCUGGCCCUCGGGCCUUAGUUUGCCUACCCAUGGUUUAAAACAAUGACAGAUGUUUGAGUAAAGUACCUUCAUACAAUGGAAUAUUUGAGGUCUGCUCCUUUAUCUCUCUAUCAUGAGGCAGUUGAAGGAAUAGUUUGAAUACAGUGAGAAGGACACUGAAAGGAAACAAGUGGCUGUUUUAAGCAAUCUGCAAUACUGAACACACAUGAUUUAAGAUUUUUUGAAAAAGAGUCGCACAUCCCCCUCAGAUUUCAAAUAUUAAAAGUGUUCUCUUUUAUGAUUACUGGUACUGCAUAAAAAUGUUAUAGCAUUUUAUGUGAACGACGUAAAUCUUUGAAUUGCUUGCAGGAGUAAAUAUCAAAGAAAAGCGAUGACCACAAGAGUUUAUACCUCCAAGGGAGCAAGAAUGAAGUGGCAGUUACUCGAACGGAGGGUGACUGAAAUCAUUAUGCAGAAAAUGACCAUAUCCAAUAUGGAGACUGACAUGAAUAGACUACUUAAGGUAGAGCUUUCUCUUUCUUUCUUUCUUUCUUUCUUUCUUUCUUUCUUUCUUUCUUUCACACCCCUUCGGCUACUUGCAACAUCUGGGAAAAUGCCACUUUUCUGUUGGGUGAAAAGUAAAGUACUUUUGCCCUGGUCAGUGCAUGUACAGUGGUACCUCGGGUUACACACGCUUCAGGUUACAUAUGCUUCAGGUUAUAGACUCUGCUAACCCAGAAAUAUUACGUUAAGAACUUUGCUUCAGGCUGAGAACAGAAAUGGCACGACGGCGGCGCGGCGGCAGCGGGAGGCCCCAUUAGCUAAAGUGGUGCUUCAGGUUGAGAACAGUUUCAGGUUAAGAACAGACCUCCAGAACGAAUUAAGUUCUUAACCUGAGGUACCACUGUAUGUCCAUCAUGUUGAGACAUGAUGCUGUUUUUGCUAGUUUUGGCAUGUGAACAAAUGGACCUGGAAAAUAUAAGGCCAUCAUUGAAUUUUCAUAUUACCUCCAGCUUUCACAGAGCUUUUCAGUGGAACCUGUUUUAUAUUCAGUUUCCAGUCAUUAAGUGUAUAUUAAUUAGCUAUGCAUGUAUGAACCACCCUUUAAUGUCAUAAGACCAGCUGUUAAGUUGCAUAUUUGCUGCUUAAUGUUUCUUCCUCCCACAGAAAUGCAAUGAAAAGUCAUGUCUGCUUUAUCUCAUUUAGUAUUCUCCUGUAAGACACAGGUGGCGCUGUGGGUUAAACCACAGAGCCUAGGACUUGCCGAUCAGAAGGUCGGCGGUUUGAAUCCCUGUGACGGGGUGAGCUCCCGUUGCUCGGUCCCUGCUCCUGCCAACCUAGCAGUUUGAAAGCACGUCAAAGUGCAAGUAGAUAAAUAGGCACCGCUCUGGCGGGAAGGUAAAUGGCGUUUCCGUGCGCUGCUCUGGUUCGCCAGAAGCGGCUUAGUCAUGCUGGCCACAUGACCCGGAAGCUGUCUGCGGACAAACGCCAGCUCCCUCGGCCCAUAGAGCGAGAUGAGCGCCGCAACCCCAGAGUCGGUCACGACUGGACCUAAUGGUCAGGGGUCAUUUAUUCUCCUGUAAAACAUUUGACUGGCCGAUUUUCACAGCUUGUGUUUCACAUACACAUUUUAAUUACAGCAACGUGAAGAACUUACCAAAAGGAAAGAGAAGCUUUCCAAAAGGAGGGAGAGAGUUAUCAAAGAAGGUGGCCCAGAGACCGAUAAAAACAUCCACAACAUCAAUGAAGAGAUGGAGUCACUGACUGCAAAUAUAGAUUACAUCAAUGACAGUAUUUCUGACUGUCAAGCAAAUAUCAUGCAGAUGGAGGAAGCAAAGGUAUGUCAGCCCCAAAGGUUUUGUGAAAGAAUUAUGUUCAGAUAGGGAAUUAAUUUUCUUUUAUUCAGCUAUUAAUUGCACUCUGCAGUUUUCUGCAUUUAUGUGCUGUACGGAUUGCAUGCAAAUUUAAACAUCAGAGCCAGCUUUUGUUGCAUUUAUGAACUAGAUUAAAGAUCUAGCUAUAACUUUCAUUUGUACGGUUUCAUAAUAAUUUUAUUUCUAAAUCAAAGCCAUAAGUAAGUGAACACCCUCCUACAUAGCUAUGCAAGGCUGCAACCCUAUAGGCGCUUGACUGUGAGUAAGUCACAUUGAACACAACUUCAGAGUAAACAUGUGUGAUAUUGAACUGUAAAUUAUGGACUGUCUCUCAUCCUUUCCCAAUUUUGCAUUUUCAAUAUAUUUUGCUUGAAAUAUACUUAUACUUUCAUAUAGCUGAAUGUGCUGAAAAUUUGGCACUUAGUUGAUUUUUGCAAGUCCGAAUAAUCAUAUCUCUUAAAAGAAGCUUUGUUUGUGUUACUUUUCUAAAUAUUCUGGCUUAAUAGAAUUCACUUUAAUUUUGAAAAGUUCCUAUUGGAAUAACAUUCCCGUAGCCAUAUAGCCAAAUUCAUCAUGCGAAAGGCUGGGCUGGAUGAAUCCCAAGCCGGAAUUAAGAUUGCCGGAAGAAAUAUCAACAACCUCAGAUAUGCAGAUGACACAACCUUGAUGGUAGAAAGUGAGGAGCAAUUAAAGAACCUUUUAAUGAGGGUGAAAGAGGAGAGCGCAAAAUAUGGUCUGAAGCUCAACAUAAAAAACAAAAACAAAGAUCAUGGCCACUGGGCCCAUCACCUCCUGACAAAUAGAAGGGGAAGAAAUGGAGGCAGUGAGAGAUUUGACUUUCUUGGGCUCCAUGAUCACUGCAGAUGGUGACAGCAGUCACGAAAUUAAAAGACGCCUGCUUCUUGGGAGAAAAGCAAUGACAAAACUAGACAGCAUCUUAAAAAGCAGAGACAUCACCUUGCCUACAAAGGUCCGUAUAGUUAAAACUAUGGUUUUCCCAGUACUGAUGUAUGGAAGUGAGAGCUGGACCAUAAAGAAGGCUGAUCGCCGAAGAAUUGAUGCUUUUGAAUUCUGGUGCUGGAGGAGACUCUUGAGAGUCCCAUGGACUGCAAGAAGAUCAAACCUCUCCAUUCUGAAGGAAAUCAGCCCUGAAUGCUCACUGGAAGGACAGAUCCUGAAGCUGAGGCUCCAAGACUUUGGCCACCUCAUGAGAAGAGAAGACUCCCUGGAAAAGACCCUGAUGUUGGGAAAGAUGAAGGGCACAAGGAGAAGAGGACAGCAGAGGACGAGAUGGUUGGACAGUGUUCUCGAAGCUACCAGCAUGACUUUGACCAAACUGCGGGAGGCAGUGGAAGACAGGAGUGCCUGGCAUGCUCUGGUCCAUGCGGUCACGAAGAGUCGGACACGACUAAACGACUAAACAACAACAACAGCCAUAUAGCAUUCAUGUGAUUUUUUCCCCUGACUAACCACUCUUGCUGUCUUUGAUUUAUGCAGGAAGAAGGAGAGAUUCUGGACGUCACUGCGGUAAUCAAUGCCUGCACUCUAACAGAAGCUCGGUAUCUACUUGACCAUUUCCUUACAAUGGGCAUUAAUAAGGUAACACACCUGGUGGGAACCCUGUUGUGUCUUGUACUGGAUUACCAUUGCAUGGGCUAAUGGCUGGGUGACAUCGCCGGAUCUUCACAAGAGUGUUAGACUUUAAAACGGUAUAGUCCAAAAAUGUGAAAGAAAUCCAAAAUAGCACAAGCAGGCACCCACUUGCCGAAUGUGGAUAUGCCUUCCUUUCCUCCCUGCCCCCAGCGCUGCCCAAAUCUGCCCCAUAGGGUAGGGAGACAGUGCUUUGAGACAGAUUUGGGAAGUGCAUGGGGGAUGUUGGAGGGAGGAAGAGAGAAACCAAAAGUCCCAUUGUAUUGGGAGGCAUUGUGGGAUGGUGCCCAAUAUAUACAGUAACCCCUCUCUCAGGAUGGCACCCCAUAGAUACAAUAAAUAUCUAUGCCCGUCCACUUACACAAAGUUAUUUGGAAUAGAUAAUCAAGCUAUUUUUUUUUCAUCUUUAACAGGGUCUCCAAGCAGCUCAGAAGGAAGCUCAGAUUAAAGUACUUGAAGGACGCCUCAAACAAACAGAAAUUACCAGUGCAACGCAAAACCAGCUGCUGUUUCACAUGUUGAAAGAGAAGGCAGAAUUAAAUCCUGAACUUGAUGCUCUACUAGGCCAUGCCUUGCAAGGUAAUUUGAAUACUCUACAAAAUGGAAUUAUACUGCAUGCUAGGUUUGCCGAUGAUGCAUGUUUUAUUAGGUGUGUUUCAAAUAAGGUGCUUUGUGAAUAGAUGCUGUACUUUUUGUGCAUGUAAAGGUAUUCCCCCCAAAUAACAGUGCGCCCAGCAAUGAAAAUCAGGAAAUCUCAUAGUUAAUCACUGUUUUAUAGCUUGAAUUCAAUAUUUGGGUAAUUUAAAAAAGCAAAACAAAACAAAAUUAGGUGUCUUACAAAUUGGAAUAAUUUAAAAAAUAAAAUUCUUAACUUCUCUUAUAAAAGAAACAAACUUGUGAUGUGUACUUUAUGGCAUCUAUUCUGCUAGUUCUGAUAGGUUUAAUCUGAUUAUAGUGUAACAUAGGACUCUCUUAUUUCCCACUCUGCAAAUGGAUUGGUUUUGAUUGGAGUGUUGCUUUUUGUUUCCUCCUCGCUGUUGUUUUACACAGACCUAGAUAGCGUUCCGCUGGGUAAGUAUAUGUAGCUUUCUGUGUACUUCACAGCUGCAUGAGAUACUAAUGAUACACGUGUACACUAACUGGCGCAUCUUAGAAUGUACGCAUACAUAAAAGUUUGCAUGCACUGUUUAGGAGAUACGCUCAGAGUCCUCUUUCCUUAGACACAAACUUCUUACAAAAUAUUGGAUGUUAACAACUGAGACAGGCACGAAUGCAAACAGUGUGAAUGUACUUAAAAGCUUUUCGUUCUUCACCCGGGACGCUGUGGCUGAUACACUAUCUGCUGAUACAUUUAUGUGCUGCUCUCUUUUACUGUAGCUGUAACACACAUAACCAUUUCCCCCCAGAAACCCCCCCCCCACAUUAACUCUAAAAUUCAUUUUAGCAACACAGAGACGAUGAGUGCUUUAUAGGAAUCUUGUUUUAAAAUUCAUGUGUUAGGGUGAACGUGCCUUAUCAAGUUGUGUAUUGCAUAGUUAAGCAAUGGCUAUAACUCAGUACAUGCAAAUGGGCAGUGAAAACAUUCAUACUGAACUGUAAAACAGGUGUGUGGUUUUCUGGUUUUUUAAAAUUGCCAUACAGUAAUCAAAGAAAGCUACUGGUCAGGCUAUUCUGUUCAAAUUUAUUUCAUCGAGAUGUUCUGUAUAGCUUCCUCCGCAUUAGUGUCCAUUGCGUUGAUGGCCUGAAGGCAAUCUGGAGAGCUGGAGCUUAUGUCAAGCUCCUCAACCACACUAUUUUAGUGCCGUACCACAUAAAUAUAUGAAUGGGUCAAGGUUUGCUCCAUGCAUACCCACUAGAAUGCAGUCUCAAGUUAAUGUGGUGCUGUGCUUUAAAGGGUGUAUGUUUCUUGGUCCCUAAAACCGAACCCAGGAUGAGACUUGGAGUAGGUUUCAGGCUCACAAUCUCCUACCCUUAGUUUGUGAGUAGAACAAUUAACAGAAGGUUCUUCGUCUUCCACAGUUCAGUGGCUCCCUUGUCCUUCCAGUCAGAGGGAAGGGAGCGUGUGAGCUGGAAGCGCAGCGUCUCUCUUCCAAGUUACAAUCCUGGAGCUAAGUAAUGAGCAGACAUAUCUGUUAUGUACUGAAGUUCUCCCCCUGGGCCAGCAGGGGGAUACUGUAGAUAGUUCAGGUCCACAUAUGCAAAUAAGGGAUCGAAAGUGACGUUCAAUGAUUGGCUAGUUACAGAAAAUGGUUACAGUUACGUUGUACUGGAGCUCUAUAUAAGCAGGCUGGCUGAACCCUUCAGUUCAGUUCUGUUCUGGUCUGUGAAUAAACAAGAGCUGUUUGAAGAAUCGCUGUGUUGUCUGAUAUGUUCACCCACAACUUAACAAUAUCCACAGUCUUCCAGGAGAUAGGAAUGUGUAAGAAGAAGUAGACAACUGUGGGGUGUGUGGGGCGAAGAGAAGAAGUACAAUGAGAGAUGUGGGUAACAUGGUGCUUUGAGGAGCACGAUGAGGGUGGGAAAAGAUUGCCUGAAUGGUGCAGCUUACAACCUUGACCCUAGCAGUUGCUUUGUGCAUGUGCUGAUUCCAGGUACUGACUUUGGUUUGGAUGUGUGUUAUGGUGAAUAUAGUUCCAUUGGUAAAACCAUAGUAGCUAGACGUCUGUUCAGUCUGGUUCACCAAGUGCCUUCCUUGAGUGGCAGCAGGGUAAAGGACCCCAAAGGACCCUAGAGACAUCACAGUUACCUUUUUGUCUUGUCUCCCCACUGUUCUCUCUAUAUGUUUCUGAAAUAAACUUGGUAUACAUUCAGUGACGGGUGGUACAUUUUAUUAUGGGCUCGUCCAUUUGGCAUUUCCCUGCAUGCCGGCGUAUUUAUGAUGUAUUGUGGCUGUAAUUGACAAGCAUGCUAGUGUUUCUUGUGUGAGCAGACGAAUAGUUCUCACUGGCACUGUUUGUUGCAGGUUCCAUUUCAUCUUAUGUAGCUUUUCUUCCUUCCUGUUCCCUCUAUUGAUGUUGUAGAUGUUUAGGAAGCUGUUGUGUAAAUGUAGAGUAGUGAAAUCAUCUCGCUUUAUAGGGCCCAAAUGGUUGUUUGUCUGUCAAGUGCAGUAUUUUGUCAAAGUAGAAGCUAAAGGAAUGCAAAGCAGAAUACACCCCAUCUAUCUUUCUCACUGCCCCUCAAGUGAAUAUUUAUUCAGAGCCAUAAUGAAAAACGGGUAUACAGGGAUAUUAUAUGUCUAUGCCAAAUAUAUUAUGUCUGUCCUUCCUGCUUUCCUAGUGAUACGUUUAUAAUUUUCCUAUGUGAUGGUUUGUCAAUUCAAAACAAAAAACAAACAGAAAACCUAUUCUUCCUGGGUAUUUGGGGAAAGUAAAGAAGUCGAGCAACUAGAUUCAGCAUCAGGGACAUUAUGGGAAACUAGUUCAGUUUAACUCUUACCUUAAGUAAAAAAUGAAUUAAGUGUGAGAGUUUAAUAUAUGGAAGGCAGUGCAUGUUAUUCUUGUUUUGGGUAAUAAGAGGAGCCUUUGGGGUAGAUAUAUGCUGAGUGUGAAACUGUCUAACAAAAGAACGACUUUGGGAAUUUUCCAGAAAAUGUGGAAGAUAGUACUGAUGAAGAUGCUCCUUUGAAUAGCCCUGGGGCAGAAGGAAGGUGAGAAAAGAACAUAAACAGUAACCAAAUGGCUUUUAUUUGCAAUGAAUUAGUGUGACCCUCUCUCGGAAUGUUCCUUAGCCAGUUCUAAGCAAACUGAGGAAUGAGCUAUUUGGCAAGGGGGUAACUCGCAAGAAUAGUGAACUUCCCCCUCUAACUAGCAGCAACACUGUUUGGCUCCAACCCUUGGCUUAUUUUCACAUAUCCAUAAACUGGGAGGCCUGGUUUUAGCCGGGUCUCCCAGAUAACUGAAUGAAAAAGAACCUCGAAUCUCUUUAUCUCCCCUACAGCGGCUGCUUCACCAACUUCCUGGGCCAAUCACACCCUUUGUUUGUCCUUCCUCUACAUACUCCGGGAACAAACCCAAAAUUUGGGGCCAUGUCAGACAUGCCUACUCUUCACUUGAAGAUGGUUUUGAUAAGUUUCCUAUCCUUUCUGAAGAGCUCUGAGGUCCUCAGAGCCCCAAGGUGUUGCCUUCACUUCAGACACUGUCUGGUAGCUCCCUUGCUCUGCCAGUCUGGGUACCCCUUUCUUCACCUCUCGCUUUAAAUGUCUGUUUUGUAGCAUAGUCGCCUUCCCCAAACCUUUCUCCUACCUCUUCAGGCUUGCCAGUCCCUUGCCUCUGUGGCAAAUCUUCCUUAUCUCUCUCCCUCUCUGCUGUCUCAGCUUCUUCUUUUCCCCUCUUCCUUCCUGCUAUACUCUGUUCUCCUUCUCCCUCAAACCAUCUUUCCUUCCUCACCCAAUUCUCACCCCUGGUGCCCUUUCCCCUUGCCCUGAGACCUGCCUCAAAUAUAUCAGCAGCUUCCUUUUCCUCCUGCUGCUGGGAACAACAUAUUGAGCCUUUCCCCCCACCCAUCUCAUUUUCCGGGCCACCCAGCCCACCUUCAGGCUGAAAAAGGGUGCCGUGCACUAUGAUCUCCCAACGACUGUAGCGUCAAGUGAAGCCUUGCAUAUCUGAACUAACGUAAAGUCAGCUCAAAAGUCAUAGUUAGAAGAAAGCUAUGUGCUUGGGUGAGAGAAGUCUGUUUAUUUAUGUGUAGGUAUUAACAAUGAAAUAACACUCAAAGCUGUCUCUCUGUAGCUGCUGUCAUGGCUAGCUGCCCAAGGAGGGAGGGAGUUGCCUUGUUUCUCAGAGAUCCCCGCUAAAUUGCUAAUUUCGUUUACAGUUCUUUAUCUUCAGACCUCAUGAAGCUUUGCGGCGAAGUCAAGCCUAAAAACAAGGUAAGAUGUGUGGAUACUAAUAUAGCAGUCUUUUGUGCAGUUAUGGCAUCUUCUGUUACCUCCUUCUACCCCCACCCCCCAAAUACAAGUACCGUUUAAACAACUUUUGCAACCUUUCUGGUUUGCUUGACACCAGGAGCCCAUCUAUGGCUUAGCGAGAGAUUAAAAUGAACCUGAGAGGGGUGAAGAGGCUGUGAGCUCUGAUAUUGUACAGCCUUAGUUUGGCUUAACAUGUUGUGCAAAUCAGCUCCCCCACCAAAAAAGCAGAAAUGACUUUUGCACUAAGCUUGGUUUUUUUUUGCAUUGCAUGUGUCUGUCAGCGGUCUGGGCUACAGUGAAACUAGGGAGGCUCCUAAGCUUGCUUUGGGAAUCCUGAUUCUGUCCAGGUACUGAAGGUGAAUCUGGAAGUAGAUCUGGUACUUAGUAAUGGUGACAGAUUUUUUUUUUUUUAUAACAAAGUAAAAUGGAGCAGAUUUGUAUUUUUAAAUUGUAGUCAGGCAGGGUUUAGGAAUAAGGACCCUGGGAUCCAGCACACAUACAAUAUAUGCAAACCGUUUGGUGCUUCAUGCAAAAGUGUUUUUAUUCUCCUCUUCCAAUUGAUUGCAGGCCCGCCGUAGGACGACGACCCAGAUGGAAUUGCUUUAUGCUGAUAGCAGUGACCUAGCCAGUGACAUAACCCUUGAAGUCAGUGCAGAUAGCACGGCUAUGGCUGGCCCUCUUCCGCCUGUUGCAGAAGCUCAGGAAGGUGCAGUGAACAUUGACCUGAGAGAGCCUGCUGUUAGGGACAGGGAGGCCUCGCAGGCAGCCUUGCCUUCUAAGACUGCCGGCAUGUAAGUUUCACACAAUGCACUAACUUUUGUUUGGCACCCUAACAUGCAUGAUUGCUAGGUUGCAACGACCCGUGGCUUUUUAUGAACUCUGCCUGGAGUGCUAAUUAGGAUCUCAUCAGGGAAAAUCUGUCGCCGUCGUCACCCUCUAACUUCUGCUCUGCUGUUACCUCAAAAUGGCUGCUUAGUUUUUUAAGUUGAUCUUUCUUUCCCCCCCCCUUUGGUAAGCACUAAUUCAUGUACCAUAAGCCCCAGUUUCUGCAAGAUUUUUUUUUUUUUAGUGCUGUUGUAAAACCAAAUUGUUUUAAAGUCUAUCUGAAAUACUUUGAAUGGGGCGGAUCCAUUAGAUCAGGGAUGUCCAACAGGUCGGUUGCGAUCUACUGGUAGAUCCCCAUGAUGUUUUGGUAGAUCGUGGUUGAUCUCUGGCUCCCUUUCCUCUGCGUAGGUAAAACUGACUUCUGCCUCACCCCCUUGUCCUGCACUCCAUUGUUGUUUCAACUCAGGAAGGGAAGAUGGAGCUUCCAUGCCAUCCAUAGCGAUGUUUUUGUGAGUGACUCAACCCCUAGUUCCCUUGCCUCUCCCCCCCAAAAAACGGAACUCCCCUCUCCAAAGAAGCCUGCACCCACCUUAACCCCCCCCCAAAAAAUGAGGCUUUUCUCCUCCCAAAAAAAGCUCUACAACUUUGAGCUGAACCCUAAAAAGACAGGGGUAGACCACUGUCAGAUUUUAAUUCUGAAAGUAGAUCACAGUCUCUUGGGAGUUGGCCAUCCCUGCAUUAGAUCAUAUCCGAUGUGGCUCUUCCACUCAUUUGAUCUGCUCAUAUGAUCCAGCAGAAGCACCCACUUGCUUAGAUAGCAGGCCCCUGAAAAUCUGUUCCUGAAGUCUGGGAAGACGCUUUAAAACACUAUGGAAGGUUGUGGCGGAGGCUGCCCUUUCUUUUAAGUUACUAGAGGUCUCUGCUAGGUGAAGUUGGUCCACAAACAGAAUGGAAACAUUGGCCAUCUCCCCACUGAAGUGAACUUCCAUUACGUGUUUUUAAAAUAUCUUGGGACCCUAGCAAUAUCAUACUCCAUUUUUGCUGCUGCAUAUGAUGGAACACAGAAAGUUGAGACUGACAGCUUAGGCAAACGCCCCAUGAAGCGUUCCACUUGUUUUCCAAACAUGAGCUGCAUUCUUUAUGUAAAUGGUAUUGGUUAAUUAAGGUUCAUGAGACUACUGUUAGCAGUUAGCAGGUAAAGGGACCCCUGACCAUUAGGUCCAGUCAUAGACGACUCUGGGGUUGCGGCGCUCAUCUCGCUUUACUGGCCGAGGGAGCCGCCGUACAGCUUCCGGGUCAUGCGGCCAGCAUGACUAAGCCGCUUCUGGCAAACCAGAGCAGUGCACGGAAAUGCCGUUUACCUUCCCGCUGGAGCGGUACCUAUUUAUCUACUUGCACUUUGACGAGCUUUCGAACUGCUAGGUGGGCAGGAGCUGGGACCAAACAACGGGAGCUCACCCCGUUGUGGGGAUUCGAACCGCCGACCUUAUAGGCUCUGUGGUUUAACCCACAGCGUGUAGGAAUCUUUUUCCUGCACCACAAAGGAAUUUUGAACUAGAUAAUGUAAAAUAACACAGAACUUUUUAGAUACAAAUCCCUCACAUAUAUGAGGAAGAUCUUGGUAAAAUUAACUAAAUUGUGAACAGUGAAAAAUAUGUGUAACUUCCUGUAUUAAUCUACUUGCUACAAUAAAGCUAUUGAUUCUUUUUGCAGCAGCAAGCAGCUUAGAAUGAUUUCUAAUAAUUUCACUUUUUAUGCAUGUUGCUUGUGGCAGUGCUCCUGGGAGGCACUGUUAUUAAUAGUCUUGGCUUCAAUGCUUUUGCAACCACUCUUUAAAAAAAUGCUUUACUCAGGGUAAACAGUAGAGAGUAAAGACUGAGAACCCAGCAAUGAUCUUCGAGCAUCACACAACUUACAAAAAUCAGUUAUUUUGCCAUGGAAUCCAGGGUCCAGGUAAUCUGACCCCUCCCCACUGCUGCAAUUUUUAACGCAUUUCUUUAGUUUUGGAAGUCAGUGUACCGAUUCCCUUUGCUCCAGUGCAAUAUUUGUUUGCUUUUAGUUUCCACAACAAAUACAAAAGUGUUUAGAAGGGGUUGAUUUACUGAGAACCACUUUUAAUUUAUUUUAGGGUGUACACUUAAGAUGCUUAAAGUCAGGGAUGGGGAAUCUCUGGCUCACCUGCCUAAUCGGGGCCACCAGUUGCCCCCUCCCCAUUUGGCCCGUGAGGCCUUUUUGGGUCAAGCCAUGCCCACCUGCCCCACACAUGACGUCAUGUAUGACAUCACUGAGCAAGAGGUCAUAAAUAAUGUCAUGUGUGGAGCAGGUAAGGGCAAGGCUCUGGGAAAAUGGCAUUUUCAGAGAUUGAAAGGUUGUCUGUAAAGCUUUGAAAAGGGCUUCUGAAGACCCCUGUGAACAUCACUGUGUCGUCAAGCAAUUUGCAGGUAGGCGACUCUGCUUGUCUUUGCCUCAGUCCCUUAUCUUCAUAGCAUUAUUUCCAGAGGCUGGCCAUCUUAGUAAAAAGGUUAAGGGACCCCUGACCAUUAGGUCCAGUCGUGGCCGACUCUGGGGUUGCGGCGCUCAUCUUCCUUUAUUGGCCGAGGGAGCCAGUGUACAGCUUCCGGGUCAUGUGGCCAGCAUGACUAAGCCGCUUCUGGCGAACCAGAGCAGCGCACGGAAACGCCAUUUACCUUCCUGCCGGAGUGGUACCUAUUUAUCUACUUGCACUUUGACGUGCUUUUGAACUGCUAGGUUGGCAGGAGCAGGGACCGAGCAAUGGGAGCUCACCCCGUCGCGGGGAUUCGAACCGCCAACCUUCUGAUUGGCAAGUCCUAGGCUCUGUGGUGCCACCCGCGUCCCUUGGCCAUCUUAGUAUGUUACAUCAAAAACAAGAAAGGGUCUUGUGAUACCUUAAAGAUUUAAAACAUUUAAUCAGGCGCACUCCACAGGAACCUAUGCCACAAUAAAUUUGUUGGUCUUUAAGAUGCCACAUGACUUCAUUUUGGCAUUAUGGCCACAAUGCAGAAAAUAACAACAAACUAUGGUUCAUCAAAACCAGAAGUAAAAGCUCCUGAAUUUCUGCACACCCAACAAACUGGAUAAUUUUAGCCAUAUUUUUUAUUUGAAACAAGCCGACUUCAAACCACAGUUUCCUGUCUCCUCCUUGCAGAUGCCUUGUUCUACAGUUACUUCACAUAUCAGCUCAAAAAUUAAAGGUGUGACUACUUACAAGUUGAUGAAAGGUGGCCUCUUAGAUCUCCCUCCCUCUGAGGUGAAAAAAUACUUGUGUCUGGGAUGUACUGCUCAGACUGCAGUGAUUGGCUGUUCCUCCAUCAAAAGUAGAAAAAAGCUUCCUAUAUGUAAACAUGAAACCUAAAUAUUGGGAAGGUUGCCUAGUGUAGAGAAUUUCAUCUUGGCAUCUAGGGAGAGAUCCCGCCUAUGCCUGCAUUUUAUUCUAUAUAUAGUUUUGUAUUUAAUAUUUAAUUAUUUUUUAUUUUGUAUACUGCCAUGUCUUUUAAUGUGCACAUCGCUUUGAUACUUAAGUAAAGAGGUCAUAUAGAAAUUAUUUUAAUCAGGGAUGGAGAAACUCCAGGUGUUGUUUGGACUCCCAACUCCCAUUGGCCCCAACCUGCAUGGUCAAUGGUGAGGGAUAAUGGGAAUUCUCUCUUGGCAACAUCUGGAGGUUUAUAGACUUUAGGUAAAGGAAAAGGACCCCUGACCAUUAGGUCCAGUCGUGACCGACUCUGGGGUUGCGGCGCUCAUCUCGCUUUAUUGGCCAAGAGAGCCGGCGUACAGCUUUCGGGUCAUGUGGCCAGCAUGACUAAGCCGCUUCUGGCGAACCAGAGCAGUGCACGGAAACGCCGUUUACCUUCCAGCCAGAGUGGUACCUAUUUAUCUACUUGCACUUGACGUGCUUUCGAACUGCUAGGUUGGCAGGAGCAGGGACCGAGCAACGGGAGCUCACCCCAUUACGGGGAUUCAAACCGCCAACCUUCUGAUCGGCAAGUCCUAGGCUCUGUGGUUUAACCCACAGCGCCACCCGCGUCCCAUAGACUUUACUUACCCAUUAUAGACUUUACUUACCCAUUCAGGAAUCAAGUGAUAAGCAAUGCAUAUAUGAACCAGCUCUGACUUGCAACUGAAUAUAUACAAAGCUUCCAUUGAAAUCUUGUGACUGGGGUGAAAUGAAGUAGUCAUUUGGAAACUUGGACAACGAUGGCAUGGACUUUAGAUGUCGUACAUGAAGAACAGUCAGAGCAGCUGGACAAAGGGAACUCGAAAGAACCUAAUGCCAUUCUGCUGGUUUUUUAAAUGCAUACUUGUGAAUUUACCUCAAAACAUGUUUAUUCGUUUAUUUGUUUUUGUCUGCUUCUGUUGUAUAGAAUUGGAACUCAGAGUGUAAAAAGAAAGAAAAUAAAAUACAGUGAAGAGAAUAAGAAAUAGGCGAUGUUUUCUGUUCUCUCAGGUCUAGGCAGUCAUCUCUGACAGAAAAGAAACUACCAGAACCCUCACCUUUAUCAAAGAGAAAAACCUAUGAGAAAUCUCCAGAUAAACCAAAGUCAAAAGAGCAAAAACAGUAAGAUAUAUAUGUAUAGAUAUUGUAUAUUAAUAAACAUAAUGUUGCUUGAGAGUUACAAAUAUUGAAAGCAUUGUUGUCAAGAUAAAAUGUACGCCACCUGGAGCUCCUUGGAAGAAAAAUGGGAUAUAAAUGCAAUAGAUAAAUACUUGUUUUCCUUCAAGAAGUUUCUUUUCAUUGCAUUGAAUAUCAAUGCAACAUCUGUCAUUAUUUGGUUUUUUUUUAAGGCUUCAAUGUCUUUGAAAGAUACACAGCCCUAUAUUUUUUCAUCCUUGAAUUCUUUCAUUUUACUCUGCCCUUUUCUAGGUAUUGCUUAACUUUUAAAAAUCAAUAAAUGUUUGAGUACACUGCCAUCUUGUGGCCAGCAGAUUUUUAAAAAUAACUGUGUAAGGAUUAUAUUUCUGUUCUGCCAGGGGAGCAUGCAAACUGCAUUUCUUAAUUAAGCAAGCAGGGCACCAAUGAGUUGUUCUGAGGCAUGUUUCAUUAGUUUUUUUAACCUCUCUAACAAUUUCAUUUUCUUUUCUUUUUUUCUUUUAAUUUGAAGAAGCUUUUAAUGUUUGAUUUUUUUCUUGUAGCUCAGAUUCUGGAACCUCAGAGGCUAGUCUGUCACCUCCUUCCUCCCCACCAAGCCGGCCCCGUAAUGAACUGAAUGUUUUUAGUCGUCUCACUGUUUCUCAGGGAAACACAUCAGUUCAGCUGGAUAAGUAAGUCGCAAAGGGAAAGACCAGAUUCCCACAUCGCCCAAGGCGCACAUAAUAAGCCGAAAACAAAAUGUUAAUGUUCUGGCUCUCUCUGGCCAGGGACUGAAAGUAUAAUUGCUAUUUCUCCUCUUGUUUGUCCCCACUCCCAACCCCUCAAAGUAGCUUUUUAGAAAUGGCAUGGAAUUGCCACGGUUCCAUCUCUUGUUUCCUGAUGAAUCUUAUUUCUUGUGCUUCUAUAUGAGUUAAAGGUAAAGGGACCUCUGACCAUUAGGUCCAAUCGUGGCCGACUCUGGUGCUCAUCUCACUUUAUUGGCCGAGGGAGCCGGUGUACAGCUUUUGGGUCAUGUGGCCAGCAUGACUAAGCCGCUUCUGGCAAACCAGAGCAGCGGACAGAAGUGCUGUUUACCUUCCCGCCAGAGUGGUACCUAUUUAUCUACUUGCACAUGACGUGCUUUCGAACUGCUAGGUUGGCAGGAGCAGGGACCGAGCAACGGGAGCUCACCCCGUCGCAGGGAUUCAAACCACUGACGUGGUCAGCAAGUCCUAGGCUCUGUGGUUUAACCCAUAGUGCCACCCGCGUCCCUUAUAUAUGAGUUAUAUUCCCUCUAAACCAGGGCUGGGGCCUGCUCAAGAGGCGCAGGGAGAAGGUUGCUUCAAGGCAGCAGACCAGCUGAGAAGGGCGCUGCCAUUACAUGCUCACCGCCCAACCACCCAUCCACCACUGCCUGAUCCUCUCUGGCUUUCUUUUACCCCAGCCCAUCUCAAGGCAGUUGUGGGGCAAAGUGGCCUUUUCAGCUUGCACCGUCUGUUUUUCCAUGCCGUGUCCUUUUAGGUCUCAAGAGUACUUCUUUGCUAGGCUCAACAGCACAGCGACUCGGCGGGUGUCAAUAUUCUUACAGUUAGGGUGUUCCUACACAAAUGAAUUUUCCAGGUGCUCUUAUUCAGCACCCAUAAACAACAUGUCUUAGGGUAAAAAAAUAAAAAAUUCCUUCCAGUAGCACCUUAAAGGUAAAGGUAAAGGGACCCCUGACCAUUAGGUCCAGUCGUGACCGACUCUGGGGUUGCGGCGGUCAUCUUGCUUUAUUGGCCGAGGGAGCCGGCGUACAGCUUCCGGGUCAUGUGGCCAGCAUGACUACGCUGUUUCUGGCGAACCAGAGCAGCACACGGAAAUGCCGUUUACCUUCCCGCGGGAGCGGUACCUAUUUAUCUACUUGCACUUUGAUGUGCUUUCGAACUGCUAGGUUGGCAGGAGCAGGGAUCGAACAAUGGGAGCUCACCCCGUCAUGGGGAUUUGAACCGCUGACCCUUCUGAUCAGCAAGUCCUAGGCUCUGUGGUUUAACCCACAGCGCCCCCGUGUCCCUAGUAGCACCUUAGAGACCAACUAAGUUUGUCAUUGGUAUGAGCUUCUGUGUCUGCAUGCGCAUGAAGAAGUGUGCAUGCACACAAAAGCUCAUACCAAUAACAAACUUAGUUAUCUGAAGAAGUGUGCAUGCACACGAAAGCUCAUACCAAUGACAAACUUUCUUGGUCUCCAAGGUGCUACUGGAAGGAAUUUUUUAAUUUUUUAAUUUUGUUUCAACUACGGCAGACCAACACGGCCACCUACCUGUAACUAUGUCUUAGGGUAGAGCUGUUGGCAUAGGAUACGACCCAGAGAGGGACAUCUCAAUGCCGCUAGCUUCCAAGUGUUAUUUUUCUCAUGUGACGACAUGUUUGAGUUGAUCCAGAAUCUCUCUUGCAAGAUUGCUGAACUUCAAACGCUGCCCAGUUUUGUUUAACUCUCAGCUUUUGAUUGUAGGCUGGUGGCUUUUUUCUUUUUUUACUCCUGUUGCUGAUCUUUCUGCUGUUGCGAUCUAAUGUUUCCCCCGGCAAGUCUGCAGCUACUAUACAUAUCUCUAACAGUUGCUUGCAAAUGUCCCUGUAGCCCAUGCUUGUAGCUCUUUUAUAUACCAGCUAAAAGUAGUAACCAUUCUAAAGCUGUCAGUACACUAAUUGAAAUACUGGAUUGUAUCCAACUAAGUUCUGCUCAGAGUACAUCCACUGAGAACAAUGGACCUGUGCUAACUUUGCGGAUUCAUUUCAAUGAGUAUGGCUAAAUUGGAUACAACCUAUUGACAUUUACGGCUGUUUUGUAUGCUUUGAGCUUUAGCAAUUGUAACCCAGAAUCAAAAUUUUGGCACGUUAGAUUUCUUAUCAAAACGAAGGCUUCAAUAUCCUUAAUUGUUAAAGGAAUACUGCUAUGUUUUAAAUCCGGAUGAUUUUUAAAUCAUUGCAAAGUGAAAAGCAAAAAUAACACGACCAAAUCUCAAUUUAGUUUUUUGGGGGAAAACACACAUCUUUUUUUUUAUUUUAAACUAGAUAACUGUAAUUUUGAACAUGGUUCCAAAGCAGAUACCAGCCCCGCUCAUAAUGCAUGCACGAAUUAACAUAAACGCAAGCAGGCACGUUGCAGCCAUUUUAUCAAGAUCUCCCCCAACCGAGUUCUGUAAGAAUUCUUGAGGAAGCUGGAAAUGGCUUGCACAAGAGUCUCUGUGAUAUGAACAGUAACUGGGGAAAGAUACAGAUUUUGCGGCUCACUCCCCCAGAGUUACUAAACUCAGUAAAGUCUGCAAAGUGGUGCAGCCUCCUUACAUAGCGAUGCGAUUGUUCAUUCUUUUUGCAAUGGAAUCUUUACUCUGCUGAUGCCUGUAUUCUUUUUCCGUAAUCCUACCACCGUUCAUUGUAGGUCUGAUGAAAGUGAUUCCUCUCUAUCGGAGGUGCACAGGUACUUCUUCCUCCUUUCCAUCUUCUGGAAUCUUAUUGAUACGUUUAAUACCUUACUGCAGUUCUUAAGUUAACUAACUCUUUUCUGCAUGGCUUUCUUUAUUCCGUGUCCCCUCCAAAACAUUCAUAUGUUCCUUGCAUCAUUUUAUUUUUAUUGUGAUGGAAACGUGAAACAUUUGGUGUGGGUUUUUUCUUUGUCCAGCAUGUGUACUAUUUAUAGCAUUCAGUGGGCAAAAAUUUGUGUGUGUGUGGUUCACUUCUUUUUGUUUAAACACAUUUUUUUCUUUCUUUUAAAUCCCUGGAAAACACGAUAGGUCAAUAUACACCUUUUUUGUUGUCCUCAAUCUGCUUUGUUGAUAGCGAAAAGCUAUAUUGAACUGUGUGGUAAAAGUCAGGUGUGUUUUUUUCGUAUAUCCUGUGCCGUUGUUCACAAUAAUAUUGUAUUCUAAAGAUGGGCAGAAUAACAUAUCUGAAGGGGAAAAUCUGUUUCACCAAAAAAGAGCAAAUAGCAGUAAUUACUAGCAUUUUUAUUUCCUACAGCUCAGGUACUGAGCAGAGAUAACUGUGUUUCCUUUCUAUAAAUAAAGAGGCUAGGAGAUAUAUAAGCAACUUCUAAAUGAGCCGAAUACAGAAAGGGAUAGGAGUUCCAUUUCUUAUUAUCCUGAAUUCAGAUUACAUGUUCAGACAAAUUGGCCCUGUAUGCACUAUACAUUUACAGCAGUGCCAUACUACUUUAAACAUCCAUCGCUUCUCCCCACCCCCACCCCGUACCAAAUCCUGGGAUUUAUAGUUUGUUCCAGGUGCUGAGUGUACUUAGGAAAACUCUAUUCCCCUCAUAGAUCUACAUCUCCCAGAGUGGUUUAACAAUCAAUAAUCCCUCUUCCAUGGGAACUGUAGCUUUGUGAAGGAAAUAGGGCUGACUUAAGUACACUCACCACCCUUAACAAACUACAGUUCCCAGAUUCUUUGAGGGAAGCCGUGGCUGUUUAAAGCUGUAAAAGUACAGUGCGAUGGGGCCAUGGGUAGGAUCAACUGUAUUCUCAUAUUUUUCAGCUGUGUGUGAGCUUUUAUAUUGCACACAGAGCUCCUCUGCCUGCAACAGCUCCUCCAUCAUUUAAACCGAGGAAGUAGGUCAAUGUGCGCAUCUCUCAGCACAUCCCACUUUUUCUCCUUGAUGUUUGUCACAGUACUUUGGACAGUCAUCCCCCUUUCUCUCUCCAGUACGGUCAUUUGUAAGGGUUUCCUUGUAGUUGUUGUUUCUAUGUUAGUUUAUUGCGUAUCAGCCACACAACCUAUGCACUGCCCUUUCAAAGGAUAUAUGUAACCUCUUCUCUGCUGUGUCACCUGAGAAUUCUGCUGAAGUCUUCUACUCUUCUCUUUCUUGCUGAUACCUGGUUUGCACUAUGCAUGUCUACAGUCCACUUUAGGGUGUGUGUGUGUGGUUUUUUUUAAAAGCAAGCAACGUCACUGGGCUUUCAAUAGGCAUCUCUGCAAUCCUUUAUUGUGUCCGAAAUGCUGGAGCUUCAAAGCAGCAGGGAAUUUAGUUUCUCCCCUGUUCAAAAGCAAUUGCAUUUGUAAGGAAAAUCUGGAAUUGGGUCCAAUUCUUCCUUAAGUGCCACAUCAGGUUAGAAGACUAAAUGCUCCACGUGCUGCGUGCAUCUACCUUGACUAUACAUUUCUUGCCAGGAUAACUUCGACUGCAUUUCUCAAAAUGUAUAUGCUACUCACUUCCUUCUGACUUGGCAUCCAAUUUAAUACUUUCACUUAAAUUAAAUUUAACACACACACACACACACACACACACACACACAGCUCACCUUUCUGCCCACUAAGGAGGCUUCAAGGGGUAUUGGUAUCCCCGUUUGACAGGAUAAAAUACAUUUUAGCUUUGACUUAACUACUGUUAAUUCUGCCAUGGAUGCAACACUUUUGUUAAUGGAACCCAAAACUGCAUGCAGACUGAAAGUCAAUUUAGUUCAGGGAUGAGGAGGAACCUGUUGCUCUCUAGAUGUUGCUGGUCAUCAACUUGCCUCAUCCCUGAUCAUUAGCUAUGUUGGCUGGGACUGAUCGGAGUUGAAUACCCACAACAUUCAGAUGGUAUGGGGUUCUCCAUCCCUGGGUCAGUUUUUUAUGUAUGCAGUCAGUCUAAGCACCCAUUCAUACUUCCAAUUUCUGUAAAGGCUAAACCCUUCAUAGAAAAGUGAGUUGGAAACAUGGGAAAUUUUCCUCACCUGAAAUGGCCUCCAUGAGAAAAUAAGCAAAGGCAUCCUUUUGGGGAGAAUAAAAAGGUAAAGGUAAAGGUACCCCUGCCCGUACGGGCCAUUCGUGUCCGACUCUAGGGUUGUGCGCCCAUCUCACUUAAGAGGCCGGGGGCCAGCGCUGUCCGGAGACACUUCCGGGUCACGUGGCCAGCGUGAUGAAGCUGCUCUGGUGAGCCGGCACCAGCGCAGCACACCGAAACGCCGUUUACCUUCCCGCUAUAAAGCGGUACCUAUUUAUCUACUUGCACUUAGGGGUGCUUUCGAACUGCUAGGUGGGCAGAAGCUGGGACCGAAAGACGGGAGCUCACCCCGCCGCGGGGAUUUGAACCGCCGACCAUGUGAUCGGCAAGCCCUAGGCGCUGAGGUUUUACCCAUAGCGCCACCUGCGUUUGGGGAGAAUACUGGCCUUCAAUCCUUCCAUCCCACAUGGACAAUUCCUUCACACAUUUAUUUGUGCAGUUGCCCUGCUACCUUUCUGCCUUGUCAGGGACCCAAAGAGAUGAACCAAAACAGAACGCAAGAAUCCAACAAUAUUAUACAGUGGUACCUUGGUUGUCGAAUGUAAUCCGUUCCAGAAGACCAUUUGACUUCCAAAAUGUUGGACUACCGAGGCGCAAAGGGCUGGAAAAAUUGAAUAACUCACAGCAGAAGCCAUUCAACUUCCGAGGCGCGUUCGAAAACGGAAGCAAUUACUUCCGGGUUUUCGGUGUUCGGGUUCUGAAACGUUCGGCUACCGAGAUGCUCGAAAACCAAGGGGUUUUCGGACCUUGGGGUCUUGAAUUUCAGCAGCGACCUGUGUGACACAAAAAUUCAGGGCCCCUCUCUUCUCAUGCUCCAUUCUAAAUCAUAGUUGGGGCAUUCCCUGUGGUUCCCCAAGGCUCUGAACCCAGUUCGGUGUGUUAAUGUGUGAAAUGGUUCCCUGCUGGAAAUCCAUGGCAUCAGCAAAUUCUAAGACGGCCAGUCCUUGUUCCAGAAAAUUGAGAUUGUCAUCUGAUUCGUCAGGGCUCUCACUGUGUUCUUAAACAAGGUCUGCUCAAUGUUUAAAGCAAGCACAGGGCUGCCGAGCAGGUUGAGUACAUAGCCAGGUAAACAGAGAGUACACAUAGAAGCUCUCACAUCUGAGGGUUGUGGGGGUCCACUCUGGCUUGCAAUGGAAACAUUCCAUGCUAAAAGCAACAUGCAAGCUGCUUUCAACAUGAUGAACAUUCCCUGAGCUCUGCUUCUGCUUGCCAAGGCAGCUGCCUCCUGAACUGCCCAUAUGGUUGAGUUGGCCCUGAAAGCAUUAAUUUUUAAAUUUAAUGCAAAAAAUGGUAAGAGACCAGAUGCAUGGAAAAACAAACAUUUCCCUUCUAUACAUAUGAGUGUAGCAGAAUUCACAUGACUUUAAUCUAGCUGCUUUCUUGCAAAUCAAGCAGUACUAAAGGAAUCAAACCAAUAAGGGCUAAAUGCAACCAGAGCCAAUAGUUAAAUGUCCUGAAACAAGCCUCUGAAAAUAUGAAGGGGAGACCAGCUUUGAAACACAUCCUGGCACAGUGAAAAAUUGUACCGCACGGCUUCCAGUGGGCGGAAAUUGGUAUCGGCUCAAAUUUGAAUCCCAUCAACAAUUGAGCUAAAGGUGUGGCUUUAAAAACGUCAAACACAGCAUGUAUGACAUUAUAAAAUUAGGACCUUUCGUUUGGGGAAAAAACACAUCACAAUUUUAAUGAAGUUUUUUCUACCAGAUAUUCUUAUUCAGCUGACCAUGUUCUAGAUGAGCUGGUUUCUCUGGCACAGAAUUUGGAUCUGUAUGAGUGGGUGGUCUGGAUUGCAGAAGGCACCCAAUGCCCUAAUCUGAUGGAAUUCUGGAAAGUCUCAGAAUUCUGGUGUUGGAAGAGACUGUAAGGGUCAUCUAGUCCAACCCCUGCAAUGCAGGAAUCUUUCACCUAAAAUGGGGCUCAAACCCAGAACCCUGAGAUGUGCUGUUCCUCAGCUUUUGCAGAGCAAUGCCAGUGGGUGCUCUUGGCUCAACAAAAUGAUCAGGGUUGACCCCACCAUCAGUGCUAGUGGUGGAAAUGUCCUUUGUGGUAGGAGCAGAAUACCUGAACUUGCAGUCUGCUGUAUAUAAAUAGGUCAACACAUUUGCCUGCCUUAUUCUACAGAUCCCUGUAAGAUCUCUCAGGAGCCUAGCAGGGUGGGGAAAAUGUAUGAUGUACGAUGGAGAAAUGACCUGUCACAAAUUCUAAUCCACUGUUCAUUUGUUUCCUUUUCUAGAGGCAUAAUCAACCCAUUCUCUUCGUCCAAAUGCGUCAGAUCUUCUCCAAUUCAUUGUAUCCACAUUGCUGAAGGUCAUACGAAGGCUGUGCUUUGUGUCGAUUCUACUGACGACCUCCUCUUUACAGGAUCAAAAGGUUUGACAUGUCUUUUGUUGGUCUUGCAGCUUUCUGAAUCCUCUUCAUAUACCGAUGGGGCUACCCAAAGAGAGAAAGCUGAUUACUAAGAAGGGAGACAAGCAAUUGAUGGAGAGAUCCACCGUGAGGCAGUGUCUUUAUCACAAAUAAUUGCUAGCUUUGGAGUUUUGCAGAAUUCUUCAUCAGGCCAGAAAGUUAAAGAAGGCAGGGAGUGCAAGAGGCUGGCUUGAUAUUGAAGCCACAGUCUGGAGUGGUGAUUCACCAACCACAGAAACUUCCUGGGAAAGAGGAAUUUGGGUACCGCCAUAGGUGUCCUGAUAACUAACGCAUUGUGCUCUUUGUGGAGCUCUCUUCAAGGCUGUUCACAAGCCACUGUUGUUUCAGAGUGAGGCAGCUAAGUAGUUUUGUGUACAGGCUGCAAAGUAUAUAGAACACUGGUUCUGUGGGAGCUUCGCUGGUAGAGAUUGAAGGUUUUCCCUUUCAAGGGUCUGUGGCUGGAAAGUCAGUCACCACAGAGAGAGAGGGGGCUGAAUCAAGAAAGACUUUAUUUUGUGUGCAUGAAAGGUAGAAGCACUGGUGCAAGUAACACCACACCACACCUAGGAUGUCAAAACAGGUCCAGUUAUGGUUUCGCAAAACACAGAAAGAUUCAGAGCAGCCAUCUGUGGCAUUGCUAAUAGCGUACAUAAGCUUUUAUGGCACAUUACAUACAUCGCCCCAACUCCUAGGGCGUGCACAUUGUGAAGAGGCGAUCCUCAGCAUAAUCAUCUUGAAGACAACUGACCAUUGCUAUUCCUUAUUUUGCCAUACCCUGCUUAAGCAGGUUUUACCUAAGUGUUGUCUCUAACCCUCUUAGUUCAUCCUUUCUCCUGUUACACCUCAUAUAGCAAGCUAAACAUUUCACAUAGGAAGUUCCCAAAUUAGCAAACAGGCCAUUUAGCCACGGACCACAGUCAUUUCAUGCCCUUUCCUUCCUUCCUUACCAAAACCCUGCAAAACCAAGCAAAAGGGCUAUUCUAAAUAAAAGGGAUUUCCCCAUUAUCAUUAUUCAUCUCCUCUUCAAGAUGUAAUGAAAUCUCCACACCAAAAUUGGGAACCAAACAAGAGUAUGUUAAAAGACCAGUGAAGCCUACUGUAAUAUAAAAUACAAUAUAAAAUGCAUAAGAAAUGUGUAUGGUGCUCUUAUGGGGCUUCUUACUCCUGCAAUUUAGUGGUGAUUGGGUGGUAUCUAAGUUGUUUCACACACCAAAACAGUAUAUCUGUGUUGCACAGUAUAUUACAAUGUUAUCCACUUUUAAAUUUGCUGUUCUUGUUCUGCUUUCUUUUUGUUUAGAUCGCACGUGUAAAGUAUGGAAUUUGGUGACUGGACAGGAAAUAAUGUCUCUGGGUGGUCAUCCGAACAAUGUAGUAUCUGUAAAAUACUGUAAUUAUACUAGCUUGGUCUUCACAGUCUCCACGUCUUAUAUUAAGGUGUGGGACAUCCGCGAUUCUGCUAAGUGUAUCCGAACGCUAACGUAAGUUGCAACUCCGAAAAGCAGAAUUUUAAUAUUAACAUUUGGCAUUCCAUUUUGCAGUAAGCGGUGAGAAAAUUGUACUUAACGUUAAAUGUAGUUAAUCUUAAAGCUCUUAGGCUAAAACCCAGCUACUUUGUUGUAAAACCCAUUGAGUUGAAAAACUGCAUGAAUUUACUAAUUUUAAGAUGUGCAGCCUAAGACAGAUGGCCGUGUCUUAUAGUGGGGUGAUGCAAGAAAGAAAAUUAGAUGCUGUGUUUUGUUGUUUUAAUGUCUGCUUCCAGGUGGGCACUUAGCACCUGGGUAGCAUAUAGUAGAGGCUUUAUGGACAACAAUGAUGAGCUUAGGUGAAGAGUGGCAAGUAGAAAAGGUUGAAAGAAAGGGAUGUGAGGUAGCAGGAAGAGUCUUGUUUCUCAGCAAGUUUUGAGUUCACCUCACCCAGUCUCUCCUGUCUCAGGAGUUGUUGCGUGGCGAGGUCCCACCUCCCACCAGUAGAAAUAAAGACACAAGACACAUUAUUUUAGGUUAAUGGGCUACAAUUGGCCACAACUUUAUUGGUUCCAGGUAAAGAGCGGUAUUGGCUUAGGCAUUGGUUCUACAGUGGUGCCUCGCAAGACGAAAUUAAUCCAUUCCGCGAGUCUCUUCGUCUUGCGGUUUUUUUGUCUUGCGAAGCGCGGCUAUUAGCGGCUUAGCGGCUAUUAACGGCUUAGCGGCUAUUAACGGCUUAGCGGCUUUAAGAAAAAGGAAACAAACUCGCAAGAACUCGCAAGACGUUUCAUCUUGCGAAGCAAGCCCAUAGGGAAAUUCGUCUUGCGAAGCACCUCAAAAAACAGAAAACUCUUUCGUCUAGCGAGCUUUUCGUCUUGCGAGGCAUUCGUCUUGCGGGGCACCACUAUAUCCGACUAUCUGGCUUCAGCCAGUUUGCUUGAAGACCGGGAAGGGUUAACACCAGCAGGGGGAGCCCUGCUGAUGCACAUCAACUAGGAACUCCCCCGGGGUCACUGCUCGGGGAUGCGCUUUAGGCCCUGGCCUCCAUAGGCUUCGGACGAGGCCAUGCCCCCCAGAAUCCUUUACUGGACUACCCUUCAAUAUUUGGGGGAGGUGAUGGCGCUCCCCCCCCAACACAUCUACUUAACAAUACCAAUACCAAUGAGGUAGGCGAAAAACCAAAUGGCCGGUGCCAAUUUGCCAAUUUACCAGGCCCCUUAACGGCAACCAAUCAAGGUCCAUAGCAAGGUCAGAAGGGGAACCUUAAAAGAGUAAGCGGGUGGGGAAAACCACAGCAGCUGAGUGGUCCAAAGAGGGAGAUCCCAGGGCCGUGCCAGCCUUAAAUGAGGCAAGCCACACACCCCGAGCCAGCUGAUUGGCUGGCGUGAAGCCCGCAACACCACCUCCUCCCAAGGUCGGAAGUGGCUUUAUAGAAAGUCAGACUAUGGAUUUCACUUUACUUUGAAAGCUUCUCCAAAACCACACGGCAAUAUCUUUCCUGCCCCUGUUUUCUGAUACCUUUUUAGCCAGAGAGUAAUCUGGCACCGGAAAGCAUAUAGUCUACCACUGACUUUUGAGGCAUCAGUUUACAUUUCAAGUUUCCCCCUGCAUACUGACGUCUUCAAUUCGUACAUGCAAUUCAUACAUGCAUCCUGGUCGUGUGAUGGCUCAAUCCAUGUGCAGAUGGAUUGCCAUUUUUUAGAACUCUUGAUUUUUUUGGAGACCUCUAAAAUGGAUUGAUUACUUACACAUGGUUUUGGGCAGUGCUUUUUUCGGGGGGGGGGGUCCAGGGGUACACAUCCCCCCUAAACAUUUUGCGAAUCUUUGUACUUUUGUCCAUUUACUGUAUUGAUUUUUCCCAAUUUGAACUAUAAAAUGGUGAUUUUCCUGAGUCAAAAUGAGAGUACCCCUAAAUGUUUUUUUUAAGUAAAAAGCACCUGGUUUGGGGAAUAUUUUAUUCGCUGUAACUAGAACUAGAAGUAACUAGAAAAGUCAGCAAACAUUGGUCAUAUUGUGGCAUUUGAAUCUCCCUUGUACUCUUGAACCUGAAAGGCUCACCAUAACCAUGUCUGUCAUUUCCCCCAGUUGCCUGCUUAGAAUAUUUCGGCUAGACUGGGCAAUAAACAUACAAACAAGAUAUAAAUAAAUACAUUGGAAUUGUUGCUUAUAAGAGGCUUGGAAGCUUUGCACGGAUGAUCCCCCUCAUCCUUUGUCCACAUGCAGAAUACAAUGUGCUUGUGGGAUUGCUGGAACUACUUGGUGUGUGUUUUUCCCUCUUAGAUAAUUGUAAGUUUAUUUUCCUCUUGUUUUUCCGCGUGCAAAACUCAGGUCUUCAGGCCAGGCGAUGCCAGUAGAUGCAUGUUCUGGCAGUACCAACAGAACAGUGACGAUUCCAGCUGGAGAGAACCAGAUCAACCAGAUCGCUCUCAACCCAACAGGCACGUUUCUGUACGCAGCUGCAGGAAAUGCAGUGAGAAUGUGGGACCUGAAGAGGUAAAGCUUUCCAAAACACUUACUGAGCAUGCAAAGAUCCUGUGAAGCCCAGUGUGGCUGCAGCCAGUGCUCUCCUCACCCCCUGUUUGCCAACUGACACAUCCAUGGCAAUAGUCCAUAGUAGGGAACAUCCUAUAGGCUUUUGGGUCUAUAGGCCUUCUCACGAUCUGUUUGCGUUGUGGGAAUUGAUGCAUUAUGGCUUUCCCCCAUACCUUUCUGCUUAUACAAGAAGCCCUGGUCUUGUAGUGGCCAGGGAUGAUGAGAAUUGUAGUCCAAAACAUCUGGAGGGCCGAAGGUUGGGGAUGCCUGCUGUAGAUCAUUCUGCCCGGACACAGAGGUCCAGCGCUGAGGGCUUUCUGGCGGUUCCCUCACUACGAGAAGCCAAGUUACAGGGAACCAGGCAGAGGGCCUUCUCGGUAGUGGCACCCGCCCUGUGGAACGCCUUCCCACCAGAUGUCAAAGAGAAAAAGAACUACUAAACUUUUAGAAGACAUCUGAAGGCAGCCCUAUUUAGGGAAGCUUUUAAUGGUUAAAUGGUUAUUGUAUUUUAGUGUUUUGUUGGAAGCUGUCCAGAGUGGCUGGGGAAACCCAGCCAGAUGGGCGGGGUAUAAAUAAUAAAUUAUUAUUAUUAUUAUUAUUAUUAUUAUUAUUAUAGAUGAAUGGUGAUGCACCAGGGAAUGCUAAAGUUGCCUGGGCAGCGCAGGUCCUCUUGAGUUUCCAGGAAGAGAGGCGCCCACACAAUGAAGAGCCACAGCAUGGAUUCAUCCCACAUAGACCAGGGCUUCGUGUAUAAGCAGAAAGGGCUCUUCCCCAACCUUCAGCCCUCCAGAUGUUUUGGACUACAAUUCCCAUCAUCCCUGACCACUGGUCCUGUUAUGAGAGUUGUAGGCCAGAACAUCUGGAGGGCCGCAGGUUGGGGAUGCCUCAUCUACAGUGAUGUCUAAGCCUUUCUGUGGAGUUGAAGUCUGCUAGCCUCCUAUUUUUAACCAUGAUUUUUGGUGUGAAUUGCUGCACACCCUCAGAAGUGGGGUUGUACGUGACUGAUGGCGUCUAAUAUGAACUUAGCCAAUGAAACAAACAGAGAAGAAAAAUUAAGAGGUGCAAAUAACACAAAGAAUGGCUCAAACCUGGAAAAAAAGAUGUCAUAAGUGGAAUUCCCAACCUUAUAUUUACAGCUAUUUCUGAUUCGGUAGCAUUCACCUGCCAUCAAGAAUGUCAGUAGGAAAAGAUCAAAAUACAGCGUUUAAACUACUCUGUCCAAAACUGGAUAUUCCUGCUGUUACUAAUGUGGUGUUUCACUCCCACUUAUACCCAUAUAAUCUGCAGGGAUCAAAGCCUGAUUUCCAGUGAAUUUCUGGAAAAUGGGCAGGAGAGAUGCUUUCUUUUCCUUUGAAAUAAUUAAAGCUAAGUCACUUUGCUUGUUUCUGUUCAUUUUUUUAGGUUCCAGUCUACAGGAAAACUAACUGGUCACCUGGGCCCUGUUAUGUGCCUUACUGUAGACCGCAUUUCCAAUGGGCAAGAUCUCAUAAUUACUGGCUCAAAGGAUCACUAUAUCAAGGUAUUGCCUCCUGCAUCUUUACCACAGGAGUAAUACAACAAGCUUCAAAAAUAGGUUUCCAUUUUCUUUGGUUCUUUCCCUGCGAGAUGUGGAGAUGCACUGCACUCCAUUUCGACUCAGAACAAUGCCUGAGGCUGCAAUCCUAUACCCACAACUGGGGGUAAACCACAUUAAGUGCAAUGGAACAUAAAGGCAUGUUUGGGUUGGACUGCUGGUCUGUCUUUUCUUUUUUCACUUCCAGAAAAGGCUAGUCAAACUGACAUUCUCACCUGUGCCUGGAAAAAUAUAAAUUCAAAGUCAAAAAGUCUUUUGGAACUUCUAGGGUUUUUGUUUCGAUGUCGGAGAAUAAAAUAAUUGGAUUAACUUUCACUCAUUAUUCAAGAAAACAUACUAUUUCCUCCAGGGAGUUUUAAGUUAUUUCCUAAAUAUUAGUAUGCAUGUGGACUUACUAAGAAGUGAAAGUUACUUCUUUUCUCCCAGGUAUUUGUGCUUAGGUUUGCAACCUAAUCUCAGGAAUUGCUUUUAUUCCCUUCUUUCUUGAAGAAUUAUUCCAAAUGUUAUUUCUGGCCUCUCCUUAGUUUUGACAUGAAUACUUUAUAAUUUUUAUGGCUCAUAAUUACCACAUAGACAAAAGGUUGCCAAAUCUUCUAAUCUUCCUAUAGAUACCUCUAUAGGUUUUACAAACAGUUAUUUCUAUUGAUCAUCUGGUGAUAGUUUGCUGUUGAGGCUGUUGUGGUUAUAAAAUAAGAAGUUGACAGACCGUGUAGCAAAAAGGCCUCAAAUUGUUUUCUGUGUAAUAAUCUGGUGUCCAUUCUUUGCGAUACUGUGAUAGUGAGAUGGGAAGAGAUAGUAUUGGCAGCAUUUGACCAAAAAGCACACACCUGUAAUUUGAGCUAAAGGGGGAAAUUAAGUAAAUCUGUGCUGGGUUAUAUAUUUCAGAUAAGGCAUCAUUUUUAUUGAAUUAGUUAAUUAUUAAAAUCAGUCCGUGGUUGGGGCUACUGCACUAUUACAAAUCCUUUGUAGACGUUUGUAUAAUAGUACUGUGUUGAGUGGGUAUUUAUGUUUUGUCAAUUCCUGACCAAGAUUUAUGUUGCAGAUUUGAAAUUGUUUUGCUCCUCUUCCAGAUGUUUGAUGUAACUGAAGGAGCUUUGGGAACUGUAAGCCCUACACACAACUUUGAGCCUCCCCAUUAUGAUGGCAUAGAAGCACUUACUAUCAUGGGAGACAACCUUUUUAGCGGGUCCAGAGAUAAUGGAAUUAAAAAGUGGGACUUGGCUCAAAAAGACCUCAUCCAGGUACUGUUAAAAUAUCAUAGGAACCUUGCGAAACAGAGCUGCCCCCAAACUGAAAUUCUUCAGGUACUCCAAAAUGAGGCUUCGAAAUUUUGGAAGCCAAAAAUAAUAGUAUUUGGGUCUAGAAAACUGAUUUUAGAAUCUGAAAAGGUUGGAUUGAAAAUUUUAGUUUGAAUCAAAAUCAGCUAGGCUUUUCUUUGCCUAAGCAGAAGAUUGACAAUGUGCAGCAUGCUAUAUGUUGAUAGAGCUUUAUUUGUGGUCCUCAGGCUGCUGGCAAAAUUCUGGUAAAAUUCCCAGCAUCCAUCUUAACUGGAAGUUUCUAACCUUCACAAUUGCAGAGGAUGUGUUUGAUCAUGCAGUAGAGAAAUAUGGGAGUAGGAGAUAGAACUUUGAAAGCACACAGUCUAAUUUCAAUAGAUGCUAUAUUGCCAACUUGCUCUGGAGUAAGCAAGCCAUAGUUUUUUUAAGAAGUGGACUUAAGUCUUCCAUGUUUGUGGACCGCAAUUUAAUCAUGUGAAUUGUCCUCUGCUUCAUAUUAUCUGAUGCAUUUUUCAGAGCUGAACUGCUUGCCUUUCCUCUCCUUAUGGAUGAUGUUGUUUCUCAACCUGAUUUUGUGAUGUGUCUUUUCAGCAAGUUCCUAAUGCCCACAAGGACUGGGUCUGUGCUCUUGGACUUGUGCCCGGUUCCCCCGUGCUUCUCAGCGGCUGUCGCGGGGGUAUUCUGAAACUCUGGAAUGUAGAUACAUUUGCACCAAUAAGCGAACUCAAGGGACACGACAGUCCCAUCAAUGCCAUCUGCACCAAUUCCGGCCAGAUUUUUACUGCAUCAGAGUGAGUUGCUUUUAAUGUUCUUUGCACACGCUGUAUAGCUGGAAAGAAUUCUGAGCAUUCCAGUUCAUUUAAAACACUGGCAGUGAGUGGAUCUUCUUUGCUUUCCAGUAUGUGCAGAAAUUCAAAGGGGGUGACUACAUUGUGAACCACCAACUUAAUUUCCUGCACAUUUAUGGUCAUAGCUGGCAGAGGUUUAAACUGUGUUAUAUUUGGGUUGGUUGGGUUUGUUUAAAAAACAAAACGAACUAAUGUAAAAUGUUCAUUGUUUUAUAUGGAGACAUGUAUUUUUACUGAAUAUUAUGCUAUAGGUUACUUGUAAGGGAAAAGCAUAAACAUAGAUAAGUUUGUGAUAUAGCUACUUGUUAGUGAGCUAUAUGGGAGCCUUUGUUUGUCUACUUGUUAGUGAGUUAUUGAGCCUUUGUUUGUCAAAUGGAAGUGCUAUGGUGUCAUGUCAUAAUACUUAAGACAAUGUAUUAAAACACAGCCGUAGCAUAAUAGCUUAUUAGGGCUAGUGUAAAUGUCAAGUUAGUAAGCAAGCUUUCAGCUAUACUGGAGCUCUUCUGGAGCCUUAUAAUUCUGAUCAGCUCAAAAGCUUGCUCAUGACUAUGUGACUUUUACUUGGUCCUUAUAAAUGUUAUGCGCUACUAUUUUAUUUGGGUCUUUAUGCCUAGUGAACCAACAGAAUCAAUAACAUAGAGCAGGCAUCCCCAAACUCGGCCCUCCAGCUGUUUUGGGACUACAAUUCCCAUCAUCCAUGACCACUGGUCCUGUUAACUAGAGAUGAUGGGAGUUGUAGUCCCAAAACAACUGGAGGGCUGAGUUUGGGGAUGUCUGAUAUAAAGCCUCUUUCAGUGUACUUCUCAGUCUGUUUCCUAUAUUUCACAGUAGUGCAAUGAAAUUGUUGUGGGACGCAUUUGAGAAUCUCUGCUCUGCUUGAGCUAGCAAGUCUCUAUAGAUCAUUGAGCUGCUCCGCAUUUGCUUUCUCGAGAGACUGCUUUUGAUUAAGGGAACAUUUCAGUGGAAGAGUUUUUGGUUUUUUAAUUCACGGGUACUGCGCUGUGGGUUAAACCACAGAGCCUGGGACUUGCCGAUCUGAAGGUUGGCGGUUCGAAUCCCUGCGACGGGGUGAGCUCUCGUUGCUCGGUCCCUGAUCCUGCCAACCUAGCAGUUCGAAAGCACGUCUAAGUGCAAGUAGAUAAAUAGGUACCGCUCUGGCGGGAAAGUCAACAGUGUUUCCAUGCGCUGCUCUGGUUCGCCAGAAGUGGCUUAGUCAUGCUGGCCACAUGACCCGGAAGCUGUACACCGGCUCCCUCAGCCAAUAAAGCGAGAUGAGCACCGCAACCCCAGAGUCGACUGGACCUAAUGGUCAGGGGUCCCUUUACCUUUACCUUACUGUAUAUAAAUGGGGAAACGGCUUUUCUCUGCUUCUUCCUUUUCCCACUUCAUGCUAAUAGAUUCUGUUGCUUAUAAAUAUUUUGCAGCGAUCGGACUGUGAGAAUCUGGAAGGCUCCCUGCAGCUUCGAUGGACAGAUCUCCGAUCCUGGUGAUGCGAGCGAAGAUGUGGCCAGUAAUUAAAGACGAGCGUUGCAGUGCUAGACGUCAUAGGCACCUGCUUGCAGCUGGAGAGGAAGAAGAAGAUGCAGCUCUCGACUGUACCGUUUAAGUGUGUCGUAUUCUGCUGAAACUGCUGCCCUUAAGAACUGCCUUCUGUACUAUAUUUCAAACACUAGUCUGUUGGUGGUAUGCUUGCCUCACAUAUAACGGCUGGAUUUGUGUGCAUUUAUUAGCUUUGUAAGUUGAACAAACUGGAAGCCUUUCGCCCUGGAAUGGUUGUCUCAAGACCUGUAACCUAGGAUGUGAAAGUGCCCUGUGUACCUCACUCUCUGACCCCUUCUGUUCAGCUGAGCUUCACUUUAUGCUUGUAUGGAACGUGCCAGCAUAUCUCUUGUCUCAUUUCCCAAGCCUUUAAUGGAAGAGCAGCGGGGGUCCUAAAAAGUUUACUUAUGUUUUGCUGCUGUAAGAAACUAAGACUGGAGUGUAAGGGAGGGUGGAGUCUUAGUUUGAGACGGAUUACUGCCCUGACUGUGUCAUGCUAACAAUGAAUGCCAUACGACCCGCGUUACUUGUUAGCAUUAUACUCUUGCUGACCAAAGUUGUGCAGCUGUGUCUACUCUGUGCUCAGGACUAGAAACUAAAAUGCUGUCGAGUCAUUAACAUUUUAUUAGUGCUCUGCCUACCACAGUAUUCUUACAGAAAAACCUUAAUCUAUUUUUCUUAUGUUUCCGUCAUCUCACAAUGUUUUAUUUAAGAGGAAAAACAAGGUGUCCUUCCUUUUUAACAUACUUUGAUAUGCUGCUAAAUAUAUUUUAGAUAUGUUUGUUGAACCUUGGAGUUAGUUAAAAGAACGGUAGCAACUGUGUCAACAAAAGGCCGUGUGUAAAUACAUGGGGUGUAAAGAGAGACUAUCUUAACCAUGUGCCUGUGUGGAUUUUUUUAAUUGCUGUAGAUUUGAGUGUGGAUAUUGAACGAGAGGGUUGUAUAAUUUAUCCAGCUUUUCGGAACAUUCAUUUGUAAAUUCGGCAAGUUUUAGGAACAGUGUUUUAUUGGGUUUGCUGUGGGGUAGAGGAUAUGAACUUGUAAAUGUACGGCUUGUGAUAGUUGAUGCUUACAUUAAAAAAAAAAAAAAGACCCACACAAUUGAAUGUGAACACUUUCAUUGCCUCUACUUUUGUUUGGCACAAUACAUGAAGAGAAAUUAACGUGACACAGGACCCAAGUACUGUACAGAGACGUAAGCAACCCUGUGGCAUUCAGACUAAAAAGGGUGCUUUGUGGAUUGCUUUGUUACUCUUUAAUGGCCUUUGUUAAUCCAAAGAGUGGUCAUUAAGGGUCAAGGCUUCCCAGUGCCAUUGUAACCCUGGUCAUUAUCUGAAGGUGGAUGGCAGAGGGGAAUACAAAGAAAAUAUCUGAAAUCUCCACCUUUUUAAAUGCGGAAACUUAUUUUGAAAUAAAAUUAAUAAUACAGGC